CAAGCAGCAUGGGGCAUAAGGUUUAAAUUGUUCAAGCUGGAUUAUAUAUUUUCAGGAAAUACAGGUAUUUUUUUUAAACUAAACAUUAAUUUGGAGGCUUUUAUUUUUUUAUUUUACAUUUUAUUCAUUUUUGUGUUUGUUUUCUUCUACUUACCUUCACUGUUUUAAUUUUAACAUUGCAUCUCUGUGUGUUUUGUGUUGCUUCAACAAAUAUAUCCACACUUUUCUUUUCUUUUUUUUCUCUACUAAGUUGGUGAUUUCUAUGUUUCAGGAUUUAUUGGCCACUGUAUUAAAAACUAUAUUAACCAGUGUUUAAUAAUAACUGAAAACACUAUAGUUCAUUUAAAUAUUUGAGAUUUCUAACCAUGCACUAAAUUGCAUUUAUUUGUUACUGCUCUGUUUAAUUAGUUAUUUUUAGGUGUGGGAUAUUUAUAACAAAUUACAUGUUUUACUGUUGAAGCCUAUUUCGGAAACAUCAAUUAUAAUAUAUAUAAAUAAAUAUAUAUAUAUAUAUAUAUAUAUUUUUUUUUUCUUUGUAAAUAUAUAUUUAAAAUAAGGUAUUUUAUUACUUGUUCUGUACAUGUAAAAGUUAUAUAUAGCUACAAGGGACACGUGUGAAAGUGUCACUGUGGGGUUUGUUCACUAAACAUCGAAUUAGAGCAAAUUAAAAAUCAGUUUCAAAAUUUUGACUAAAAUAAUAAAGUUGUGACUUUAGCUGAGUUGAAGAAUGUCUCCUGUUUUUGCUUUAAAUUUAUCAUUAUAAUGUGAAUUUGCUAAAAUGUAGAUUUUUGUGAAUAAACCCCUGUGUCGAAACUCAUGCAAUAACAUUAAUAUCUGCACAUUUAUUUAAAAAGAAGCAUUAUAUUUAGGGGCUAAAAAAUUAUUUAUCUCCUGGUCUCUGAUUCCUUACCCAGUUAAAGGCACACUAUAGCAGGCAUAGGCAAACUACAGCAUCACAGAUGUUUUGGACUACACCUCCCAUGAUGCUUUGCCAGCAUUAUGGGUGUAAGAGCUUUAUGGGUGUAGUUCACAACAGCUGGAGUGCCAAAGGUUGCCUAUCCCUCCACUAUAGCUUAGAAAUAUCACUAGUUAGUUUUAGGGCCCACCAUUCCUGCAAUUUCAAAAUGAAAUAAGACGUAAAUAAAUCAUUUGCUCCCCUUCUUUCAAUGGUUUCUCCUAUCCUGAUGUCAUCCUGAAUGCGUGCCUCCAGGAUAAUGAUCCAAUCAAAUUCUCCUCAUGAGGAGCGUUGGUGACUGAAGGCGCAAGCAUGGUGCUCGCGUGAUGCACCUAUGAUUAUGCCAUAGAGCUUCAUUGCAUGCACUGCGUAUUUGCACAUGACUUCACGGUAUCCUAGGUUUUCCAAGUAGUAAGAGUCCUGGCUCUCAUACUCAGAGGGCUUGACGGUGUGGCUUGAAGCUGCUCUUCUAAGCCUUCUAAUUAUUUAAAUACUGUAAUUUUUGGCCUCAAAGAAAGGGGGAAGAACUGUAGGCACUAUAACAAGUUUAUGUAGAUGAAUAUGUUAUAGUGAGUACAGUGUUCCUUUAACUCUGUGGGACCGUCAGUAUUUUAGGUGCUAUCUCCUGGCCCCUUGGGGUUAACAAUCAUAAAGGAGUUUACUGCUUGGAAUCAGAACACUAGGCAUCGAUUGGCCCCAUAGAUAUGUUAGGGGUUAGACCCCCCCACAGAGCAGAUUGUCUGUCUCUAAUUACAUGUUUAAGUCUCACAGACCUUGGCAUGUAUAUGUGUAUAUACAUAUAGACUAUUAAAGGCAGCAGACAACAAUGAAGAGUCACUGUUUGCUGGUAUCAUUUACAAGCUGACGCAUAUUAUUUUCAGGUGUCUUGCAUUAUUAGACCUUUGAAACUUCUUUACAAUAGAGGUCUGUGCAGUUGCCAAAAGAUCCUGGACAAACACACACAGGGAAGAGGAACAUUGAGAGCCCUGGUGGACCGGUGGUGAAACCCUAGUGAUCCUAGUGAGAGCACUAUAUUUUAUUCUUUUUUUCUGGGUCGAAUAACACUAAUUCGGCCGCCGAAUUUGAGCCAGAUAUUCGCCAAUCAAAUAUCACUCCGCAUAUCCUUGAGUGGGGAUUAUUCCACUUCACGUGCGCAAUAUCAGAGCUAGGUUUUAGCUCUGAAAAAUGCGAGUAAGACUUUUUUCAUUUUAUUAUAUUAUUUUAUUCAUCUAUAUACUGUGCCAUUGGAGUCCUGUUUCUGUUUUUUUCUACAUAUGCUCUACUGGAUCCCAAGCAUAUAAUUGUGAAGAUUUACUACAUUUUACAUCUCAAGAAUCCCUGUUUCCAUAUGUGGCACCUAUCAUUACGGACUUAUGAUAAGUGUUUUGGACUACUGCUUACUACUUAUUUUAUAUUAAUAUUUUAUAUGUUUUAUAUGUUUUAUUAUAUAUUUUAGGCGCAACCUUAUUUUACUGUUCUAAUAAAUUUGGUCCAUCGUCCUCCCUAUCAGCAAUGAUAGGAGAAAUUAAGGCUAAAAUUAACAAAAUUAAUUUAGAUCGUACAUCUCUCAUGGUGAGACGUCUCAGGAAAACAUUUUACUUAAAAGGCAACAGGGCCUCAACUCUUUUGGCAUCCAAACUCCGGCAUGUGAAUGCCCAAUCAAAAAUAGCAUAUUUACUUGAUGAUCAGGGGCGAAAAGUGUUUAAUCCAAAUAAAAUUAGUGAUAUGUUUGCAGAGUAUUAUAGUAAACUUUAUAACUUAGAAUGUAAUUUGGACCUUCCCCAGCCGUCUGCAGCAAUAAUUGAUAAAUUCUUAGACAGAGUGUCAUUGCCUCGGCUGUCUCCAGGACAUUUAGAAAGCUUAGAAUGUGAAAUAUCAGCAGUAGAGAUAGCUGAGGCAAUCAAACUUAUGCCAUCUGGAAAAGCCCCUGGUCCUGAUGUAUUUACUAUUUUAUAUUAUACAACUUUUCCAGAAAUUUUAAUUCCCCAUAUGACUAAAAUGUUCAAUUCCUAUAAGUCCGGGGGAAAGAUGCCAGAGGAGUCCUUGUGCGCACGAAUAGUCACCUUGCCAAAGCCGGGAAAAACUCCCGAUAGAUGCCCUAACUUUAGGCCCAUUUCUCUGAUUAAUAAUGAUUCAAAGAUUUAUUCUAAAGUUCUCGCUAAUAGAUUAAGCAAAUUAAUCCCAUUGCUAAUUAAUAAGGAUCAAGUAGGUUUUGUACAGGCUAGACAGGCGCCAGACGGAACUAGAAGAUUCAUAAACUUGAUUCAGCACAUCAAUAUGACCAAAACGCCUUCUUUGCUUCUAUCUCUAGACGCAGAGAAGGCGUUUGACAGGAUACAUUGGGGAUAUUUAUGGAGAACAUUAGACAGGUUCAACAUACCAUCAUCCUUUAUCACAGCAAUUAAGGCGCUAUAUUGCGCACCCUCCGACCAUGUCUCAGCUUCUGGCUUCACAUCCAAAACUUUCUCUCUAACCAACGGGACGAGACAGGGGUGCCCUUUAUCUCCAAUUUUGUUUGUCUUAGCGAUAGAACCCCUGGCAGAACUAAUUAGAACGACCCCACAAAUUGUACGAAUUGCUAUUAAAGACUCCGUUCACAAAAUUGGCCUGUUUGCAGACGAUAUAAUCCUAGCUGUCAAAAACCCAAAGGAAUCUUUGAGACACCUCAAGGACAUUUUAACUCAAUUUGGUGAGAUAUCGUACUACAAAUUAAAUGAGUCCAAAACUCAGGCCCUCCCGUUUCAUUUAAACAAUUUGGAAACCAUUGCCCUUAAGAAAUCAUAUUUAUUUGAUUGGAGAAUUGAUUACAUGGAAUAUCUUGGCAUUAAUUUAUGCAACAAUUUGGUCAAUAUGCACAAUCACAACUUGAGGAAAGCAUGGUCGGACUUAGAAAAAGAGAUGGAGAGAUGGGGCUGGAUGGAGCUCUCAUGGCUGGGGAGAGUCACAUCUAUUAAAAUGACGAUACUUCCCAAAAUUUUAUAUUUGUUUAGGACCAUUCCUCUGUCCAUUCCAUUAUCAUUUUUUAAUAAAGUUCACUCGACAAUGCUGAAAUUUAUCUGGGGGAACAAGCUUGCCCGAGUGAGGCCCACUUCCCUGCAGCACCAUAAAUCGAAUGGCGGUAUCGGUGUCCCCGAUAUCCGCAAAUAUUAUUUCGCCACUAACACUGCCGUGGUUGUGAGCUUUAACAACCAGGUUGAUAAACCCAGAUGGAUGGAAAUAGAAGAAUCAAAAAUUUUACCGGUUAGAUUAUCAGAAUUACCUUGGUUAAAUCCUAAGAAAAGACCUGGAAUUAAAAAAUUAUUUUUAUCUACCAAGACUACGCUUAAGGCCUGGGACCUUAUUUUUAAAAAUGACCAGUCUCCCAGUUUAUAUAGAGCAAUGCCUAUUGAGUUAUUGAAAUAUUAUAUACAAUCCUUAAAAAUAGAAUUGUUGAAGAAUUGCUCUAUAACUAAUCUGGACAAUUUUUUUUUUAUGGCAAUGCUAUUCUUUCUUUGGAAAAAUUGAAGCUUAAGUAUGGAUUAUCAAAUGUAUGUGAACUGGAAUGUAUGCUAAUCAUUGACAAAUUGAAAGAACUAUACCAGGUAUCUGAAACAGAUAAAAACUAUAAAUCACUUGAGUUAUCUCCUUUAGAGAAAGUUUUUUUAUACAGUCCCGCUAGUAAAGGUAUGAUAUCCUUAUGCUAUUUGUUUCAUAAUGCCAAGCCCUUAGUUAAAUUAAAACAUAUGUUGUCAUGGGAGACGGAGUUGGGUGCCCAGUGCGAUUUAGAAGAAUGGUUCGUUUUUUUAAAAGGUUUAAAAGGUAUUUCGUAUUGCACCGACCAUUUUGAAAAUCAUUAUAAAAUCUUAUAUCGCUGGUACCUGGCUCUGUCUAGAUUGCACAACAUGAACAACAUGUAUUCUGACCGGUGUUGGAGAGACUGUGGGGGAGUGGGCAAUAUGGCCCAUAUCUGGUGGUUCUGCCCCAAGUUAACUAAUUAUUGGAAAAUGAUUCAUGAUCUAAUUAUUAAAGUGAACAGAACCAUUAGCAUCUUAACUUCGGAACUAGCUUUAUUUAAAAAACUCCCAGAGUCUGUUAAUAGUUCAGAUAAAAUAAUCAUAGGCCACAUUCUGAUUGCUGCUACAUCCUGUUUAUCUAGACAUUGGAAGUCCCAAAAUGUGCCAUCUCUCAGAGAAGUUUUUAAUUUGAUUCUAGAAAACAAGGCACACGAAUUAUCGCAUAGAGCCAAUAUGCAUGGUUUCCCAAUAUUAAAAUAUAAUUGGGAUAAAUGGGAAGAAAAAAUCAAAACAGUUUAUGGUCUUUGAUAUAUUUAUUGUUAAAGUGCAUUGAUGUACAACAUUUUUGCCAUAUACAUUAUGUUUAUUUCAAUGAUGGAUGGAUACCCCUUCCCAUUUCCAAGUUCCCCUUCCUUUCCUACCCCUAACACAAUGUUUGUAUUAUUAUCACUUGUUAUACAAAAUUUUAAAACUUUAAUAAAAAUUAUUUGAAAAAAAAAAACCAUCUUGCUCAGUAGACAGCCACUGAAGGUGGAGUUAACCCUGCAAUGUAAUUAUUGUAGUUUAUAAAAAACUGCAAUAAUUACAGUUGCAGGGUUAAGAGUAGUGGGAGUUGGCACCCACACCACUCCAAUGGGCAGAAGUGGUCUGGGUGCCUGGAGUGUCCCUUUAAUGCACUUGUGGACACAAAAUAGUUCUAAUUGAAGGCUUAUGGCGAGUCUCUUCUAUCCACUCACAGUUGAAAGGAUUACUCACUAAAGUGAGGAUUCAAAGUGAAUUUAAAAAGAAUUUCCAAAUCAAGGCCAAAAUAGGAAAACUGAACAAAUUCAGCAAUACUUUCAGCUCGGCUACUUUGACCUUAAAUUUGAAAUUCACUUUGAAUUCUCUCUUAGUGAAUAACCCUGUGAGACUAGAUUUGAGUUCACAAAUGAUUGUUAUAAAACAAAGAAAAAACACAUGAGGAUCAUGUUCAGCUCUCCCUGGUUGUCCCAAAAUAGUAUAUAUGUAUAUGUCUCUUUAUGUAUUACAGCAACCAUGAACGGCACAUAUGCAUCUCUCUCAGAGGUCAUGAGGGCUCGGGGAAGCCCUCUAUGUGAGAAGGAAGUGUGGGCUCUACUGAAUGCUGCUUCAGAACAGAUUUUGAAGCUUUCUAAUAAUGGUGAGUGCUAUUCACAUUUGUUGAAACAAUUAGUGAAAUAUUCCAAAACAUGUUCAAAAAAUAAAUAAAUUAUAAAAUCAAAGAAAAAUGAAUACAGUAACGCUUGCUAUAUACCUAAUGCCUGCUUGAUUUAAGGCUGAUUUAAUUUUCCAUUUUAUUCUACAGUAUUUUUAACACUUUAGAGCAGUGCCAAACAUCAUCAAAAUCCAAGUAUAUCUGCAUACAUAUAAUGCCAGUGGAUUUUGGUCUCUUCUUGGGGCUUUUGCACCUGAAAUGUAAUGCAUGGAGGAUAGAUGUAAGGUAUAGAUGUAAGCUCAUUUGGUUUUCCUGUGUUUUAGUUUGAUUAUCAACACGUUACAUGUGUAAAGAAAAAUGAGGGGGGGCGGAGCCUGAUUGGCUAGCUGAUCAAACGUAGGCUUGAAGCGGCACUGUCGUGUGAAACUUGCCUUUCCCCAAUAGAUUCCUCUUCUCUCCCUCUCUCAGGAUCUGUUCUUCGUUUCUUCAUGUCUGCUCUAGUUUUCUUUAAAAUCACAAGACAAAGUAGGGACUAUUUGUCUUAUGGAGGUUUCCUACGCCUGACCAGCUAUGACCAGCAGAGGAACAAAGUGUGCUUCAUUUCCGAUGGUCAGAGCAAUUUCCCCACAAUUCUCACCUUUCCUCCAUGUUCCAGUGUUCUCCGUGUUCCCCACAAUUCUCACCUUUCACUUUUCUCGAAUGUUCCAGGCUUUUUAGACAGAACAUCGUGGAAACUACCAAAUUGCGUCCUAACAGAAUGAGAAUAGUGUGACGAAGUGCCCUUCGCCAUUUGUACCUGGAGAGGACUAAUUGCCAGCCUCCUGCCCUGCAACUAUGGCCCCUGGAAGAUUUUGCCCUUUAAAUACAUUAUUUGGGCAUAGUGAAUUUUAUUAGACUGGUUCUGGCCCUUUAAAUGCUCUGACAAAGUAUCUGCAGUUUUGCUAUGCAUUCGGAUGCAGAGUGUGAAGAAAACCCCUGUUUUAUGGACUUAGUUUGACUGUUUUAUUCCCCCCUCCUCUUAGAACACCAGUUUAAACCCUUAAUAACUGUCAUAUUUUCAAACACUGUCUGACCCUUUUAACUGUCAUUUUGUUUUCCUCUGAGGAGGAGUUGUUUUGCUGCAUGAGUGCUGUUGCUUUUGUGUGCUCAUUAAACAGACCUGCUUGACCCUUUCUUGAAGCCUUGGCUCAUGCUUGGGGGAUGGGAUAAGUCUGCAGUGCUGAUGGUGUCGGUUGGAGUGCUUGGAGUCCUCGGCAAGCACUAGGAGCAUCGAUUGGCGGAGGUACUCGGUCGGAGUGCCAGCGGGUCCGUCACAAACAGUUUCUCCAUUCGUGUUAGGACGCAAUUCAGGACUUUGUUCGUGUUGGAAUUAUAUUCAAAUGAAUGAAACUCUGAUCCUGUUCGUGCCGCGGCUGCAUCUUGCAGCCGCUUAGUAGAUAGCUCCCUAAUUCCCGCGGUAUUAGUGAGCUAUCUACCAAAAGGCUGAAAGACCAAAUUUACUAACACUAAGUAAAGAUUACUUAGUAUUAGUAAAUAAUCUGCCCCUACUCGCUAUACUGCGAGUAGGGUUGUAUGUCUAUUAAACAGCCUCUGGCUGCUCACAGUUACCCCCCAAAACCCUGCAUCCCCCUCCCGAGCCCCCCACCCGCGCUGCAUGAAUGUGGGCUAUUAAACUGAAUGGGGGACCUAUUGCCCUCCCCGGCCCAGACGCCUGAGCGGCGGGCGGGGGUCCUAAAUUACAAUAAAUGGGGGGACCUAUUGCCCUCCCCCCUGGCACCCACCUCUGAGCGGUGGGUAGGGGCCCUAAUUGAAAAUGUGGGGGGGACCUAUUGUCCUCCCCCCGAGCUCCUACCCCUGAGCAGCGGGUGGGGACACUAAAUUAGAAUAAGGGGGGAACCUAUUGUCCUCCCCCCGGCCACCAUCCCGGGUGUGGGUCCUAAAUUACGACAAGGGGCUAAAUGAAAAUGUUAACCCCCCCUCAGGUGACUAGGGAUCCCCAAGCCCCUAGUCACCACCCCACUCAAAAAAAAAUUAAUAAACCCCUACCUACGCCCCACACCCUAAAAAUAGUGAGGGGGGAACAAGAGAACAAAAUACUUGCUAAAAAUAAAUACAACUUACCAUUUGAUGUCUUCUUUUUUCUAAAAUCUUCUUUUUUCAGCCUUAAAAAAGGCCAAAUAGGAUGAUAGGUUUUCCCACCCGCUUAGUUUAAUAGCCCCCACUCUCGCGGUACGGAUGGGGGCUUGCGAGGGGGGAUACUAGGGUUUUGUUUUUUUUAACAGUGAGCACCCGCAGGCUGCUAAUUGUUUAAUAGACAUGCCCCUACUCGCAGUAUAGCGAGUAGGGGCAGAUUAUUUACUAAUAAUAAGUACCGUAUAUACUCGAGUAUAAGCCGACCCGAAUAUAAGCCGAGGCCCCUAAUUUUACCCCAAAAAACUGGGAAAACUUAUUGACUCGAGUAUAAGACUAGGGUGGGAAAUGCAGCAGCUACUGGUAAAUUUCUAAAUAAAAUUAGAUCCUAAAAAAAUUAUAUUAAUUGAAUAUUUAUUUACAGUAUGUGUAUAUGAUGAAUGUAGUGUGUGUAUGAGUGCGCAGUGUGUGUGUAUGAGUGCGCAGUGUGUGUGUAUGAGUGUGCAGUGUGUGUGUAUGAGUGCGCAGUGUGUGUAUGAGUGCACAGUGUGUGUGUAUGAAUGCAGUGUGUGUGUAUGAAUGCAGUGUGUGUGUAUGAGUGCAGUGUGUGUGUAUGAGUGCAGUGUAUGUGUGUAUGAGUGCAGUGUAUGUGUGUAUGAAUGCAGUGUAUGUGUGUAUGAGUGCAGUGUGUGUGUAUGAAUGCAGUGUGUGUGAUGCAGUGUGUGUGUGUGUGUGUGAUGCACUGUGUGUGUGUGUGUGAUGCAGUGUGUGUAUGAAUGCAGUGUGUGUGUAUGAAUGCAGUGUAUGUGUGUAUGAAUGCAGUGUGUGUGAUGCAAUGUGUGUGUGUGUGUUAUGCAGUGUGUGUGUGUGUGAUGCAGUGUGUGUAUGAAUGCAGUGUAUGUGUGUAUGAGUGCAGUGUGUGUGUAUGAAUGCAGUGUGUGUGAUGCAGUGUGUGUGUGUGUGAUGCAGUGUGUGUGUAUGAAUGCAGUGUGUGUGAUGCAGUGUGUGUGUGAUGCAGUGUGUGUGUGAUGCAGUGUGUGUAUGAGUGCAGUGUGUGUGAUGCAGUGUGUGUGUGUGUGUAAUACAGUGUAUUUGUGUUGCAGAGCCUUGGUGGGGGGUGGGCAUUUCUAUAAAAAAAAAAUUAAUAUUAUUUACAUUUUUUUUUGUUAUAUUAUUAUUUUUUUAAUAAUUUUUUUAUUAUUAUUUUUAUUUUUUUUAUUAUUAUUUAUGUAUUAUUUUAUUUAGUUUUUAGUUCAUUUUUUUGUUAUAUUAUUAUUUUGUUUAUUAUUAUUUUUAUUAUUAUUUUUUAUUAUUAAUUUAUUUAUUUUGUUGUCCCCCCUCCCUGCUUGAUACAUGGCAGGGAGGGGGGCUCUCCUUCCCUGGUGGUCCAGUGGCAUUGGCAGUUCAGUGGGAGGGCAGAGUUGCUUGCAGCCUUUCAGUCAAGUUUCCUCGCUGCCGGGUCCGCAGCUCCUCUGUCAGCUCACACUGUAAGUCUCGCGAGAGCCGCACUAUGACCCCGCGGCUCUCGCGAGACUUACACUGGGAGCUGACUGAGGUGCUGCACGGACCGGCGCGGAGGAGGAGGGAGCUGACAGGAGCUGCAGGAGAGGUAAGUAACAGCUCUGCCAGCCCCCAGUCUGUAUUAUGGCAAUGUAAAUUGCCAUAAUACAGACUGACUCGAGUAUAAGCCGAGUUGGGGUUUUUCAGCACAAAAAGUGUGCUGAAAAACUCGGCUUAUACUCGAGUAUAUACGGUAAUCUUUACUUAGUAUUAGUAAAUUUGGCUGAAAGACCAAUUACGUCUUUCACCCUUUUGGUAGAUAGCUCCCUAAUACCGUGGGAAUUAUUUGAAUGAAAUUCCGAUACGAACAAAGUCCCAAAUUGCGACCUAGCAUGAAUGGAGAAACUGUUCUCAUUCUGUUAGGAUGCAAUUCGGUAGUUUUGCCGGCGUUCUGUCUAAAAUGAAAAAGUGAAAGGAGGCUUUGCUGGAACAUGGAGGAAAGGCGAGAAUUGUGGGAAAAUUGCUCUGACCACCGGAAAUGAAGCACACUUUGUUGGGGGUAGGGUUAGGGGUUAGGGUUAGAUUCCUGUCAUCAUUACCUUAAUUUUUCCUCCCUCUCCUGUUUUGCCACUUUUCAGAAAUCCAAAGCACUUUGGCACUUCCGAAAUUCGGCAGUUCGGCACUUUGGUAAUUUGGACAUUCGGAAGCUGAAAUUCGUCCGAAUUUAAAUUUGGACCGAAACGAAUUGCACAUGUCUAGUGGGCGGUUUGGGGAUGUAUAUUAAGAAUAAGGGAUGUAGUGGGAGUUAGGUGCAGUAGUGGGAUUAAGUAGCUGUGCUAGAGAAGGAGGGCUGUAGUGGGCAUUAGAAGCUGUAGUUGGGGUUAGGAGAAGUAGUGAGGGUUAGGAGCUGUACUGAAUAUUAAAGGCAGUAGUGAGGGUUAGGGGCUGUAGUGGGGUUUAGUAGCAGCAGUUGGGGGUUAGGAGCUGUAGUGGGGUUAAAGGCAGUAAUGGGGGUUAGGGGCAAAAGAGGGGGAGUUAGAGGCUGAUGUGGGGGAGCUGUAGUGGGGUUUUUAGAAGCAGUAGUGAAGGGCUAUGAGCUGUAGUAGGGGUUAGGACAGUAUAUGGGGGAUAGGGGAAGUAGCAUGGUCGAUAAGGGACUGAGGGGAAAGUUAGAAAAAGCAAACAUCUUAAAUUAAAAAUAAAGUUUUUCCCCUUUGGCCAGGGAGAGGGGAAUCUUGUUCCCUGGAGGUCCAGUGUGAAAUGUGGCUUGUCGGAACCUCCUUCCGUUUGGCUCUGGGAAAUUUAUCAGAACAUUGCUGCGGUAACCUGUGACAAUGCUCUGAUACAGUAGAAGGAGCGGAGAACUUAACCUGAAAGUCCAACCCAUUUCUCCCUCUUCCCCCUCGAUAUCAGGGGCCGGCUGGCGAGCAUGGCAUUGCGGUCACUGCUUGGCUUCUUUGGUGGGGGGGCCCUGGUUUACCCUUGGGUCUGAGUGCCAAGUGCCCCCCAUUUUAAGUCUGCAGUAAAAAACCUUGCUGUUCUGCAGAGGGGUCAACGUAAAAUAGCAGAUUAAAACUCUGCUACUUUAAUCUAAUGGUCUCAGAAAGACCAUCUAAUUGGUGCAGCACAGCAUUUGUGUGGCCAGCCUAUGCUUUUCUGUGCGAAAAGAGGGAGAGAUUCAGUUUGGUGAAAAGGUAAGUAAAAUACCCUUUUUGCUCCCUGGCAGUGGGGGCCUGGUCACCUAAAUGGUGACUAGGCCAAUAUGGCAUUAGGAAUUUAUAUUUGUAUUCCUAACGUUUCACUGUUCCUUUAACUGUCAGGGGAUGUUCCAAAUCAAUUAUUAAAAGUGACAAAUUCUUUUGAAAUCAGCAUUUUUAUGAAACAGGUCAAGAGGAGGCAUGCAAUUAACCCCUAAAGCAUUUUUCCAUGCUGAAGUACAUUAUGGGUUUGGAAUGUUCCUUUAAAAAAUAAUUUGCAUUCUUGAUGCAAAUUUGAACUUAAGUUAAGCAUUAUUCUGAAUUUAUGAUACUCGAUUUUUAACUCGAUUUUUGACACUUUCCAAAUUCAAAACUCAUGAUUUUUGAUAUUGUUAAGAUUGUUUGGUUUAUUACACACAGCAUCAACCCUCACAACACAAUGCUCACUUUUUGUUGUUUUUUUUCCUUCUCAUGUUGGCAAAGUAACUCAUAAUAUUUCAUAUUCAUUCAUAGUCACAAAAAACAUAAAAUAAAAUAAAAAUACCUUAUGCAAACUCUGAUGUUUACUUUUUUUCCAGAUUCCAAAACAUGGAUAGACAUCUCACCCUGGUCACUUGUUAUUUCGUGUUCUGGGAAUUUGUCUUUCCGGAAAGGAUUUUGCCACAAAGCUGCUCCAUUUAGAGCUCCAGAAGUGACUCAGGAGCCCACUAACACAAAGGAGGUAAGAGGUUCUUUAUUUUAUGAUUCCAUAGUUAUCAUCCCAAUUGGCUUUCCAUGGUAAAUGCCAUCUGAAGGGUAGAUAUACCUAUGCACCCACCACACCUGUUAAAGAAAUAAGAAUUAUUUCAAAAAAAGGUUAAUAGCACCACAAUCACUGUUUAUCUCCAUCAACCAGUGAUAUGGGACAGAAGUGGAAACUGCUCAAGACCCAAUAUUUCAUUCAGGGUAGUCGUUUUUUUGGACAGACUGGAAAGGAGAUUGGAAAAUGGGUGUUUGAGCAAACAAAAAUAUAGCAAGGAAAAUUUAAUGAAUUAAUAGCGACAGUGACGGAACUACAUCCGGCUGCACUAGAGCCUGCAUGUUUGGGGGGCCCAGCUCAAUGGGCCACCUGAUGGACGGCUUUGGAGGAAGUGUCAGCCUUCCUACCAGAUAUUUACAGAGCGCAUUGCGUGGGACAGAGAAGGAGGGGGAACACGAAGGGGAGAGCAAAGACAGACCCAGCACCAUAGAAUGCUUCAGUCACAGUCGCCGAAGUUUGACUGGGGUCUCUCUGGAGCUCUUUCCUUCCAGACAGGUAUCGUCCCCUCUGCCUAUUCCUCUGCCUGCAAUGUGAUAGCUCUUAAACAUAAAAACAUAGAAUGUGACGGCAGAUAAGAACCAUUCGGCCCAUCUAGUCUGCCCAAUUUCCUAAAUACUUUCAUUAGUCCCUGGCCUUAUCGUAUGUCUAGGAUAGCCUUAUGCAUAUCCCACGCAUGCUAAAACUCCUUCAUUGUGUUGACCUCUACCACUUCAGCUGGAAGGCUAUUCCAUGCAUCCACUACUCUCUCAGUAAAGUGAUACUUCCUGAUAUUAUUUUUAAACCUUUGUCCCUCUGAUUUAAGACUAUGUCCUCUUGUUGUGGUAGUUUUUCUUCUUUUAAAUAUAGUCUUUACUGUGUUGAUUCCCUUUUUGUAUGUAAAUGUUUCUAUCAAAUUCCCCCCCGUCUCGUCUUUCUUCCAAGCUAUACACGUUAAGAUCCUUUAACCUUUCCUUGUAAGUUUUAUCCUGCAAUCCAAGAACCAGUUUAGUAGCCCUUCUCUGAUCUCUCUCUAAAGUAUCAAUAUCCUUCUAGGAGAUACAGACUCCAGUACUGCGUACAAUACUCCAAGUGAGGUCUCACCAGUGUUCUAUACAAUGCAUUGAGCACUUCCCUCUUUCUACUGCUAAUACCUCUUGUCUUUAUAAAGACACUUACAGCUCUCAGGCCUAGCUCUAUUUGAUUUGCCAUGGGGAAUCAGAUGAAUCGCACAGCCAGCCAAUAGGUCCAAAGACUCUUUUACUGGGAUCCCUAAAAAUCCACACAGGAUACACCGUUCCAAAAGGAACUAACAUACUCAGCUUUAUUUUUACUCAGUACUAGCCCAUAUGCUUGUUACCUUAAGAUGUAAUGUGACAACUUCAAUAAAAUACAAAUAACCAGAUCAUAUCAGACAACAUACAUGAACAUAAUGACAUAUUUAUAAAUGGGUGAGGAAAACAAUAAUUAACACAAAACGUUUCUCCUGCCUGCAGAAUUAGUACUAUGCAAAUCUACCUGAAUAUGCAAAUGAACAAGCCUUACUAUUCAGGUAGUGCAUAUAGCUGUUGCUACCAACAGAGGGCGCUGUAAAGACUCGACAGCCAAAUCCAACUUGUUGGCAGCAAGCAUCAGCAGGAGCACAUAAAACAUUUAACCACAACCAAUUAUUUUAUACACACCCUGCACCUUUAAUGGACACAGGGUGACUAAAACAUAAGAACAAUUUAGGAACCUAUGUAAAGUGUUCUUCUGCUCCCAGUUAUGGUGACUACCGUCACAGAGUGUGUAUGUGUCAGUGUUUGUUUCUAUGUAAAUGUCAAUGUGCUUAUAUGUGUGUAUCUAUUUGUCAGUAUGUCUGUAUGUGUCAGUGUAUAUUUGUGUGCGUAUCAUUGUAUCAGUGUUUAUAUCUAUAUGUGUGUCCGCAUGUGUAUCUUGUGUGUGUGUAUGCCUCAGAGUGUGCUUCUGUGUGAGUCAAUAUGUCGGUGUGUGUAUCUGUGUAUGUAUAUGUCAGUAUAUGGGUAUGUAUAUGUCAGUGUGUGUCAAUGUGUCAGUGUACCUAUGUAUGUGUCAGUGUGUGCAUAUGUAUGUGUAUUUAUGUGUGUACCUGCUUUUCAUUGUGUAUAUAUGUGUGUCUGAGUGUGUGUAUGCGUCAGAGUGUGCUUCUGUGUGAGUCAAGAUGUCAUUGUGUAUCUGUGGGUCAAUGUAUGUAUAUCUAUGUAAAUAUGUAAAAAAGCAAAAUACAAAAAGUCCUGCACUCCAACUUAUAACAAUUAAAUCUUACUUUACCUGGUGCUCAGCUACACUGUAGUAUAAAAUGCCAAAUCCAGGAAACACUCUAGGCUAUUCAAAUUAAAUUUCAUUUAAAAAUAAUUCCAAAAAUUACAUAGAACAAGCAAACAAAGUCGACGUUUCAGUUACUAUAGGAACUUUCAUCAGGACUAGAUCAAUUUUGUGUCAGUGUGUGUAUCUGUGUGUGUCAGUGUAUGUAUUUGUGUGUGUCAGUGUAUCUUUGACAAUGCUUUCCUAUGGGGAGACCUAAUUUGCUCGCAGUGCUUGACACGCAUACACAUGAGCCCCCCUGUCAGAUGAGGCCCGAUGAGGCAGAGUACUGACCCAGCGCCGAGGGAGAUCGAUGCUGAAAUCGGGUAAGUAAAUAAAGGGUUUUUUAACCCUUUUUAUGCAGGGAGGGCACAAGGGAAUUAUAGUGUUAGGAAUGCAACAUUAUUUUCCUAACACUAUAGAAUCUCUUUAACUCUUGUCACUCCAUGUCACUCUAGAAUGUGCCACCCUUUCCAAUCUAAAUACCAGCCACUGACCUGGUUUCACCCUCUCUUUGCCCAACUCACCUAGAAAGAGAAUAAGAUUAAAUAUGUGUGUAUCUGAAUAGAUUUAUAAAGAUAUUUUUAUCUCCACAGCUAAUGGUGUACUCUUUGGGGAUGACGCUCUACUGGGCUGCUGAGUACAAUAUUCCUAGACAUCAGGUCUGUAACAUUUGUUUUAUACAUGGAGAGUUCUCGCUCACUCUAUUUCUCUCUCUAAAAUCUGCUUGUAUAUAAUAUAUUUAGAACAUAGUAACUGCUAAAUGGCUUAAAUUAAUUAAAUAGUGUCAGGAAUACAAACAUACAAUGCGUUGGGAAAGCAAUGGGCGGAUAUUGUGCAUUUACAGCAAAACACCACACUAUGUCAAUCAGCAUCUCCUCAUAGAGAUGCAUUGAAUCAGUGCAUCUCUAUGAGGAACGUUCAUCGCCUCCAUGCAUGACUGCCACUAGAGGUGCUACUAGGCGGUAAUGUAAACAAUGCAUUUUCUCUGACAGCCACUAUCAAACAGCCACUAGAGGCACUUCCUGCUUGUUAGGCGACUUUUGGUGCUGUGCAUGAGGACAUCCAGUGUCAGUUAAUUACCCAUAGGAAAGCAGUGCAGAAAGGUGCAAUGUAGCACUCACAUUAGCACACGUUGGUGGAGGUGGAGCUAUUCUAUGUAUUUGUCAAUGUGUUUAUAUGUCAGAUGACGUUGGAGGAGGCAGAGCACCGACCCAACUAUGAGGGGGUUUGGCGCUGGAAUCGGUUGAGUACAGAAAGGAUUUAUUAACCCGAGGGAGUGGGGCCAGAGGGAACUAUGCUGUAAUGAAUACAGCUUCGUAUUCCAUACACUAUAGAAUACAUUUAAGCUGUAAUUAAAUGUAAUUAAAUUACUAGUUACUAUAGUGCACCUUUAACCCCUUAAGGACACAUGACAUUAUGAUGCCAGGUAAAGAAAGAUUUGGGGAGGAUAUCUACUAGCUUCUGGUCUUUCCUCCCUUGAUGACAUUAAUUCUUCAGCUACUUACUGACAGAAGUGUUAAAGGGAAACUCUAAUGUUAGAACUAGAAACAUUUAUUUCUAAUGUUAGAAUUAUUUCUUGAUUAUUUAGAUUUAGUGGUGCCCCCGUAACACGAACAUUAAAGGGACACUAUAGUCCCCAGAAUAACUACAGCUUAUUGUAUUUGUUCUAGUGAGGAUAAUAAUUUCCUUCAGGCUUUUUGCAGUAAACACUGUCUUUUCAGAAAAUUUUUUAGUGUUUACAUUACAGCCUAGUGAUAAUUCCACUGGCCACUCCUCAGAUGGCUAUUAGAGAUGCUUCCUGGGGAAGUGCUGCACAGUGUGCAGCACUGCCAUUCAGUUUCUCCACCCUUUGCUUGGAGACACUGAACUUUCCUCAUAGAGAUGUAUUGAUUCAACACAUUUCUAUGAGAAGAUGAUGAAUGGCCCUGGCUCUGUUUGGCUUGUGUUUGCUCUGCCCCUGAUCUGCCUCCUUGACAGUCUCAGCCAAUCCUAUGGGAAAGCAUUAUGAUUGGCUUUUGUUCAACACUUCUGAUGAUGUCAACCAAGCAGGCAGAUCAGGGGCAGAGCCAGCAGCUGCAGUCUUGAACAAAAGUAAGAUUUUACUAUUUAAGGGGGGCCAGAGGAGCUAGAUGGUAGUUUUAGCACUAUAGGGUCAGGAAUACACAUUUGUUUUCCUGACUCUAUAGUGUUCCUUUAAUUAGAUAUACUUACCUUUUGUCCCAAUCUGUGCCAGAAAACAUUCAUAAGACAAAAUCUCAUCAGCAACACACAUGAAAAUCUAACCAUGUAGGACAGUACUUCAUUUCUAAUGCUGUUUACUUUUAGACGCAAAGUAAGAGGGGCUAAUGCAACUAACAUUCAUUUUCCAGCCUGUGAAUCUUGGUUCCAAGAUUCAAUCCAUCCUUAUUGCAAUGUGUGAGGAGAAUCCACGAUGCAGGCCAAGUCCAGAGAUCGUUGUCCAGAAAUGUCAGGAUCAUCAGAAACAGCUUUCCUUACUUCCUGCUUGUUUCUACAUCCAGAGCCUUGUUAGACUGGUGCUGGGUGACCUUUCGCAGGUUUGUACAAUUUUUUUUUGUAAUUUUAGAACCACAGAGUGUUGAGUCUGACAUUUAAAAUCAAAUACUUGAGAAACUUGUAUCUAAGAAAAUUUAAAGAUAAGUAUUCCAUUAGGUUAUGUGAGAACUUUUCUAAAGUCCCAUUAUUUUUCGUACUGUCAAAUCUCUUGCUAACGAAUAAUGGACUGGAUGAGCUACCAGGAGUGCUAACCAGAGAGUGAUUUUUGCUGUUCAUUUCUGCUACUCUGCAGUGGUAAUGGUAUCAGGAUUGAUCUGGCACUACCAUUCUAAGGAGUCAUAAAUAUUGGAAAGGUUUGACUUCUUAUCUGAGGUUCCUUCCUGCCGCUUCCUGACUCAACUACUGCCUAGUGAAAUCCGGAAGCUCUAGUCAUUCAGCUAAGGCUGGUGGUGCAGACACUCUUUGGCGCCAAUGGAAAGCUGAGAAGGAGCUCAGGAGAGCUGAGUAGGAGCUCAUUGAGCUGUAAAGGAUGUGGGGAGGGGCCCCCAGUGGAACUAAGAGAGGUAUUAGAACAGAAGAGGAACAACUACUAUUUAAAGGGGGUGAGAGGACCAGGUAAAAUGCAUGUAUCUAGUUAAAUUAAUAAUAUUACAGUAUUAAAAGGACACUAUAGUCACCUGAACAACUUUAGCUUAAUGAAGCAGUUUUGGUGUAUAGAACAUGCCCCCGCAGCCUCACUGCUCAAUCCUCUGCCAUUUAGGAGUUAAAUCCCUUUGUUUAUGAACCCUAGUUACACCUCCCUGCAUGUGACUUGCACAGCCUUCCAUAAACACUUCCUGUAAAGAGAGCCCUAUUUAGGCUUUCUUUAUUGCAAGUUCUGUUUAGUUAAGAUUUUCUUAUCCCCUGCUAUGUUAAUAGCUUGCUAGACCCUGCAAGAGCCUCCUGUAUAUGAUUAAAGUUCAAUUUAGAGAUUGAGAUACAAUUAUUUAAGGUAAAUUACAUCUGUUUGAAAGUGAAACCAGUUUUUUUUUUUCAUGCAGGCCCUGUCAAUCAUAGCCAGGGGAGGUGUGGCUAGGGCUGCAUAAACAGAAACAAAGUGAUUUAACUCCUAAAUGACAGUGAAUUGAGCAGGGAAAUUGCAGGGAAAUGAUCUAUACACUAAAACUGCUUUAUUUAGCUAAAGUAAUUUAGGUGACUAUAGUGUUCCUUUAAAGGGACACCGUAGACACUGUAUCUGCUUCAUCUCAUUAAACUGGUUAUAGUGUCUGGAGUCCCCUGGUGCCAUCAUUUCUUUCAGCAUUAAACAGUUUUUAAUGUUGUAAUGUUUUAAUGCUAAACAAGAGACCCCGGCAGUCCAUCCCCUCUGAGCUGCUUUGGCUAAUAAGGAAGUAUUACCCUGAGCAGCAAUGGGCAGCUGUGAUUGGCUGAGAGUGUCAGCUGACUGCUUUUAGCCUGUCAGAGCUCCAACUGACGGUAUGAAUGGGUAUGACAACAAGGAAGUGUGUAAUAUCUGCCUUAGCUACGCAUACAGAAGGGUCUGGACUGUGGGUGGCCAGGGACUCUUAUUUUGUGGCAUACUGCACAAACAUGGUGCAACACUGAAUGGAGGGACAGUGCCAGGGCACUCCAGGCACUAUAACCAAUUCAAAGAGAUGAAAUGGCUAUAGUGACUACAGUGUCCCUUUAAUUAAUACAAUAAGUAGUGUGUAGAAAAUCCAUAAAAUGCAAAGAUGAAAGUGUGAAUUGGGUUUCGCUAAUUAAAUGACGCUAAUUAAAUGGCAGAAUGGUUUAAGGCAGUUUAUUACCCUGGGAGAUGAAUGAAAACAUGCUUAAACUGAUGAGUUUUAAUGAACUCAGUAAGAGGCAAUAACAACUGUCAUUUAUUUAGGUGCUUGAGGUACAUUUAGUUUUUUACAUACAGUUAAAGCAGAAGUUCUAACCUUAGCUGUAUCAAUUUUUUGCAACUUUCAAAGCAUUUAUUCCUUGAGAGCAGUAGAUGGCGCUCUCAGCCAGUUGUCAAAAGUUGAUAUAGCUAAAGCGGAAUGAGAAUGAGAAGGACUGUGAUAGGCUAGUGGUACCCCAGGUAAGUGUCACACCAUUACCAUUUGAUCCCAUCAUUGGUGAUAAAGCCAGAAAAGCUCCUAGCAACAUAACCACUAUGGAACUUUAAUACUUAAUUUACUUAUCCUUAUAUUUAACAAAUGUAUAUUUGUGAGUUGUAAAAAAUAAAUGAAUUAGGAAUCCACAUUUUGUUAUCCUGUAACUGGGGGGCUUUUAUUUUAGAUCUGUCAUUACUCUAUUACACUAACAUUAAUAUAAGCUCUGUCUUAUGUCCCUGGCACUCAUCAUAGAGAAAAGAGAGAACAUUACACAUUUUUUUCCCCUCCUAAUUUACAAUGUUUACCCUGACUUUGCCUUUUCUGAACUAGAUUAUCCUCCUGAGACCAAGCCCAUUCAUGUAUGUCCUCUGUACUGGACAUUUCAUUCACAUGCAUCUUGUUUUAUUCUUUUGAGCUGCUCUAUCAAUCCCUGCUGUAUUGUAAAGAGGACUUCCUGAGCUUUCCAGUGAUAUGUCAUGUGAUGCUGGGCACUUCCUCUCCCCUUUCAUCAAACUUGGAAGGCAUAUUGGAAGACAAUUUUUUCCUCGGUUCCCAGGAGGUUAUGAUGUAAUUUGCUAAAUCUUAAGUAUAAAUUUGUUUAACCGCAAAAAAAAAGAUACCUGGGGUUCCUUGGUACCUGCAGUGAUUUAACUAAUGCUGGUACUUUCCUGCAUGCCGGUCUAUGCCUUCACUGGGCAUCAUGGUCCUUAAAGGACCACUAUAGUGCCAGGAAAACAUACUCAUUUUCCUGGCACCAUAGUGCCCUGAGGGUGCCCCCACCCUCAGGGACCCCCUCCCGCCCGGCUCUGGAAGGGGGAAAGGGGUAAAAACUUACAUUUUUCCAGCGCCGGGCGGGGAGCUCUCCUCCUUCUCUCCGCCUCCGUUCCUCCUCCUGGGCUGAAUGCGCACGCGCGUCAAGAGCUGCGCGCGCAUUCAGCCCGUCGCAUAGGAAAGCAUUUACAAUGACAGUGAGAAGCAUGCAAGCGCCUCUAGUGGCUGUCAAUGAGACAGCCACUAGAGGCUUUGGGGGAAGGCUUAACCCAUUAAUAAACAUAGCAGUUUCUCUGAAACUGCUAUGUUUAUAAAAAAAUGGGUUAACCCUAGAGGGACCUGGCACCCAGACCACUUCAUUAAGCUUUCCCACGCUUUGUAAAUUGACUCAUAACUCUCUGAUUGGUUGAUUGGGGUGGGGGCCAGGGGAGAGGACAAUAGAUCCCCCCCUUAUUCUAAUUUAGGGCCUCCAUCUGCCGCUCAGGGGUGGGGGCUCUGGGGUUUUUUUACUGUAAGAAUUAGGAGACCAGUAAUAGGCAAUACCUACACAGAUGUUGCUAGGCUCAGAAUAAGAACUGGCAUUUAUCUUAGGCCAAGGGCAGUUUUGUGCAUCCAUGCUUGGGAAGAGUCAUAAUAUACAGAGGGCUCAAAGGACCCAAAUGGGUAAACCUUGGAAUUACAGCCUUCAACACAUUAGAACAAAGUAAGCAAAGCGAUCCAGCAGAUUCUCCAUUCCUCUGCGUUCCUUUCUUAAAGUUUAUCAAAGUGCAUUAGAAAAAGAUCUGGUCUUUAUCAAGCUUGAUACUCUUCUAUUGAAAUGUUGUUCUGUCUACCUAUGCGCACCUUAAUGAAGGGUCAUUGAAAAAAUUAAGGACUUUCUGGCUUGCUUUGCUUACCUUGUUUCCCCUUCCGGUUUUGGUAAAACUGGAUUAAUUGAACUCUCUGGGAUAGGUGCUUCUUUUAUUGUUGUUUUUGUUUGCACACAGAAUUGUCUGAUACUUUUUUAUAGUUAAUGUAUGAACUACUUAGAGUAACUAGAAAUUAAAGCAAUGUCUGUUUUUCUUAAAGAUGCCAAAAGAAGAUACCCUAGAUGUACAACUUGCAAGGAGCCAGAUGAUAAGAGAGAGACUGAAACAGAAGUCUGCUUCAAUAUUUUCUUCAGAGCCAACUACUUCAGGCAUGUAGACAGUUCCUCAAAGAAACUUCUAAUGAGUUACCUUCUAAUGAGACACGUGACACAUAUGUACUUUGAUGAGAAUUCCUAUACAACCGAAGCGGACAGCAAGAAUCUCAGUACCAAUUUCUUAUUUAAAGGUCCUGAAAAAGAAUAAGAAAACUUUAGAGAAAGCAUCACUUUAAUUAUGGCCCUGGAGCAAAUGCAAAAACCCUUGAAAACUGUUAAAUUCUGUAGUACAGACUACAGGCACCAUGAAUAUUGCAAACCACUAAGGUCAUGGAGUAAUCUUUAAAAAAAAAAAAACAACACUCCAAGCACCAUAACUACUGCCCUCCCCCCAAUGCAAGUAAUCAAACCGUUUUUGAAUGGUUUGCCUUUUUACCUCCAUUCCCCAUUUCCACAACUAAAACGGAGAACCAGAAGCUGUAUGUCUGAGCUAAGCCCUGCACUGUGGCUUAGCUCAUUAGCUAAGAGUGAUCUGCUGGCACACUCAGUCAAUGAGCUUGGCCUUUAUUGUAGGGCUUAGCUCAGGAUAACUAAUUGAAGCACCUGCUUAGGAGCUUCCACCUCUCCAUCAUUAGUAGUGGAGGCAGGAAGUGGCACCUGACAGACCACAGGUAAGAAGUCAAAUCACUCACAAAUGGUUUGACUACUUACAAUGAGAUUGUACCAGGCCAUUCCUGGUACUAUAAGCAUUACAAAAAGUUGUAGUGGUCAUAGCGAUUGGAGUGUUAAACCAAUUAAAUCAAUAAUUUCUACAUGUAUCAUUGUAAUCCUGCCCAUUGCCUGUCGUGGCAUCCCUAAAAUGAUAUGGCGAAAUAUCUGAUGAUCAGCAGGUAUAAAAAAAAAUAUUGUGAAAAUUAAUAAUAGAUGACUGUCUGCCCAACACAAACUCUCAGGUCGAUUUUGUUUAUUUGUUCUCUAAAGUAGACUUCUGCAUGCACCACACACUCGUAUUUAACUGUUAGCUUGUAAUACAUCAUCUGAUUAUCCUUGGAAUCUACUUGUUGAAAAGUAUUCAUUCUACCGCUGUCUGGUAGGCUUCAGAUUCUGUCCCAACAUGAAAUUAUUUUCAAGAUGAAUAAUGUUUAAAUCUAGUUGUAAAACCUGCUAGUAGAAGUAACACUGAUACAGCCAGUGCAAACAUGAAGGAUGAAAGUUGGUUUUCCACUUGCAGGAGUGAAAUCUCAGCUCUUGUCAGCAUGGGAGAAAGAACCAAGGUUUUCACCUGGCCGAAAAUGUGAGUCCUCUAUCAACAGGUGAGCAUUUGAUGAGUAAAGCUUCUUUGGCUGCUCUACAAAUUAUGUAUGUUUGUAGUUACAUCCAAUACGAUUUUAACUGAUUGAUUAUUAUGGGAUCCAGUUGAAGUGUUGUCUUGCAUUAAAUAAUUACAAUUUCAUCUUUAAUUUAGAAACAAAACAAAGUUUAUGAAAUAUUUCUCUUUCUUUUGAUCUCUAAAUAGAAAAGUCAAUGUUUUCUUAAAUGCUAAAUAUUUUAUAAAUAUUUUUGGACUUUUUUAUUUUUAUUUUUAAAGUGUACCUGUAAUGGUACUGUGUACUUUACACAAUUUAAUUACUCUCAUUAUUCUGCCUAUACAAUGUACUAGGAAAUUCACAAGUCAAACUACAAUUUUUAUUUUUUUAAAUCAGCCCCCAUCUUUCUGAGUAUCAGCAUAGAUGACUCUAUGCCAAUGUCUGUCUGCCAGAGGAUACACCUCGAGGCUGUUGUCUUGCAUAGAGUGCUGUACCAAUUAUCUGAGGCUUUCUAAACAGGCACAGUACAGGGAAGAGGCUGUUGCUCAUGAUGAUGAGCUAAUGGCAACGCUGGAUCCAUUGGGCAGGACAUACAACAGGAAUACAUAGAGUAAAAGAAAUCCAUAAUAGAUUCACUUUAAAGGAGAACUUUAAAACUGGCUUAACCACCUUUUGUGCAUACACCACAUCAAUUCCUUAAAAUACUUACAAAUAGAGCCAGCAGAUCUCUUCAGGUAGACACACACUUCAUAGCAUUGAACACAAAAAAAACCAAAAAACAGUAAAUGUGCAGAUAGUCUUAAAAGCAGAUAUUUAAUAAUUAUGUUCGAUAUACAGUAUGACAACUUUUCCUAUAUCUGAUGGCUGUAUUUAUAACUUUUUAAGUACUUACUGUAUAUGGUGUACGUACAAAAGAAGAAUAGGUACAUUUUAAAGUACUAAUACUUUUUAUUAGUUUUUACUUAUUCUAUUUGGGGGUGUAUUAUGGAACCUUGUGAGGUGCACUAAAAUGUGUAGCAGCAAAAAAACAACAACCUGUUAAUGUAUAUUCUUAAAGGACCACUAUAGUUCCAGGAAAACAUACUAGUUUUCCUGCCACUAUAGUGCCCUGAGGGUCCCCCAGGGGGAGGAAGGGGUUAAUUCCUUACCUUUUUUCCAGUGCCAGGCUCCCUCGGCGCUGGGACUCAUCUCCCUCUUCUUCCGUUAUCUUAUACUAUACUAUACUUAUACUAAUACAUUAAAAAAAUGAUACAUGCACAGACUUUUAUACAUGUAAUCUUUUUACAAUAAUAUUAAAAAUCAUGAUUUCCUUAAAAUUUUUAUUUUUUUCAAUUUUCCUUUAAACUCAAAAAUUGCACAGAUAUUAACAAUUAACAUAAAUUAGCUCACUUGCACUAUAUCAGAUUGAUAUUUGUUCAUUGUACUAUGUUUUUAUAAAGUUUUCAGGAUCCAACGCACCAGACUGACAUUGAGAUGCAUCGACCUCGGUAUUGCCAGUGGUCUGAUAGGUCAGAUACUUCUCAAGAACAUGGGCCAUUCUGCAAGUAUCCUGCUUCUGUAAGAAAUUCUGUAUUUUCACAAAACAAGGUAAUAGGAAAAUGGUAACUCAAUGUUUAGCUGCUUAAAGGGACGCCGUAGGCACUGUAUCUGCUUCAUCUCAUUAAGCUGGUUAUAGUGUAUGGAGUCCCCUGGUGCCAUCAUUUCUUUCAGCAUUAAACAGUUUUUAAUGUUGUAAUAUUUUAAUGCUAAACAAGAGACCACGGCAGUCCAUCCCCUCUGUGCUGCUUUGGCUAAUAAGGAAGUAUUACCCUGAGCAGCAAUGAGCAGCUGUGAUUGGCUGAGAGUGUCAGCUGACUGCUUUUAACCUGUCAGAGCUCCAACUGACGGUAUGAAUGGGUAUGACAACAAGGAAGUGUGUAAUCUCUGCCUUAGCUACACAUACAGAAGGGGCGGGACUGUGGGUGGCCAGGGACUCUUAUUUUGUGGCAUACUGCGCAAACAUGGUGCAACACUGAAUGGAGGGACAGUGCCAGGGCACUCCAGGCACUAUAACCAAUUAAAAGAGACAAAGUGGUUAUAGUGACUGUAUGGGUAAUAAAAUGCAUAUCCAGUGUCCCUUUAAAGGAUUAAAAUAUUGUUACAAAUAGAAAUGCCUUUGCAUAUGCUUAAUUUCAUUUUAAAGCUUCAAUUUAGUAGAUUCAAUAGAUUUUAUAAAACGGAUCAACAAUAUUUUUACAAAUGACCUGUUUAACAAUGUUUUUAAUACCAGAUAUUAAUUUUUCUGUCGGGAAACUCAAUAAAAAUAAUAAUAAGUUAAUGGAAUGGAGCUAGAAAAUAUACACUACAGUGCUGUAUGACAACAAGUGUAUUGAUUUUUCUAAGCAUAUUUUAUUAGAAUCUGAAAUCUGACCACCUUAAAUUAACUUCAUGCUUCUCUCAUGAAUUAUUUACUAGUUGGAAAUCAAGUACUAAAGGUUCCAGAAUGCACAAAAUCAACAAAAAUAGUGUAGAUGCCAGUUUUGUGUUGUAAACUAUUACAGAAUGGGAUUAGAGCUAGAGGAGGGGUAGGCAACCUUUGUCACUCGAGCUGUUGUGGACAACAUAUCUGAUAAUGCUCUUACAACCUUACUGGUGGCAAAGCAUCAGGGGAGAUCUAGUCUACAACAUCUGGAGUGCCAAGCCUUGUCUACCCCUGCACUAAAGCCUACUUCUCAUGAAACUAUAGUUUUACUUUGCAAAUUGUAGGAUUGUCAGCAAAACUAAUGUGUCAAGGAUGGGCUGGUAACAACUCUAAAUUAAACAUCUGUAAUACCGUUACAUGGAGGCUGUAAUAAAAUGUCAGAAUGUCGCUAAGGGGUUAAAGCUACUUUUCAUAUAUGAACAGUCACUAUUUGGUUCAUCAAUCCCUCUAUCUUCUUUACCUCGAAGUCCCUAUUUAUUUACAAUUUAAACCUUUGUAGAAAAGGCAUUGAAAGGUGCACACAGCAAUACUAUUCUUAGCUGUAUUUGUAAAUAGAAUACCUUUGAUCAUCUUCAAAAUUACAUAUGUACAGUAAGUAUACAGUAUCCAUUAGAUCCCAAAUUUAGCAUUCAUGUAAAAUAUCAAAAUUGAAAUGACGCAUUUUAAAUUGUGAGUGUUUAAACUGAUGCGAUCAUUGCUAUGGAACCAUAGUGUUAGCUGGUGUUUCGAGUUAGGGAAGACAUCAUUUUGGUAGAAGGUUUUCAGGAUUGGAGGUUAAGGUUCUAUGCUUAGUAUAUUGUUAUGGGAUUUAUAUUUAGGUUUUCACAUAGUAGUUGGGAGACCUAGAGUUAAAGAUACUUAGGGUAACUCUUUGUGUUCCAGGUGCUAUGGAUUGCUUUAUCCAUAAUUCUCAAACAAUUGACUACCCGCCUUUUUUAAGUCAACAUAUUCAUGUCUACAUUUUUAAGUUCAAUUUUAGAAGUCACUUACAUUUCCAGGUAUGUCCUGUGUCCUGGUUACAUCUUCUAAAAUGCUCACCUUUUGUUGUUUAAAAUGUUGUUACAUUUUGAUUACAGCUAUUUGGGCUCUAGUGUCUUCUAAGGCUAGUGUCUUGCCUUCCAUGUUAAACCUUGCUUUGAAUGCUCUUCAUACAGUGCUGAAAUAGCUUAGCUAAAUUAUCCAAUAUAUCUGGAGUUUUAGAUGUUCAAACACAGGUUAUUCAAUGAGAAAUUGGUAAGACCUAUAAAACUUCAAUUGAUGUGAAAAUAUAUUACUACUCCUACAAGAAAAUUACAUCCCUAUAUUCUUUUGUGAUUCCUCCAAAUAGAUGUCACGACCUGAAUUUGUGGUUUUUGCUAAAGAACCACCUGUUACCAUAGACCUGCCAACCAAGAUUGUGGUAAGCAGAGCACGUUUUGUUUUUUUCCACUAAUGCGUAGAGGGAUUUCCUUAGAGAUUUCUGUUUAAACACAGUGUCAAGUACAAUUAAAUCACUUUUAAUCAAGUGAGUUGUCAGUUGUAAAGAAACAGUAACAUCUUAAUUAUUGUUUUCUCAGCAAAUUGCUUGGGGCAAGAUCUGUUAAACGUUCUCACCUUGAAAAGAAUGGAAGUGGCAAUCUAGUCUGGCCAUACUGUUCUAAACAAUAGAUGUCAGCAACGUUUAUAUAGAAAUAUAUUGACCUUCAGGUUCCAAACCCUGGAGAUAUAUGUGUACCUUUAACAACUACCAUAAUUGAGUGACGAAUGAAAUUUAGUGAGUAAACAUUAUGCAGUUAUCAAAUGCCAGCACCAUCUGUGACUACAUGCCAAUAUUUGACACAUUUGUUACUUUGUUACUUAUCAAAUCAGUUGGUUUAGUUACUUGUGCAUUUUCUUCUUCUGCCUCAUACAUUGCUGGAUGUAUGCCUUAAAAGAACUGUAUGGGUAAUAAAAUGCAUAUCCUUGUCCACCCACCCCCUAACAGUAAACCUAGUAAAUUAUUUUUUCCCUAAAUAGUGUAAAAUUGAGCUUUAGAAGUACCUUUUAGAAUCUUUAGUUUGAUCAGAUUUUCUGCUCCUUCUCUGAUUCGUUCACCCUUUGCUUUUUCCCUGCUUCCUGCAUUUCAGCUGGACUCUCCACCAAUGGCCAUGCUCUGGUGAUUCUCUGUGAGAAUCAGUAAUAACACGCCCACAACGACUGUCCACCAAUGGCCAUGCUCCAGUGAUUCUCUAUGAGAAUCAGUAAUAACACGCUCACAAUGUCUGUCCACCAAUGGCCAGGCUCCAGUGAUUCUCUAUGAGAAUCAGUAAUAACACGCCCACAACGACUGUCCACCAAUGGCCAUGCUCCAGUGAUACUCUAUGAGAAUUAGUAAUAAUAGUUGAGUUCGAAUUCCACCUGGAUAACGGAGACUUAGGGGUAUUCUUCUGUGUUAGACAGGAAUUAAAACUUAGUAUCCAGUACCAGUGGUAACAGUCACGUACCUUAAAGGAUACACACAAAAAAACGAAAAUAGUGUAACACAGUUUUAUUGUUAUAAAGUAAACCCCAACCCCUUAUUCGUACUCAACUAUUAUAUUAUCUAGCUUCCCCUUUAAACAAUCUUUUGGGGAUUACUGCACAGCGCUGACAUUCAUCUACAUUUGAACAAUCGGUUUACAGGUUUGAGGAAUAACCUUUUAUGUCUGUCAGCUUUGAAUUUUAUUUCUGAAUUUUAUUUUUUUCGUGUCACUCAGACUAUUAUAUGUUUUUAUAUUGCGCUUUUUUGUUUUUUUCUUUGUAAGUCCCAUUGGUGUUAAUCAGUGGUGGAACCUGUCAGUACAGCCACACCAGGGCCUGUAAUGUGUUGGGGGAUGGCAUCAUGUGCUGCAACCUUUCACAGCACGACCGGCCCCUACCAGAUCUGUAGUGCUGGGAGGAAGUGAGUGGUGCAAGUCAUUUGCUGUUCAACUUUUAAUGUUGCACUGUCAUGCCGAACUUAUCUUUCCCUAAUCAAUUCCCCUUCUCUCCCUCUCUCGGGAUCUGUUCUCCUUUUCUUUCUAUCUGCUCUAGUUUUCUUUAAAACAUAAGACAAAGUAGGGACUACUUUGUCUUAUGUAUAUUUCCUACGCUUGACCUGCUCUGACCUAUGAGUGCUCUGAUAGGUAAAUAGUGAGCCUUCCAGAUAAUCAAUCAGGUAAUGCUUACUAUUUUCCUAUAAGAGCACUCUUACUGGUUGCCUUAAACCAACCAAUGAGAGCUCUCUGACUCAAAUUGCAGGGUGUGGGAAGGCUUUAUAAGCCUUUCCCUCCCUGCGCAGCGCAGUCUAUGCGGUGCCCUCACUGGGUGAAGAUGGAUUCUUUUUUUAGCGUUGGGAUUUGUUUUUUUUGUGUUUUUUUUGUGAGAGGGUCUUUUUUAAUUUCAAAGUAUGAUGGAUUUUAUGGAUUUUAAUUUGGCUUUUUUGGGGGCUGAAAAAAGAAGGUUUUAGAAAAAAGAAGACAUCAAACGGUAAGUAUUUUUAAAUUUUAUUUACAGGUAGUUUUAUUGCUUUACUUUUUGACUGGUAUUCAAUUGCUUGUGAAUAAAAGAUUUAUAUUGUUAUGCACAAGCUUCUCUGGGGCGAUAUUUUACUCUUUAUGUCUUACUUGUCAAGACUGGUAUUGAAUUGCUUGUGAAUAAUAGAUUUAUUUUGUUAUGCACAAGCUUCUCUGGGGCGAUAUCUUACUCUUUACGUCUUACUUGUCAAGACCAACUUAGUGAUCCCCAAGCUAAUUUCUCAAUUUUUCUUGUGUGCCCACAGAGCAAAAAAGGAAGGUCAUACCUCUCUCAGAGGAACCUUUAUGUGAUUCUCCCCAGUGGACUCUGCUUAGAAGUAAAGUGUGACACCAAAUCCCGUGCACGCACUGUUCUGGAAUCUGCAACAGCCUAUGCUAAAUUGGAGCAACCCUCUUACUUUGGUUUGGCAUUUAUGAAAGGUAACUGUGUGUACAUUGCAUGUAGCAACAAAGCCACGUAAUGAACAUUUAAAACAUUAAUCGAAUAGAACCAAUAACCAAUUACACAGAUGCAAAAUAUAUUUGUACUCGUACAUUUAAUAUUUAAACUUCUAUAAUAGACUAUAACGUCUAAAAUGCAAUUCUUAAAGGGACACUUUAAUCACCAGAACCACUACAGCUUAAUGUAGUUGUUCUGAAGUCUAUAUCCUGUCCCUGGACGCUUUUAAAUGUAAACACUGACUUUUCAGACAAAAGGCAGUGUUUACAUUGCUACCUGGUGGCACCUCUAGCGACAGUCAGUGGGUCAGUGCUUCACACUGUGCAGCAACUACAUUAAUGUUCCCUAUACGCAUGCAUUGAUUCAAUGCAUCUCUAUGAGAAGUUAAAUUGGCGCAAUGGCAUUUUGCCGUGCAUGCGCAAUAGUCUCCCAGUGCUUUGCUAUGAGGAAGCAUUGGAUUGGCUGAGGUCGUCAAGAUUGGGGAUUUCAGCCAUGGAGGUAGGGCCAGCCACAGCGUGGAAAAAAAGUGAGUAAAAAAAACCCCCCUUUCCCAUGUGAUUGGAGGGAACACACACACUUACUGACUGACUCAGACUCACUCACAGACAGACAGACACAGAGACAGACACUCAGACCGACACUCCGACAGACACACACUCACAGACAUACUCACAAACACACUCAGACAGACGCACACACUCAGACACACUCACUCACAAGUAAUUAGUUUUUUAUUUAAAUUUAAAUACACCCAGCCUCCCUUCCCUUAGAGAGCUGGAGUGGAUAUGCUUUCCCUGGGGUCCAGUAGGGCUGCUGUCAUCUCCCUACUCAGCUCCCUCUAGCGCACUAUUUAGUGAGCCGGGGGCUGGAGUGAAAUCAUAACUGAGCUCCGGGCAUCACUGCUAGCCGCACAAGGGAGCAGAGCAGGGAGAUUACAGCUCCUUCGCCGUGGCACUAAGUCAGCCGCCCGCCUCCCUCUGCUCUCCAUUACCCGGCUGCUCCCUUCCGUCAGCUGCCCACCUUUUCUACCACAGCUCUACAUGAGCCAGCCACCCCUCUUCCUCCCUCUGCAAUAAAUUAGCCGCCCGCCCAAUUCCCUCUAUCAGCCGCCUGCCUUCCUCCAACAGCUCUCCAUCAGUCAGCGACCCCCGACCUCCUUCAGCAGCCUGCCUGCCUCAGUCCUCAGUGAUCCCACUGCCCACCUCUGCUCUCAGGCAGCCGAUCACCAUGGGGGCUGAACAUAUAAAUAUAUAUAUUUUGAUAUCAUACACAUAUAUUAAUAUACAUUUGUGCAAAUAUAUAGAUGCAUAAUACUCCCACAAAUCACCAAAUCACAUAGAGAAAGCAAAAUUAUAUAUAUAUAUAUAUAUUUUUUUUUUCUUCUUUUUUUAAUUCAAUUUAUUUUAAGUUUAAAAAAAACAAACAUAGACAGACACAUGGAUUUUUAAUUAAUGAAUACUCACUGGCACACACACUGGUGUGUAGUCACUGAUACCCACACAUACUGACAUAUUCUCAUCAACAGACACUGGCACACAAUCACUAAUGCAUACACACUCCCUGACAUACACACAUUGAUCCAUACUGACACAAACACACACACACACAUUGAUCCAUACUGACACACACACACACACAUUGAUCCAUACUGACACACACACACACACACACACACAUAUUGAUCCACACUGACACACAUACACACAAUAAUCCAUACUGACACACACACACAUUGAUCCAUACUGACACACACACACACACAAACACAUUGAUCCAUACUGACACACACACAUUGAUCCAUACUGACACACACACACACACACACACACACUGAUCCAUACUGACAUACACACAUUAAUCCAUACUGACACACACACACACACACACACACACACACAGAUCCAUACUGACACACACACAUUGAUCCAUACUGACACACACACACACAUACACACAUUGAUCCAUACUGACACACACACACACACACUGAUCCAUACUGACACACACACAUUGAUCCAUACUGACACACACACACACGUUGAUCCACACUGACACACACACACACAUUGAUCCAUACUGACACACACACACACACAUUGAUCCACACUGACACACACACACACAUUGAUCCAUACUGACACACACUUCAAAAAUACACACCAAACACACUCACAAAUACACCCUCAAAUAUACACACUCUAAGAAUCAGUACAAUUAACAUGAAAUGCCUGGGUGGCUCUGCUCACUGAGCCUACCUUGCUCCUUGAAAUAUAUGGAAUCAGCUACUUCCCAGCAGCCUGCCUCCAGCUCUCUGACCGGUCUCCCUGCCGCACAGCACUUUACACACAGGAAGCAAGACUUCAGAAGACCCGUGUGGGCUGCCCUGCUCUGCCUGAUUGCCAGGUCACAUGCUUCCUGUGUGUGAAGGCUGUCAGGCAGGGACAGAGACUUCCAUCCUCCCUGCACUCACUCCAGGCUCCUGCCAGCUGUCUGCUCAUUGUCUCACUCCGAGCAACAUUGAAAGUUCAAUUUACUGCACCUGCUGCUUGUGAGUGGAUAAAGGAAAGCCUCUUCUAGAGGUAAGAGGUGACUUAUGUUCCCCAGUACCCCCAAUGUGUGUGUGUGUGUACUGGGUGGGGGUAGGAAGGGCUGCUGCACUGUGCGGCCCCAAGUGCCACGGCCCUGCUCGGGAAGAUUAUAUAAUUCAUGAUAAAAGUCUUGGAAUGCCUGGCCAAUUUCCCCAGGGUUAAAGGGACAUUGUGAGGCGUGGCCAACCGCGGAGCUGAAUGGACGUGCACUUAGUCAGCUGAAAGUGAAUCCACACUAAUCGGAGACACAGCAGCGUUAUGGGGAAUCCCAAAAGACAAGGAGGCGGUCACGAGAGAACAGGGAAAACCCGGAUACCUAAAUCAGACUCCAUACCCGAUUUUUCCGAGACUCCUCUGACCGUGAGGCCGGAGCCGUGGAUGCUACACGACUCCCAACUCUAUGACAGCUGGAGGACUCUACAUCCAAUCCAACCAGGAAAGACUAUUCCUUCUACUCACCGCCAACGGACAGCUUUACCCGAAUAGAUAUGAUAUUCCUCCAACAUAGACAUCUAUCCCUUAUCAAGGGGGCCACCUAUGGCCAGAUCUCGUGGUCAGACCACGCUCCCCUAUCAGUGGAUCUGAUGAUCCCUUCCCUGCCUCAGCCACAUCCCCAAUGGAGACUUACCGACCUCCUGCUCAAUAACUCAGAUACAAUUACUAGGUUGCAGGAUUGCAGGAACACCUGAAGCGAUACUUUACAGAGAACGACCACCCAGAUACAGCCCCAGUCCUAAUAUGGGAAGCACAUAAAUGUGUAGUCAGGGGAGAACUAAUAAAAAUUGCCUCUGUCCAGAAACGCCAAAGAGAUAGUAGAGUUAGAACCCUAACCAAAGAGAUCAAAAAGCUAGAGGAACAACAUUCCACUGACCACUUGUGAGCAACCUAUAAGACUCUGUUAACGAAACGCACAGAACUCACUACCACCCUAAACCUACACGCCAAGCGGAAACUUCACUUAACUAAACAUACCUUCACUUAACUAAACACCCAGGGGUGUAAAAGCGGAAGACUAUUGGCCGAAGCACUGCGGCAAGGCAGACAGUCGACCUUUGUGUCUAGCUUUAGGCUCCAGCACGGGUCGCACGCUCAUAUGAUGCCAGACAUUAUGAGGGCCUUUACAAAGUAUUAUACAGAACUUUACAAUCUCUGGGACACCCCACCCGACCCUACUGACAUACAAAAUUUCCUUCAUAAGAGAAUCAAACACACCAUACCACCUAAUGCGAGGGAAUUCCUAGAGAGCCCUAUCCCAGCAGAAGAAUUUCUACACACAGUUAAACAGUUACCGGUAGGAAAGAGCCCAGGCCCGGAUAGCUUUAAAGGCAAAUACUACGGGAUCAUGUCCCAAACCCUGUCACAGCCAAUCCUUAACGCCUUUAACGCAAAGAAUCUGAAGAACACUAUCCCUCACUCUGCAUUAGAAGCUAACAUUAAUAAUACCUAAAGAGGGGAAGGACCCAACCAAUUGUGGGAGCUAUAGACCCAUAUCACUAAUAAACAUAGGCAUUAAGAUUUUCACAAAAAUAUUGGCCACUAGACUUAAACCCCUGCUUUCGGGACUUCUACACAUAGACCAGGCCGGGUUCAUCCCAGGCAGGGAGGCGAAAAAUAAUACCACCAAGAUCAUCAACCUAAUGCACUGGGUGCCAACCAUUGGCAAUUCCUCUCCCAGUAUUCUGCUCGGAAUUGACGCCGAGAUGGCGUUUGACAGGGUAGACUGGUCCCUAAUGCUGGCCACAGUGAAAGGCUUAGGUUUUGGAGCGAGGUGGCUGGAAUAGUUGGGUGCAAUUUAUUCAUCUCCCACAGUGAGACUGAGAAUUAAUGGCCAAUUAUCUGAACCAGUCCCUAUACAAAAUGGUACGAGACAGAGAUGCCCUCUCUUCCCCCUGAUUUUCAUCCUAGUACUAGAGCCAUUCCUACAAGGGCUCAGGCACAACCAGCAGAUCUGGGUCUUUGUUAUCAAUGAGGCGGAAUAUAAGGUCUACGCCUUUGCGACCUUGAUGUCGCCUCUACGAGUUAAACUUUCCCCCCAUCCUAAAUGCUAUCUGGGUCAGGCUCCGCCCACACGCCUACCCCACCGACGUCAGCCGGCGGGGGAGACCUAAUGCGCAUGCGCGGCAAUGGAGGCGCGCGCGCAUUAAACCCCCCCAUGUGAAAGCAUUAUUCAAUGCUUUCCUAUGGGGAUUCUGGCGACGCUGGAGGUCCUCAUGCAUAGAGUCGUUUAAAACACUUUUCGUGUUCAAAGAACAUGGAAGUCCCUCUAGUGGCUGUCUGAUAGAGAUAGACAGCCACUAGAGGAGGACUUAACCCUGCAAGGUAAUUAUGUGUCAUAUGUCAGAUCACCAGUUACUACAAAUAAAUAAACCUAAAAUCUAAAGGUCAAUCUUAAAGGAAUAUUAAAGCGUUAACAAUACAAAUCUACAUUUGUAACGUGUCUCUGUCCCUAGUUGUAUCUGUUCUGUCCUGUGUAUCACAUAAAAAAAAUUUAAAUAAAGGUUUUUACUGACAUUUUUUUUUUUUAAGUUAAGUGUUAUGGAAGUGAGUGCUAUAAUUUUAUAAUAAACAUUUCUGUUGGUUUUUCUUAGGAAAAGAAUUCAUUUUCCUGGAUGACGACUCUGUUUUGGAGAAGGUGGCACCUGAGGGAUGGAGCAAGACUCCUAAGAAAAAAUCUACAAUUGUUGCAUUUACACUCUUCCUCAGAGUCAAGUAUUUUGCCCAAGAUUUUAGUGUACUAAGGUGAGUCUGAGCUGUGACUGGGUUGUCUGAAAUGAUUGGGGUUGGUGUAUAUGUUGUGCAGAGAAAAUGUGCCCUUGUGGGUGGGAUCAGCCUAAUAUGCAACUUGUAAGGUUCCCUCUGUAAUAUAACAAGUGGGCUAAAGCCUGUAUGAAACUUGAGCAGGCACCCACCAACAUACAAGCUAUUUGAGAUGUUGUCUGUUCUCAGUUUGCUCCCACCCCCCCCAAAUAUUUUUUUUUUUAGAUAAUUUGCACAAGACUGGGGUCUCCCAAAAGGUACUCUUAUUUUCUCCUGCAUAAAUGCUCAUUACUUUUAAUGUGUAGUUUACAAAACCACUUACCAUUAUUGUGGUCAUAACUUCAAAACACCCAAUGUGGUGUCUACAUCUUAGAGUUGUUUAAAAUGCCCUGUAUCACCUUCUUUCUUUGUUUCAUCUUUUAAAUUUUUAUGUUCUGAUGUCAAAAAGCAUUCUUCAUCAUAUGUUUGUGAAAUAAUACAUUAUUGUUUUACCUAAUGUGUGUUUCAUUAUUUUUGAAAAACUGAAAUGAGCCCUAUGAUUAAAGAUUUGCAAAGCAAUUGACACAUUUAUUUGAUGAAACCAAGAUAAUUACAUAAAAAGAUCAUGUGUGACAUACUACAAAUAAAUAAAUAGAUUUUGCUGACUACUCCUCCAAGCAUUAGAAGACAUUCUCUCUGCAGAUGGCAUUGAAUUGAUUAUUGAUAAAUAGAAUGCUGGUCUUUUAAAGGGACACUAUAAUCACCAAAACAACUUUAGCUUAAUGAAGCAGUUUUGGUGUAUAGAUCAUGCCUCUGAAGUUGCUCAAUUCACUGCCAUUUAGGAGUUAAAUAACUUUUGUUUCUGUUUGUGCAGCACUAGUCACACCUCCCCUGGCUGUGACUGACAGCACCUGCAUGAAACCAAAAUGGUUUCAUUUUUAGUCAGAUGUAACUAACUUUCAACGUUUUUAUCUCCUGCCUGUAAAUUGAACUUUAAUUAAAUACAGGAGGCUCCUGCAGGGCCUAGCAAGUUAUUAACAGAGCAGGAGAUAAUAUAUUCUAAAUGAAAUAGAAUUUGCAAUAAAGGAAGUGUAAAUAUUAGAUGACUAUUUACAGGAAGUGUUUAGGAAGGCUAUGUAGGUUGUAUUAAGGGAGAUGUGCCUAAGGCUGCAUAAAUAAAGUGAUAUAACUCCUAAAUGGCAGAGAAUUGAGCAGUGAGACUGCAGAUUAGUGAUGUCCCGAACGGUUCGCCGCGGACUCAUCAUUGAGUAAACUUUGACCCUGUACCUCACAGUCAGCAGACACAUUCCAGCCAAUCAGCAGCAGACCCUCCCUGCCAGACCCUCCCACCUCCUGGACAGCAUCCAUUUUACAUUCAUUGUGAAGCUGCAUUCUUAGUGAGCUGUCCAGGAGGUGGGAUGGUCUGGGAGGGAGGGUCUGCUGCUGAUUGGCUGGAAUGUGUCUGCUGACUGUGAGGUACAGGGUCAAAGUUUACUCAAUGAUGAGUCUGUGGCGAACCGUUCGGCGAACCGUUCGGGACAUCACUACUGCAGAUGCAUGAUCUAUACACCAAAACUGCUCCAUCAAGCUAAAGUUGUUUUGGUGACUAUAGUGGUCCUUCAAGAUAAAAUAAUUUUUGUUAGCUCUUUAUUGAAUAACCAUUGUGCUUGAUUUACAUGACAUACUGUAAUUGCCUACUGCAGUCCCUAUUUGUCUUUUUUUUAUUCUUCCUUCCUACUAAGGCAUUGCUCAAUGAGACACCAGAUUUACCUGCAGUUACGAAAGGACCUCUUGGAUGAGAGGUUGUUCUGUAACAGAGAGGCAGCUCUACUCCUAGGUUCCCAUGCCCUGCAGGCUGAAGUGGGAGACUGCCCACCAGAGGUACUGUAUCCCAACUGUUUUGCUCACAAAAUGAAGUUUGACAGCAGGAUGACAAUUUAUUUGCUUAAACCAUAAAUGCAGAUAGUGAUGCGUCUAGAAAAUAAAUCUGUACACAGCAAACUUUAUCAUAAUAAUGUUUAUUGUAUAUAUGUAAUAAAACCUUGAGAUGAAAAUCAAACCUCAAAUCAAUAUCAAAAUCCAUUAAUUUUAAACUAUCACUCUUAAUCUUUAUUCUUCUACUACGGGGUUCUCCAAACUCUGGCCCUCCAGAUGUUGCUAAACUACAACUCAAAUUAUUCUCUGGCUAUCUAUUUCACUCAAAGAAUCAUGGGAGUUGUAGUUCAGUAACAUCUGGAGGGCCAGAGUUUGGAGAACCCUACUUCUGCUACAUCAGGCUAAAAUGAAAGCUGGAGUGAGUUCACUACCAAGAUGCACAAUUAAUGUGUAAAUUGGCCCACUGUAAAAGAAAAUCAUCUUCAAUUAAGUGGCCAGAAAAAAAUACAUUUGCACCUUGAUUCCAAGUCAGUCGGUUCAUUAUAACACAAAGGAGUCUGGAUAUACAGCUGGAUUUAUUGUGUACAUAAAAAACCAUGCAAGCAAAAAAAGAUGUCCAUGUGUAUUUCUUUUAAAAGAUCCAUGAAAUCUGACUUGUGGCAUUGGAAAUUAGUGUAAAUAUACAGAUCCAGGAUAAUACAUUGUGGGGUAUGAAGCCUUCAAAGUAGUGAGAAUAUUAGAUACACUAGACCAGCCCUAUGUUCAUCACAGGAAAACUGACAAUCUACUGUCAUUCUUUUACCAACAGCGAGAUAGCAUGCUCAUUAUCAGUAAGUCAAUAUGAAGGCUAAGCUGCAGUUGAUAACGUAGAAACAAGGUUGGAACUAGACUUGUGCAUUAAUGUUUUUCCGCUUUAUUCUAUUCCAGAAUAAGUGGAACUGCCUGGGAUUUGCCUUUGGAGACUUAUUUAAUAAGUAAGAUUCCACAGGUGAAUCCUAAACGAUGGACUGAAAAGCAUGAAUGUGCGGGUCUAGUUGGAACCAGUAGCUGAGUGAUUUCCAUAGACAUGUGAGCUGUUAGUGGUUGACUUUUUAGUAGUGGCUGCCAAUAACUCCCUACUGCUAUUUGUAGAAUUGAUUAAAGUAGCAACAGAUAUUUUAGCAAGAAGUGACUGGCCCUUAAAAAAUAGUAACAGAUACAAAAAUGCACCAACCCAAUGCUUGCCUAGGGUAUAAAUGUAUCCAUUUUCCAUGCUUUAUUUUCUUAAUAUAGCCGAUGAAUGUGUUUCUCAAUACCAGUAUAAUUUAUUUGACACACACACUAUUCUAUUAUCCUUGUAUAGCUACGGGAGCAAGAUUUCCAUCCUGAAGAUUUUUUGCCACCAAGGAUCCUGGAGACUCCACAAGCUGUCCAUGAAAUGCUACUGCUACAUCAGCGUCACUUUAGUCUGUCGAGGAGGGAAGCUGAGGCGGAAUUUCUGAAGGUAAUAAUCUGAUGCAUGACUUUUCUACAUACAUUAUUAUUAUUAUUAUUAGCAUUUAUAUAGUUUAUCUCCUAUAUUUCUCUUAUUGGCAGAUAUGUUUUAUCUGUUUUCACCCUAAUGUUUCAUUACCUUGCUCGCCGGUUAUCUUAUUUAUGUACAAUCUCUCUGUGCUUUUACUUUGCAGGCAGCUCAACAAUUGCCUGAAUACGGCGUUUUGUUUUACCGCGUGCAACAUGACAAGAAAGAGUUGGGGUGUGAAGAUCUCUUAUUAGGGAUCUGCUCCCAAGGGAUAAUGGUCUAUCAGGACAGAAGGGGUAAUCAUAUUGCAAGCCUACGUUUUCCAUGGAGGGAGAUACAGACUCUUUCAUCCCAUGUGAGUGGACUUCUGGACACAAAUAUUUAGGCUCAAUCCUCUACUCUAAGGUCUACACUUACCAAAUAUAACUUAAAUGCAAGAGCAGAAGUGACAAUGUGACAGUGCACUGUACCUCUUCAUUCUAUGAAGAUAUAUUUUGUCUGAACCUAUUUGUGUUUUGCUGGUUUUCCAUUGAGCCUGUGGUUCCAUGUACAUUUUGUGUAUUGCCAUAUUAUGUAGUUUUGCUACAUAUGUCAAAGAUUGUAUUUUGGAUUGUGGUUCCCUCCUUAUCCCUUUUGAAAGAACUACAAAUUUUGGGCAGUAGAUUCAGAGAACAGGAAGAAUCAAGAAAGAAUGUCUCGCUAGCAAUCUCCAAAAGAUUUGUUCGAUUUUACUCCCCCAUUUUACAUUAUGAAAUAUAUUUUCUUGUACUUCCUAUUAUUUAAUGCAAAAACAAAACAAAUCUAAUUUCAUGAACCCCCCAACCAUUACCCCCAGAAAUAGACAAUUUAUAUGAAAGAAAUAUUACACUUGCACAAACAUUUUUCAUUAGCAAGAAAUGUUUAGAUGAGAUAAUUCAUAUUCAUGUAAAACUAUUAGGAUUAUUCACUAAAGUGAGAAUUAGAGGUGAAUUCAAAGUCAAUUUCAAAUUUAGGCUGGAGUAGUUGAAUUGAAGGCAGAGCUGACUUAGAUAAUAUUUUCAGUUUAAGUGUUUUGACCAUUAAAGGGACACUAUAAUGACAAGUCAUCAGAACAACUACAGCUUACUGUAGUUAUUCUGGUGAGUAUAAUCAAUCCAUUUCGGUCUUUUUGAAGUAAACACAGUUUUUUUUCAGAGAAAAGGCAGUGUUUAAAUUACACCCUAGGGAUACCUGACAUUCAGUGUCUCCACCCUCUGCAUGGAGACACUGAACUUUCCUCAUAGAGAUGCAUUAAUUCAAUGCAUCUCUAUUAGAAGAUGCUGACUGGCCAGGGGUGUGUUUGGUUUGUGCUGGCUCUGCCACUGAUCUGCCUUCUUGACUCUCUUAGCCAAUCCAAUUGUGAUUGGCUUGGAGCACCAAUUCUGAUGAUGUCAGCCAAGAAGGCAGAUCAGCACCAGCAGACUGGAAUAAAGGCAAAAUACUAUAUUUAGGGAGUUAAGGGAGGCAAAGAGGCAAUUUUAACACUAUAGGGUCAGGAACACAAACGCAUUCCUGUAUAGUGUUCUUUUAAAAUUGCAAAUCACUUUAAAUUCUCAUAUUAGUAGAUAACUCUAUAUACAUAUAAUAUUGGACAAUUUGCCCCAUUAAUUGUGUAUCAAUAUUCAUGAGGCCACAUAAGAAGAAUCAAGUGGUGUCCCUCAGGGGUCUGUCCUGGGACCCCUUCUAUUUAACAUGUUUAUAAAUGAUCUUGAAGACCGCAUUGGAAGUCACGUUUCAGUGUUUGCAGAUGACACCAAACUUUGUAAAACAAUACAAUGUGAGCAAGAUAUUACUUUGCUGCAGAGGGAUUUAGAUAGACUGGGGGACUGGGCACUCAAAUGGCAGAUGAAAUUUAAUGUUGAAAAAUGCAAAGUUAUGCACUUCGGCGUAAAGAAUACACAUGCAACGUAUACCCUUAAUGGAAGCGAAUUAGGGAUAACAACACACGAAAAGGACUUGGGAAUUGUUAUAGACAACAAACUAUGCAACAAUGUGCAAUGUCAAUCAGCAGUGGCCAAGGCCAGUAAGGUAUUGUCAUGCAUGAAAAGGGCAUUCAUUCUCGGGACAAGAAUAUCAUUUUGCCUCUUUAUAAAUCACUGGUAAGACCCCAUAUUGAAUAUGCUGUGCAAUUUUGGGCACCUGUUCUAAAGAAGGAUAUUAUGGCACUAGAAAAAGUGCAGAGGCGGGCUACAAAACUAAUAAAAGGAAUGGAACAUAUCGGCUAUGAAGAAAGGUUAACAAAUUUAAACCUAUUUAGUUUAGAAAAACGUCGCCUGAGAGGGGAUAUGAUAACAUUUACAAAUAUAUUCGGGGCCAAUACAAACCAUUGUGUGGAAAUCUAUUCACAAACCGGACUUUACAUAGGACACGAGGCCAUGCGUUUAGACUGGAAGAAAGAAGAUUUCGUCUAAGGCAAAGGAAAGGUUUUUUUACUGUAAGAACAAUCAGGAUGUGGAAUUCUUUGCCUGAAGAAGUGGUUUUAUCAGAGUCCAUACAGAUGUUCAAACGGCUACCUGAUGCAUACUUGCAAGAACAGAAUAUUCAAGGAUAUAAUCUUUCAGUGUAGGGUAAUAACUGCUUGAUCCAAGGAUAAAUCUGACUGCCAUUCUGGGGUCAAGAAGGAAUUUUUUUCCUAGUUUGUCGCAAAAUUGUGCUUCAAACUGGGUUUUUUUGCCUUCUUUUGGAUCAACAGCAAAAAAACAAAUGUGAGGUAGGCUGAACUUGAUGGACGCAAGUCUCUUUUCAGCUAUGUAACUAUGUAACUAUGUAAUUACUGCAUAAUUUCUCACAACUACAUUCUGUUAAAUUACUGCUGAAAUAUUGUAGAUUUAACUGAAACAUAUUAAUUCCUUCAUUUGCAGAGGAAGAAAUUUUCUGUGGUGAGUUACUCCAGUGGGAAGAAACACUCAUUUCUCACAGACAGUAAUAAGACAUCUAAAUAUCUUCUGAACUUGUGCAAUGCCAUCCGAACCUUCAAUUCUAACCUUCAGCAGCACCAAGGAACUGCAGGUGAGGAACCCCUUAACACAAUUGGGAAUCACAUUAAAUUAUAUUUCAAAUGUCCAGGGCUGUCUUUAAUAUUUUAAAAAGUUACCUUGGAGUAGGGCUUGUCUUUUGGUCUUUUCAGACCUAAAGAAGUAGGACUAGGUGAGUAGGCAGUGGAGCUGGUCUGUCCAGACACCCUCACUGCUCAUGGCCUUUAACAUCUGCAUUACUAUUGUAUCCACCCCACCUCCCCCCCCAACAAACAUGCACAAUCAGCCUGCAUAACCCAUGUUUUCUUUCUUAGCUUUCUCUUUUUAGACUGUUUCUUUCACAUAACUUAUUUGGGUCUAAAACCCACAUCCUUACUUUCUUUCAGUUUGCAACCCCCAAACGUUUGACAAUUAUCCUCCUUCUCAUGCUUUUUAUUGUUUCCUUCUUGAACUAUUAAAACAGUACUUACUUAUUCAAUCAACUCUUUCCUGAAAGUUGCUAUGCAACAUUAUCUCUUUUAACUUUAUGAUCAUAACCCUGAGUGCUCUGAUGGACCCAUUACCCUAGCCCAUUUGCCUUCUCUGUUUUCAAUGUAGAGGCCUUUCAGUGGGGUUCCAGUGCUAGGCAGAGAACAUCAGCUGACACUAUCAGUCUAUCACAGGACAUUGAGAAAAUACUUUAGAAAAGUAUUUACAUAUGGAGGAGUCCUUUAAUGAAAUUUGUUUUAUCUGCCAAUGUAAAACAUCGCCUUUUCUCAUGUUUGCAUUUUACCUAAACCAUGUCUGUAGUGGCUGUCAAACUGACAGCCAUUAGAUGUGCUUCCUCAUUGGAGAGACCUUUGAGUUUUGAUGGUCUUCACAUUAGGCAUCAUCUCGUAUAGCAUUGUAAUGUGAAAAUCAUCCAAUGCUCCUCAUAAAGACACUCUGGAUUCAAUACUUCUCUGUGAGAAGAAUUUUGUUGAAAUGGCACAGCAAUUGUUGUGCAUGCUACCUACACCUAAAUAUUUCUCCAUGAAAAGCACUUGAUAGGACAAAGUUAUCAAAGCUGAUGACUUAAUCUGAGCAACUUCACAAAGGUGGCUAUCUCACCUCUGGAUUACAGGUACGUAUUUUGUCAUUUUUUCCCUUCUGUUGUAUAACAAGAUCGACCAGUUGUAGAAAUGCAAUAAGGAGCAUGCUAAUGUUAAAUCUAAAUAUAUUUAUUUUUAAUAUUAGAGUGUUCCUUUUAAUUUCCAAAUGGCUCUUGUCUGAAGGUUGUGAACAUGAACAAACAACAAAGUCUAGACAGAUGGCCCGGAGCUGGUCAAUGUAUAAUGUGUUUGGUAUUCCAGAGGAUUCCCAUGAGAUGGACACAGUCUAUGAUGCUCAACAAGAUGAUCUUCUGUUGAUGCAGAGAAUGUCACAUUCAGAGAAUGUCUUAUGUUUUGCCCAUGCUGAGGAUGUGAGAAACAGGAUCCUGAGUAAGUCAUGUGACAUCAUAAGUCUUGACAAUAAAAAUGGAGAAGAGAGCACUCUAUACAGGUGAGACAUAGUUACCAAUGUGCGUGUGAAUUUGUACAUGCCCAAGUCCUAUAGUGUUAUUCAGUAAAAUGAGAAUUCAAAGUGAAUUAAAAAUAAAUGUCAAAUUGAAGGCCAAAAUAGCUGAAGUGGAGAAGUUCUCAAAUCCAUGUAUGCUUCCAGUUCUACUACUUCAGCCUAAAAUGUAAAAUUCAUUGUGGUGAUACAUUUGUGCUUGGGAAAUAUAUUUAUAUACUUAGUGAUGAGAUAUUUUGUUGAACGCUCUAUAUACUUGCAACUUUUGUUUUUGUUAUCUGCAUGGUAGAUUGAACAUGUUUGACAGACAAUCAUAUUGCUUAUUGACAGUCUGCAUGCCAAAGGUAAACAGUCUGCCAACUUAAAAAAACAUUGAAGAGACUUAACCACCUAACAAUGAAAUACAUAUUAAAAUGCAAUGUUGGGGAUCCAGUACUUUUUACUACAUCUGUGUGUCUCAUUGUUUUCUCAUUCUCAAUAUCUUAAUUUUUUUUUAAAAUGUUUAGGCACUUGUAAGGAAACCUAGUAUAUUCAAUUCUCAUUCGGUAGUUUCCUCCCGAACCGCCAGAGCAUCAGUGAGUAUAGCUCUCUGUUCCAUAGAUAGAAUAGACAAAAUCCAUACGACUACAAAUAGCUUUACAAGAUAAUUCCCUUAAUAAAGCAUACAAAUCCCCAAACAUCAGCUGAAGUCAAGAACUGGCUUUUAAUGACCACACAAAGGCUUUUAUGCAAGUCUCCAUGCAAGGGGACAUCCCACAGGGAGGGACACAGUAUAACCAAUCAGUUACAGGAAAACAGUAAAACACACCCAGCACAAACAUACAAUUCCCUCCCUUAGUUCUGGAGAUAAUCAAGUCUGAUAAAGUAAUAACUUGAUUAUCUCCAGGCAGAAAAAUCACAAUUUUCCCCAAUAUCCAGAACACCACUUUAGACAUGGGGUAUCCCCACAAAUAUGUCCCCUUAUAGCCCCGAUCUGGGUGACCAACAUAUUCAAAUUUCACCCAGAUCGGUUCAGGGGUUCUCAAAAAGUGUAGAAGUCCUUUGUGACUGGCUAACCGCGAGGUGGCUGCCCAAAACAGUUCCAGGAUUUUGGGUGGUUUUGCCAGUCUAUUCAGUUAAGUGGCAAAAAACGAAUAAUUCCACAAAUGGAUUCCCCUCUUAGCAGCGAUUGUUCCCCUCGUUCGAAUGCACAAAAGUACCGAAAAGCGCUCUUCUAGCUAUUCGGGAAAUAGAGAUCCAGCAUUCGCUUGUUGAGACCGAUGUUCAGGAAGUCGAGUGUCUGAUUUAAGUUCCAGACACUCGACGACCAAGCCUUUGUUCGCCUGAAAAAAGAUGGCCGCCGUUUUCUCAGCCACGUGGCGUUCGGUAGUACGAACACUGGCCGCACAGAUAGAGGGUUCAAUUGAAGCAUUCUUUGAAGUUUAACGAGCCAGGGGGUGGUCUCUGUUCGGUAGUUAUAUCUACCAAAUGAAUAUGGAAGAAAUAGAACACAUGAAGAGGGAUUUCUUCACAGCACUAUUAUGGCUUUAACCAUGUAUGUCUCUCUCCAGCUCGUUUACCGAUGAUCCUCUGAAGCAAACCUACAAGCAGAGUUCAGAUUACCUAUCCAUGCACUGUAGUCGGAACACAUCCUGCAGUGAGUAUGACACUCAAUCACAUAAUUUUGUAAAGGACGCGAUCAUAAAAAUACUUGGUCAUUUUAAUGGAACAACACCAACAAUGCAAAAAAUAAAUAAAUAAUAAUAAUAAUAAAAUAAAUAUAUAUGAAAAAAGAAAUAGUAAGUCUGGCACUCAAUCCUCAAGUAAUAAACAAAAAAACUUACACCAAGGUGCUGCUCUGCGCUGAGGGCACUCAAUGGAUUUCCAAAUAACAAAAAAUUUAUUUUGAAUGUUGCCAAUAUGGAUCAAAGUUUCGACCGAACAGGUCUUUAUCAAGUUCCCUCAUCUUUAUUAUAUUAUAUAUAUAAGGAGAAGGAGGAUAGUUGUGUAUAUGUGUAUAUAUAUAUAUAUAUAUAUAUUACAUUAUUUAGACCAAAAUAUAUCAAAAGUUGUGUCUGGAGAGAUGUAUAAUUUCCUGAGCCGAACAUUACCAUUUGGCUGAUCAGUUUGCUAUAUUCAUACAAAUAUGUUUGUCUGUAUGUGUAUGUUUAAGCAUGCAUAAAAACUGAAAUAAUACAUAUUGUUGAUGGUAUUUAGCAAAAUAGUAAAACAAUGGCAUUUGAAGCCUUUUUGAAUGUAUGAAAAGUAAAAUGGCACCUUACAUUUUAAACAGGCUUCUUAUUGUAAGUGAAGUUCAAAAUUUAUUCCAGUAGAGGGAGAUGUUCUCCUAUUUUUCAGAGACUUUUCUUGUUUUAAUUUUUUUAUUUUUUUUAUUUGGAGUUUUGAAUAUGCAUCACAAAACAAUACACAAUAAAACGAGGGAUUUAAACUAACAGAGAGAAAAGAAACAAGGGAUCACUCGCAGUAACAAGUAUUGCACACAUACAAAACAGACACUCAACAAAAGUGACCUAGUAACAUUAUGGUCUUGCCUUGUCCAAACUCAACACUAUAACAAAAGAAAACCAAAACAACAAAAAAUAGUUAAGUUACAUAAAAUUACAAGGACUGAAAAUGGAGCGAACUGAAAAUGGGGAGGGAAGAAGCCAAAGGGCUAUGUGUUCAAAAGAAGGACUGAAAAGAUCAGAUGCAACAGGAGUGUGAACGAAGGUAGUGUUGGACCUUGGUGAUGCCUGUUACCAGUGCAGUAUGCUAAGGUGCUUAAUGUAAGAAUAGGAGAGAGAAAGACAAAAAGGAAACAUAUGGGUAGGCAGCCAAGGAAUCACACUAUGUUCAGCAAGUAGAGAAAAAGGGAAGAAAAAGAAAAAAGCAGAAGUAAAGGGAGUAGAGAGAAGAACUAAAAAGAAAAGCUGAGUGAAAGAAUGUUUUUUCGACUCCAUGAAAGAGAAAUAAUGGAACAAGGAGUAUAAAAGGGUGGGAGGGGAAGGAGUUUGCCAAGUACACUGAGACUUAAGAAAGAAGAAUCCACCAAAAACAUCUUAAAAAUAUUAAGAUUAAGCUAUGUUUCCAUUCAGCCAUGGGUCCCAAAUUUUGUGGAAUGAUUUAGGAGAUUGAGGCAAUUGUGCUGUAAACAUAUCAAUGUCAUGUGCCUCCUUAAUCUAAUGGGUAAUAAAGGCAGUGGUAUAUUUUGGAUUUGUGCUGCCCUAGGCACCACUAGAUUUGGGCACCCCCCAAAUCUAAAUCUUCCUCCCCCCCAAUUUGUGUCAAGGUCACUUUUUUGACUGACAGACACAGGCCCUCAUUGAUACAUGCACUGACAUACACUCAAUUGCAGAUACACAGUCAUUGGCACACAUAUACAGUCAUUGCAACACACACUGUUUAACCAACACACACUUUCACUGACAGGCACACACUGACACACCCACUCACUGACAGACACACUCUCAGAUACACAUAAAAUGACAGACACACACUGAUACACCCAUUUGACACACUCUGACAGACACACACUUUCACUCACUGACAGACACACACUGACAGCUACACACGCACUGACAGCUAUGCUCACAGACUCACAGAGCGUGAGAGAGCAAGAAGAGUGGAGGACAGCGCUUCCUUGCCACCUGGCUAGAUUAUUAGUAGUUUAACACCUCGGGAGGGGCACUAAGAAGGACAGACCCAGGACAUGAGGCAAACAAGGCAUUUGUUUGGGAGCUUGGGUGGUGUUUUUUGGCGCCCCUCUGAAAGUGCCACCCUAGGCAAAUGCCUUGUUUGCCUUGUGGUAAAUACAGCCCUGAAUAAAGGGCAGAGUGAAAAUAAAAAUCAGUGGACUCCAUAGUGGUCAACCAUUGGGCCUAGAUCGCAGUGUACAUAUAAAUGUCUUAACUAUGAGCUCCUCCCUUGCUCUGAGGUCCUUCAUUGAGAAAUGAGGUGGUGGAUCUGGCUUAAGCCAGAAUAGGGGUUUCAAAUGCUUAGCCAUGUUCAGUAGUCUAAUGGUCAUUUUUUUUUUUUUUUGAAUACUGAGGUUGCCACUGAGGUAUGGUGGAGUUGGAACGAGGUCAGCUUUGAUGAUUUAUCCUACACUUGACAAUCUUGACAAAGAGGGGAUCUUAACCAAGCUCCAAUUCCUUUAUCAAAUAUUGGAGCUUGCCUUAAGUUCCACCCUUUAUCAAUAUUUUUCAGGCAUAGGAAAAUACAUAGGACAAAGUAGUCUUUGUUUUAAAGAGCAAUAGAUCGGAAAUUAAUAACAGAGGAACAGAUUCUGAAAGCAGAAGAGAAGAAGAAACAAUAGGACUAAAGUAAGUUGAGGUGACAGAGACACUUCAAUAGGGGUGCACACAUACAUUUGGCCAUAUAGUGCACGUUACUAAGUAAUUAGAUAAAAAAGUUAAUGAUACCAAGUGCUGGACACAGAUUGUUUAUUGAAAUCUUUGUUAUUUUAUUCAGGUACCCAGAACAACCCGAAGUGGAGUUCAGUAAAUGAGGCAGAAAGAGAGAUUCUACAUGUCAAAUUGAGGAAGGACCCAAGAUAUGGACUAGGUAAGACUAUGUUGUACCAUGUAAUGAAUCUGAUAUCCAGCAUUAUAUUCAGAAUUACACACACACACACAGUCUGGCAUAUACACAAGUAGAUAAUGCCAGAGUCACACAUAUACAUUUAAACAGAUAUACAGACAGCCAGAUACACAAUGUCAGACACACAUUGUAUUGUAUAUUGUAAAAGCAUGUGGAAAUGAUAUCAUCUGUCAUGUAUUUCUGGGAACUUGGCAAGCAGGAUUUUUUCAUUCUGGUGGUUGAAUGGUCCUAGGGCAAGUAGUGUGAGGUUAUGAAAUGAUUUUGAAAACCUAUAUGAUUUAUGCACAGAAUUGAUAUUAGGCAGCUUGGUAUGUAAAGUAAAGUGAUGAUCCAGGCUCUCAAGUAGAUAGCAUAACAGCAGCUUUAUUGGGGCAAACAAACAGCAAUGUUUUGACUCAACUGGACUGCCUAGACUUCCUAAGUCAGGUGUGCUGUGGGUGCUACUAGCCCCUAGCACACAAGUAACAAUAUCUCAGUAUGUGCAGCAUUUUUAUAGAAGUGGUCAUGAUGGUUGGAGUAAUCCUUUAAGGGGUUGUCUCUGACAGGGUGUGUGUAGGAGAACCUGUGGCAGGGUUAUGACAGGAUGAGGUAGUGAGUGUGGCAGGGUUAGGGAAGUGAGGGUUACAGUGUGAGUAGGGCAGGAUGAGGGGACAAGUGUUACUGGGUGGCAGGAUGAGGGUGGAGGUGAGUGUCACAGGGUGAGGCUACGUGGAUGUGACAAGGUUUGGGUGGUUAGUAUGUCAGGAUAAGGGGGGGAAUUGAUAGGUCGAAGUGCAGCAGGAUGAGUUAAGGGAUGACUAUGUUUGGGGACUGAGUGUGUGUGUGUGGGGGGGGAGGGGGCAGGGGGUUAACAAUAAUUCCCUAAAUUGGUACCGUUGUGGGAUUGCCAUAUUUAAGAGUACUAAAUUAGGGAGCUGUGUUUAGUAGAUAACUCCUUUUUGGUAUCCUUAUGGCAGUCCCACAUAAGGAUUAGGGAGCUAUCUACUAAGAAGCUGAAAGAACAGAAUUAUGAAAAGCCCUUCCUUUUUUCUUAAUUUUGGUCUUACAGAUAAAUUUACUAAUGCAAAGUAAAAAUACUGGGUAUAAGUAAAUAAGAGAGAUUAAAUCCUAUCUCCUGUCCCUAUCCACUGUGUUGUAAGCAGGGGUAUGUCUACUAUACAGCUAACAGCCAAUGGCUGCUUGCUGUCAUAAAAAAAAACUAGCAAAAGGCCAGUUUUUGCUAGCCAGUCGCUAAUCCAGUAAAAGAGAUAUGGCACAGUUUCCCCUUGCUCCUAUAAAUUAAUUAACUGUGCCACAAACCCCACAAACCCAAAUCUCAAGAUUUUCCUUUCAGAGCACUCUGAUUGGUAUGCUUAGAAGGUGAGCUUGUGAGAUAGCUCAGUGGGCUAAUGCAUUAUCAUCAGACUCUGUUCAACUCUUGGGGGUUGUAAGUUGAAUCCUGCAUGGUUGACUUAGCCUCCAUCCUCCCAAGGUAGACAAAUUGAGUACCAUUAAAUUGGGUAAUAGUUAACAUCCCCAGGAUGUACUUGGAAACCAGAGCAAUCUGAAUGUACCUUUCCUGGGUAAAUACUUUGUUAUUAUUAUUUAUUGACCCUCAUAGGUCAAUAAGGGGGAUUUUAAACAUUACAAGGAAAUUAUAGGUAUCUUCCUAUUUGUAACUAAAUUACGAAUGAAUGAAAGAACUACAUUUGUUUCAUUUGUAAGAAUUUGCAUUUAUCAAUGUGUGUUUUGGACAAAUGAACAAAUUGCCGAAAAUUCAGAUGAAACACCCAAGUCUACCAAGUGUGGUUCCAGGGGCAGUUAAAUAAAAAUCUUUUUGCUUGUCCUUGUUACAUAAAGCGUUAUAACUUUUCAUAUGUCUGAGCAGCUUCUUAGAAUAUCGAUGAAUCAACUUAUAAUAUCUGUAUACCUAUUGGUUCUACCACUGUAAAAUAAGCUACAAAGGGUUAUGUACAUCUGUUUGCACUGUACAAAUUAAAAAUAUCAUUAUAUUUGGUAUAGAUUCAUUGACAGAUGGUCUUCAAUUACUAAAUUGCAAUUUGUUUGUAUUUAUGCUAAACCUUUGACUGCUAAUCCACAGGUUUUGUUAUCAUUGGUGGAGAGAAUAUUGGGAAACUAGAUCUUGGUAUUUUUGUAGCUUCUAUAAUUCCCGGGGGACCCGCUGAGCUGGAUGGACGCAUCAAACCAGGUCAGGGACAUAAACCAAUCUGCUCCAAAUUUCUUAUAAUAUGGUUAAUGUCUCAAAGCAUUGAGAUAGAUUAUUUUACAUAUAAGGUCUCAUUGGAAGUCCUCAUACUACUAAAACAUUUACUUUUGGAUGCAGGUAUGUUUUACCUGAUGUAGAUUAGGAUUUCAGAGGUGGAAGAUAUUGAUAGCAGAUAUGUAACUAUAGUGUUUAUUAAUUAAACACCGAAUUGCAUUUAUUUGAUUUAUCAGUUAUAUAAUCAAUUUUUAUCUUGAAUUGGUUUUAGUACCUGGGAUCCCAGGCACUGGCCCCCCAUUCAGUAUUAAGCCAUUCUCGAGCAGUGUGACACAGAUCAGCCCCUAGCAAAGGUAUGGUUAGGGUUAGAGGUUACACACUUCCUACUUGCCAUAUCAAUUCAUAGGAGCAGUGGUGGCUGUGAUAGGCUAAAAGUGGUCAGCUGAUGCUCUUAGCCAAUCACUGCAUCUAAGUGUUACAUAGACUACUAAUACGUUCUCAUUAGCUCAAGCAGCACAGAUGGGAGCUAAGUUUAGCAUACAGUUUUAUCUAGCGGUUUUGGUGUCUAUAGCAUGUCACUGCAGGCUUUUUAUCUGAUUGCUUGCCACUAGAGGUGUUCCUAGACACCAAUGCAAACACUGCCUUUUUCCUGUACAGGGUGCAUCACUGGCAUUCAGCUUUUCACAUUCUGCAGGGAGAUACUGAACGUUCCCCAUAGAGAUGCAUUGAUUCAUCAGUUCAGAUACAUUGGCCAUACAUUUUAAAUUCACUUUGCAUUCCCAACAAUUCUCAAUUUAGCGAAUAACACUGUUAGUGUGAUUCCUUUUUUAAAAAUUGUUAAUGCUUCUACAGAUCCAGAUGUGUGACAAUAUCGUCCAAAGUAGGAUUGUAGAGUAAUAAAAGAAAGUAAGAUAAUCGCAUCAGCAGCUUGACUCCUAUGUGAUUCCUUUUUUUAACCAUUUCAGUGCUGGAAACAUUAAAGCAAUUCUCAGGUAAAACAGUACUCUGAGGCCGUUGUACAGGAAAGAUCAUUCUACAGGAGUAAGAAUAGCAUAACAUUUCUUCAUUUCAUACAUAAUAAAAAAAUGAGUACAGUCCAUUUUCUUUAAAGAAUUACAGCAAGCAUGUCAAACUCGCGGGCCGCAUGCGGCCCACAAGGACCCUCUUUGCGGCCUGGGGAGCCGAGCGUACAUGCUUAGUGUUCCAAGCAGAGUAGGCACCUGCUUUCCCCAUAUUGCAGGUGCCUACUCUGCUAAAAUUUACCUGGCCGGGGAGGAGGGCCGUGAGGGAGCUCAGUGUUCCAGCUCCUCACUGCACCCUCGUGUGCGCCGGCAUCACUUCAGUCGGCGCACGCGAGGGUGCAGUGAGGAGCAGGAAGGACAUGUGAGUGUGUGCGUGUGUCUGUCAGUGAGUAUGUGUGUGUGUCUGUCAGUCAGUGAGUGUGUGUGUCUGUCUGUCAGUGAGUAUGUGUGUCUGUCAGCAAGUAUGUGUGUGUCUGUCAGUGAGUGUGUGUCUGUCAGCACGUAUAUGUGUGUGUGUAUGUCAGUGUGUCUGUAUGUGUGUGUGUCUGUCUGUCAGUGAGUGUGUGUCUGUGUGUGUCUGUCAGCAAGUAUGUGUGUGUCAGUGAGUGUGUGUGUGUGUGUGUCUGUCAGUGUGUCUGUAUGUGUGUGUCUGUCAGUGUGUCUGUGUGUGUGUCUCAGUGUGUGUGUCUCAGUGUGUGUGUGUGUCUGUCUGUCAGUGAGUAUGUGUGUAUGUCUGUCAGUGAGUAUGUGUGUGUGUAUGUCUGCCUGUCAGUGAGUAUGUGUGUGUGUCUGUCAGUAUGUGUGUGUGUUUGUGUGUGUGUGCCCACAUAAACUUAAACCUUGUUUAUGUGGCCGUGCCACACUUUGAGUUUGACACGCUUGAAUUACAGGAUACUCACUUACAUGUUUUGCUUCUUUACCAGGUGGUCGUUUGAUCUCUAUGAAUAACGUUAGUUUAGAAGGUGUUACCUUCAAAAGUGCUGUUAACAUCCUGCAGAACUGUGGCGAAGAGGCUGACCUCAUUCUCUCCCAACCAAGAGGUACUGUGACCAUAGAUGCAUCUGAUUUUAUGUUCAUCUCUAAAAGAACACAUAUAAAAAGUGAUUACUUUUAAAAAAACGCAGCUGGCAUUAAUACAUAGUGCAAAAAUGCAGCAGACAUUGGUGCGUAAAUCAUCACAAACUGACAAUAUUGCAUAAAUGAAUUUUAUGACAAAAUAACACUUCUGAUUAGUCCUUCUGCCAACUGGUGAACUUAUGUUCAAUGUAAAAACUGUAGAUUUCUACGAAUACAAACCUUAAUAUAAACUGCCAAACAUUUCCAAUGGAAAAAUAGGGUCAUUUUAAUUUCAGGGGUGUGAUUGGAGGUGUGGCCAGGGGUGAGACUGUUCUGAGAAAUUUUAGGUGACUUACUAAUAACAAUUUAUGCAAUCAAAAUGUAAAGACAUGUACUGUAGUUUAAAGGACCACUCUAGGCACCCAGACCACUUCAGCUUAAUGAAGUGGUCUGGGUGCCAGGUCCAGCUAGGGUUAACCCAUUUUUUCAUAAACAUAGCAGUUUCAGAGAAACUGCUAUGUUUAUGAAUGGGUUAAGCCUUCCCCCUAAUCCUCUAGUGGCUGUCUCAUUGACAGCCACUAGAGGCGCUUGCGUGCUUCUCACCGUGAUUUUCACAGUGAGAGCACGCCAGCGUCCAUAGGAAAGCAUUAUGAAUGCUUUCCUAUGUGACCGGCUGAAUGCGCGCGCAGCUCUUGCCGCGCGUGCACAUUCAGCCGACGGGGAGGAGAGAAGGAGGAUCGGAGGAGGAGAGCUCUCCGUCCAGCGCUGGAAAAAGGUAAGUUUUAACCCCUUUCCCCUUUCCAGAGCCAGGUGGGAGGGGGUCCCUGAGGGUGGGGGCACCCUCAGGGCACUAUAGUGCCAGGAAAACGAGUAUGUUUUCCUGGCACUAUAGUGGUCCUUUAAAGAAACAUGACUGUGAAUAUAAUGACUUUGUUAUACACAUCAACAAUAUGGAGCUCCUAGAAAAGAGGGACGUUGGGACAAAGGGACAGUGGUAUUUGUGCCCAAGAUAGGGACCGCCCAUCCUAAAUAGGGACACUUGGGAGGCAUGUUAAUGGAAUGGCUGACCUGGAUAGCUUCAUGUAAUAAAAAAGAAGAAUGACAAUGAAUUGAUGUUCAUCUCAACUUUUGGUCAAUAUUGGACAAUUGUACAUAACAUCUACAUUAGAGAAACUACUUUGUAGUAUUUUAAAAAGACAAAGAAGGAUAAGUUGGGUGAAUUUCACUUGUUUUAAUUUAAGGGGUACUCCACUGCCCAAACCGAAACAAAAGAAUAAAAAAAAAAAAAUCAAAACAAAAAACAAACAAACUCUGAUAUACACCAAUAAAACUUGCAUGUAUUUAAUUAUGCUUUUUAUCAUUGAGGGCAUUUCCCAAAAAAUUUGCAAAAGCUGAAGAUCUCUUGUCUGAAGCCUUUGUAAACCCUCCCCUUCUUACACCACCUAUACUGUCUGUGUCUGUGACCUCUGUGACUGUCCAAUUACAGAAUUCCAAAUGAAGACCAAUGAAACGCUUUAGCAAAGCAGGUGCUCUGGCCAAUUAACUGCCUCUUGAGUUUAGCUCCAGUGAGCUAACCUAACCAAGAAGUAACAGGAUAUGUUGUCUGAUUGUCAGCCAGGGGCUGUAACCAGGUUAAUUUAUAAAAAUUGUCUAUAUUUCAAUGAAAAUGUAUUUAUGAUUUGGGUUCCUGUAUACUCAUAAAAUUCCCUAAAUGGUGUAUAUAAAAGGUUAAAAUCACAUAAUUUGAUUGUCAAAAAAUGUAAAUUAAUGGAACACUUCACUCCCAAAGUAUCUUCAUCUCAAUGAUGUUGCUAUGGGAGCUAUAGUUCCUCUGCGCCCUCUUACCUUACCGUUUUUAAACAAUUUAACCCUGAAGUUGUGUCCCUGAAGUUAGCACCAUCCUGUCCUGCCUCCUCUCUCCUCAUUGUAGCUGCCAUACUGAUAUGAUGAAGGAUUGGCUUGGCGGUUCUGCUGAUUCUCACCGCCUAUAACACGCUACCCUUUAUCAUGAACACUUUUUCAUUGCAAUACAUCAGAAAUGUGUACAGGAGUGCAAUGCUGAUAGGACUAACCCAGUCCUGACCAUCCGAUUUAAUUUGUUCAAACUGUAUCACUGGCAGCAUUAUUUUUUUUCCAUUUAAUCUGAAUAGACCUACAGUGAAUAUAUUGUAAGCUGAAACUCAUCUUUCUUUGAUUCGCUUUACAUGGAAAACAUGCUUGGCUAUUCCUUCAAACCUAAUACACGUAACCAUAUUUUUUAACUUCUUGUGUAUUUUUAGUAAUUAACAAAUUAUUUUAACUUAAUUUCUUUUCUCCACAGCUAGCAAGAUCAAUUGCAAUUACUCAGAAAGACAAAGUUUAGAUACCAUUAAAGGAGAGAAUUUGAGAAGCAGUCUGAUUUCAGGCUUACAUGGAUCGCAUAGCAGCCAAAUGAGUUUAAUGGGAGAAAACUUCAAUGUCUCACCUAACCAAGGACACUUGACUGAUGAUGGUCGGAACUAUGUUUUUUCCCAAGACUUGGUAGGUAUAACUAGUAUUGUUUCGCUGUUCAAAAGAAGCUAUAGAUCUCAAUGACACAUGUAGAAUGAUUUUCAAGUGCAAACAAAUCCCUGUAGAGAAGAUUAAACUAACUCUCAUGAGCAGGGUUAAAUACAAAUUCUCAACUCAUUAUAUAGUUUUUAAGAUAUAUAUUCAAAAUAGAAAAUAAGUAGAUUACUGUUUUCGAGCAUACACAAUACAUGAAAUGCAAACUCACGUAGACCUUUUAUUACCACGAUGAAUAGUUGAAAAUCACCUUUAACUUUUUUUUUUCAUGUUCUGCCUCUCUUCAAACAUAUAUUAAAGGAACAUUAUUGGCACCAUAACCACUUCAUCUUUAUGAAGUGGGUAUGAUGCCUGGAGUCUGCCAAUGACCUUCUUCCUGUCUUGUGUUAAACCGUUUUUGAACAGUUUAACACAGAAGUAGUCAGUGUUUGCUACCUCCCUUCUUGUGCACUGCUAAUACGAAAUGCUAGGGACUUCUGACUCUCAGAAUCAGAACGGAAGAGGCAGGGAGUGGUUCCAGGUAGACCCCAGUUAAAACGUGAAACCUUUUCCAAAUAGUUUGACUGUUGCAUUUGGAGUGCGCUGUAGUGGUUAUGGUGCUUGGGAUUUUUUAACAAGAAUCUAUUAUGAGAAAUCUAUUAAGUGAAAUAUAUAAACACAAUAAUGCUUUUACUUUGUGAUUCAGGACGUAGUUGGAAGAGAUAGUACUGAGAUAAGAUCAGAUAAUACAUUUCUAGUGCAGCUACGGAGAGAAGAUGAGAGCCUUGGCUUCAGUGUGACGGUAAGUGAGCACCAACCAUCAAUACACUUGUAUAACUAGGGAAUAGCUUUAGAUUAUUGAAAUCAUUGCAGAAACAAUUGCUGUUACUUAAAUAUGGGGGAAGUUGCAUUCUGAAAUAUUUUCCCUUUAAAUUCCUAUAUUAUAAAUUCACUGUUUAAUUGUUUUUUGUUUUUUUUGUAACAUUCAUUUUAUAGAACAUUUUGCCAUUUUACAUCAUUAUCAGCAUUACAUACUUUGUUCAUGUUGCAAAAUGGGUGACACGAUAACAUUUGCAAAUUCAACAUCAAAAAGAAAGGAAAAACCAAAAGAAAAAUAUUACGAAUGCAAUUUACUCAAUGAUACGUAUAUGUUCCAUUAAUUAAAGGACCACUAUAGGCACCCAGACCACUUCAGCUCAAUGAAGUGGUCUGGGUGCCAAGUCCCCCUUGUUUUAACCCUGCAGCUGAAAACAUAGCAGUUUCAGAGAAAGCACUGGCUGCGCAUGCGGCUCCACACGGGAGCUGACGUUGGCAGGGGGAGGAGAGUUCCCCAGCACAGAGGGAACCCGGCGCUGGAUUAAGGUAAGUGGCUGAAGGGUUUUUAACUUCUUCAGCCCAGUGGGAGGGGGGCCACAAGGGAGGGGGGAACCUAAUAACUCAAUAGUGCCAGGAAAAUGGGUUUGUUUUCCUGGCAUUAUAGUGCUCCUUUAAGGGGACAAUAUAGUCACCAGAAUCACUACAGCUUAAUGUUGUGUUUCUGGUGUCUAUAGUCAGUCCCUGCAGGCUUUUCAUUGUAACACUGCUUUUUCAGAGAAAAUAGUGUUUACAUUGCUACAGUUGCUGAGACGCCACUAGAGGUGAUCUGCAUGAAUACGCUGAACUCUCCCCGUAGAGAUGCAUUGAUUCAAUGUACUCCAUUCUCUAUGAGGAGACACUGAUUUGUGCAGUGUUGCAUUUUGCUGCGCAUGCACAAUGGUCUUUCAAUGGUAUCCUAUGGUAAAGCAUUGGAUUAGCUGAAGUCAUGAAGACUAAUGAUCUCAGCCAUGGACCUGCUUAAAAUAAAAAUUAGAAACAGUACAAUUGCAGUCUAUAUCAAUGCCAAUCUAUACUGUACAUUUCUAGCAGUACCAGGAAUCCAUAAUAUGUAAAAAUAAACUAUUUAUUAUAUUCCUAGGGUGGAGUUAAUACAAGUGUCCGACAUGGAGGGAUUUAUGUAAAAAGCAUUAUUCCAAUGGGACCAGCUGAUCGGAAUGGAAAGAUUAUGAGAGGUAAGAUACGUAGGCGUCUCAAGUUGCUCUCAAAGUCUCUGACACUUUGUCUUGGUAUUUGAUCAAAAUCCAUGCUGAAUCUCUCUAGGCAUUAUGUGCAUAUAUAUAUAUAUAUAGAAAGUGGAAAGACCAGCACUCAAGGAGUUUUAACAGCUUUUACUGUGUAAAGAUAAAUCAACGUUUCAGCUCCACUAGGGAGCUUUCAUCAGAUGAAAGCUCCCUAGUGGAGCUGAAACGUUGAUUUAUCUUUACAUAGUAAAAGCUGUUAAAACUCCUUGAGUGCCGGUCUUUCCACUUUCUACAAUUGAGCUACCAGAGCACCAGGUAAAAUAUAUCUUUUUAUUUUAGUGCAGGGGUUUGACAUAUUUUUUAUAUAUAUAUAUAUAUAUAUAUAUUUAAUUUUUAAUAUGUAACAAUGCCAUGAUUCCAAAUAAAUCUGCCCUUUAAAUGUAAUUGGGAAAUUUGUCUGUUGUUGGCUUUCGUAAGGGAGUGUCUAAUAGAAUCAAUAAUAUCAAUGAUCCACAAAUCUAUUCACAAACCGGACUUUACAUAGGGCACUAGGGCAUUUAGACUGGAAGAAAGAAUAUUUUGUCUAAUGCAAAGAGAAAUUCUUUUUUUACCGUAAGGACAAUAAGGAUGUGGAUUUCUCUGCCUGAAGUAGUGAUUUUAUCAGAGUCCAUACAGAUGUUCAAACAGCAACUAGAUGCAUACUUGCAAAAACAGAAUAUUCAAGCAUAUCAUUUUUCAAUCCUGGGGUCAAGAAGAAUUUUUUCCCCCUGGUUUGUUGCAAAACUGGGUUUUUUUUGCCUUCUUUUGGAUCAGCAGCAAAAAACAAAUGUGAGGAUGGCUGAACUUGAAGGACGCAGGUCUCUUUUCAGCCAUGUAACUAUGUAACUAUGUAGCAGAGCUACAUUAUCGCACACGCCUAGUGGUGUAGACAGUUUCACACAAACACAGCUUUAUAAACCUAUAUCAUCACUGUGGAUAUUUUUUGCAACUAGAAUAACCAGUGCCUAUGGCAUUAUCUUUUAUAUAUAAUUGUAUAAUGCUGACUUACCAGGAACAUUUUCCCUUUGAUGUCUUCUCUAUCAAGAAUAAUUAACAGGAUUUUCAUUAUAUACCAAAGCUUGAAGCUUGCAAAACACUUGAUAAAUUACUGGCAAAAUAACGUCUCUACAAGAUACACCAUAUGCAUUUGAGCCAACCCUAAUUCCUCUGUGUUUAUUGCAGGAGACCGUUUGCUGGAGGUGAAUGAUGUUAGUCUUCUUGGAUUCACACACCGGCAAGCGGUAGAAUGUCUGAAGAAUGCUGGACAGGUGAGUCAGCUGAAUGUCAUAUUGUCUUCAUCCGUGACAUUUAUCUCCAUACUUAGAUCCUCUUUUACCUUUCUAUAUUCGUAUACUGCAUGUGCCUCUUCUGUUCAGUUUCACAAUCACCAUGUGAUAUCAAUUUGAAUUCCAAAAAGUAUAGAAACCAAUUCUGGGCCUAAAGGGUAAUGGUAAUCUUAGUCUACUUUAGAGUUUUAUUGCUUUAAAAUACAACUUUUAAACAGGAUUCUUGUAAUAAUGACAAUAUAAUAGCUCUGCACUGAAAAAACUUUCUGAAUACGCUUUUACAUUUUGCAUUAGUCAUCACAAUUGUGCGCAAUCAUCAUUACUUGGAAGUUAUGGCACAUUAUUUCUAUGAAUAUCGUUUAGAAUUUUUACACUACAUACAGUUGAACAUGACGAAAGUUAGAAAUGUAAAAAUCAAACGUUUAUAGCUGACUUGCAACUAACUGUGUGUGGCGUGGCUGUUCAGCGGUAUUGCAAAGUUCAAGGUAUUGCUAGUAGUAAUUGGGCAUGCACUGGAGUCAUCCACUAAUCCUAACUAAAUAGAUGAAUGAAUACAAACCAUUUCAUGCUUUUCAAACAUCUCGGCUGAAAAGUACAGCAAUGGGUGUUUCAUUCAUCACUAACACUAUACCAAUAUACAAUAUACAACCACCAGAAGGCAGCAAGUUAAAUCAGUAUUAGAGGAAUUCAAUCACUAAAAUAUCUAUAAUCCACUUCUAUAUAGCUCUCUGUGUCUGAAUCUUUAUUUAUUUUUUUCCCCUGGACACUCUAGUUUUAUAAAAUACAUAAGGGAAAAUCUAAACUGCUUUUCCUGCAUAGGAGUGCACACAGGGUGUGCCGGGUGUACCCAGACACAACCUAAUAGACAGAGCAUUGGCUUAAGUACAAACCAGCAGGGAGAUCAAAAAAUUUCUCUGACAGGCCCUGCACCGCUUCUCUUUAAUUAGGCAUGUUGUUGAUCGAUUCUGAUCAGGCCAACCACAAGCCAGCAGGGAGAUCAAAAGUUCUCUCUGGUGGCUCUUUAAAAAUCAUUCCAUGGAGGUCCAAAGUACAGCCGCACUCCAUCGUGAUUCACUCAUCUCUUGCAUACAGCUCUCAGCCUCCUCCACACAAAACUCAUACACACCACUCACACAAACAGAGCCCAGGGAUCUAGGGCAGGGCCCAAAAACAGAUACACCCUGCCUAGGGACCUGAGCAACCUUAAUCCAGAUCUGAUUAGAGUCCCUCCUCCAUACCUUGCUACACCACUAAUGAUCAGCAGCAGUGCUUUUAAUUAGAAUUAUGUGUGGAGCUAUGCCCACAUCUCCUCCUAUUGCACCCACCCUGUCACAAAUCAAUCUCUGCUCUUUCUCUCCACUUUAGUGGCCCCACGCUGACAGAUGCGCUGUAUGAGCACUGCUACAACUACUUAAAGGAACACUGUAGUCACCUAAAUUACUUUAGCUAAAUAAAGCAGUUUUAGUGUAUAGAUCCCCUGCAAUUUCACUGCUCAAUUCACUGUCAGUUAAAUCACUUUGUUUCUGUUUAUGCAGCCCUAGCCACACCUCCCCUGGCUAUGAUUGACAGAGCCUGCAUGAAAAAUAAACUGGUUUCACUUUCAAACAGAUGUAAUUUACCUUAAAUAAUUGUAUCUCAAUCUCUAAAUUGAACUUUAAUCACAUACAGGAGGCUCUUGCAGGGUCUAGCAAGCUAUUAACAAAGCAGGGGAUAAGAAAAUCUUAAUUAUACAGAACUUGCAACAAAGAAAGCCUAAAUAGGGCUCUCUUUACAGGAAAUGUUUAUGGAAGGCUGUGCAAGUCACAUGCAGGGAGGUGUGACUAGGGUUCAUAAACAAAGGGAUUUAACUCCUAAAUGGCAGAGGAUUGAGCAGUGAGGCUGCAGGGGCAUGUUCUAUACACCAAAACUGCUUCAUUAAGCUAAAGUUGUUCAGGUGACUUUAGUGUCCCUUUAAAUAGACAUUUAAAUGCCUAUAGCUGCAAUGUGGUGUUGGCAGGGUUAAAUAUCAUUGAGUCAUUAACACCCCUAUGUCAGCUAACCGAUGAACUGUAUGCAGCACUAAAAGUGAGCACUGCAUACAGCCAUUUAAAUACAUUUAGAACACUGUAGCUGUAAACACACCGCUCAUUUGCAGUUCAUCUUUCUGGAAGGCACUCAAGGGAAACUACCAGGAUCUGAGCAGACCAUGACAGGGUCUUCCAGCAUUGCCCCAUGCCGAUUGUGAUCGGUUAUGGGCUUUGCCGCCUGUCCAGCACCAAAACCUGAGUAUGCAGCAUGCCUGAUUUUCAGUAUUAUAGAGAAACCCUUCUGCUGAUAUCGGUACUUAUUAGAAUUAGCAGAGAGUUUCCUUAGGGUUAGUGUAAGGGUAGGGUUAGGGUUUGUGUAGAUUUAGAAACAUAGAAUGUGACGGCAGAUAAGAACCAUUCGGCCCAUCUAGUCUGCCCAAUUUUCUAAAUACUUUCAUUAGUCCCUGGCCUUAUCUUAUAGUUAGGAUAACCUUAUGCCUAUCCCACACAUGCUUAAACUCCUUCACUGUGUUAACCUCUACCACUUCAGCUGGAAGUGUAUUCCAUCCAUCCACUACCCUGUCAGUAAAGUAAUACUUCCUGCUAUUAUUUUUAAACCUUUGCCCCUCUAAUGUAAGACUAUGUCCUCUUGUUGUGGUACUUUUUCUUCUUUUAAAUAUAGUCUCCUCCUUUACUGUGUUGAUUCCCUUUAUGUAUUUUAAUGUUUCUAUCAUAUCCCACCUGUCUCGUCUUUCCUCCAAGCUAUACAUGCUAAGAUCCUUUAACUUUUCCUUGUAAGUUUUACCCUGUAAUCCAUGAACCAGUUUAGUAGCCCUUCUUUGAAUUCUUUCCAAAGUAUCAAUAUCCUUCUGGAGAUACGGUCUCCAGUACUGCAUACAAUACUCCAAGUGAGGUCUCACCAAUGGCAUGAGCACUUCCCUUUUUCUACUGCUAAUAUCUCUCCCUAUACAACCAAGCAUUCUGCCAGCAUUUCCUGCUGCUCUGUUACAUUGUCUGCCUACCUUUAAGUCAUCUGAAAUAAUUACCCCUAAAUCCCUUUCCUCAAAUAUUCUUUACUCUGCGCUUGGGUUUUUACAUCUUGCACUUAUCCACAUUAAAUGUCAGCUGCCACAGCUCUGACCAUUUUUCUAGUUUACUUAAAUCACUUGCCAUUUGGCUUAUCCCUCCUGGAACAUCAACCCUCUUAUAUAUCUUAGUGUCAUUAGAAAAUAGGCAUACCUUACCAUCAAGAUCUUCUGCAAUAUCACUAAUAAAAAUAAUAAAAAUACUAAAGAGAAUGGGUCCAAGUACAGAUCCCUGAGAUACCCCACUGGUAACAAGACCAUGCUUCGAAUAUACUCUAUUGACUACAACUCUCUGUUGCCUGUCACUCAGCCACUGCCUUACCCAUUCAACAAUAUUGGAAUCCAGACUUAAAGAUUGCAGUUUAUUGAUAAGCCUCUUAUGUGCAACAGUGGCAAAAGUCUUACUUAAAUCUAGGUAAGCAAUGUCCACUGCCCCACCCUGAUUUAUUAUUUUUUGUUACCCAAUCAAAAAAAUCAAUAAGAUUAGUUUGGUAUGAUCUCCCUGAAUAAACCCAUGUUAUCUCUGAUCAUGAAAUCCACGUGAUUUUAGAUGUUCAACAAUCCAUAGAAACAUAGAAACAUAGAAUGUGACGGCAGAUAAGAACCAUUCGGCCCAUCUAGUCUGCCCAAUUUUCUAAAUACUUUCAUUAGUCCCUAGUCUUAUCUUAUAGUUAGGAUAGCCUUAUGCCUAUCCCACGCAUGCUUAAACUCCUUUACUGUGUUAACCUCUACCACUUCAGCUGGAAGGCUAUUCCAUGCAUCCACUACCCUCUCAGUAAAGUAAUACUUCCUGAUAUUAUUUUUAAACCUUUGUCCCUCUAAUUUAAGACUAUGUCCUCUUGUUGUGGUAGUUUUUCUUCUUUUAAAUAUAGUCUCCUCCUUUACUGUGUUGAUUCCCUUUAUAUAUUUAAAUGUUUCUAUCAUAUCCCCCCUGUCUCGUCCUAUCCUUUAGCAUGGUUUCCAAUAUUUUCCCCACUACUGAAGCAAGGCUUACUGGCCUAUAGUUGCCCAACUCCUCCCUACUACCUUUCUUGUGAAUGGGCACAACAUUCGCUAUCAUCCCAUCUUCUGGGACUGCUCCUGUUAAUGAUUGGUUAAAUAUAUCCGUUAAUGGUUUUGCUAGUACACCACUAAGCUCUUUUAAUAAGUUUGGGUGUAUUCCAUUAGGCCCCAUCAACUUAUUUGUCUUUACAGAGGAAGAGGUUCUAUUUUAACUGUCAAAAGUAGACUCACAUGUAACAAAUGACUUAUUUGUCCUUCUUCCUAACUGAGUACCUUUCCUUCAUUUUCAGCUGUAAAUACUGAACAAAAAUAUUCAUUGAGACAGUCAGCUAGACAUUUAUCCUCUUCUAUAUACCUUCCUUCUUUUGUUUUUAAUCUAACUAAUCCUUGUUUUACUUUCCUUUUCUCAUUUAUGUAUCUGAAAAAUGUUUUGUCCCCCUUUUUUUUGCCCUUUUUUUUACUGACUGCUAUUUUCUCUUAUGUGUGUGAUUUGGAAGCUCUUAUAACUUGCUUAGCCUCUUUCUGCCGAAUAUUAUAGAUUUCUCUUCCCCACUUUUUUUUUUUCUAUAAUUACUAAAUGCUAACAUUUAGUUUUUUACUAAUUUGGCCACUUCUGUAGAGUACCACAAUGGUUUCUUAAUUUUUUUGCUUUUACUGACAAGCCUACUGCAAUUUUCUGUUGCCUUCAGCAGUGCAACUUUUAAAUAAUCCCAUUUCUCUUGGACUCUAUUUAAACUGCUCCAGACUGAUAAUGACUCCUUUACACAUAUUCUAAUUUUAGACAAGUCUGUUUUUCUAAAGUCUAAAACUUUUGUGUGGUGUGACUCAGUCACUGUUCUUAUAUUAAACCACACUGACUGGUGAUCACUGGAUCCUAAACUUUCACCUACAGUAAUAUCUGAUUCCAAAUCUCCAUUUGUUAACACUAAAUCUAGUAUGGCCUCCUUAGUUGACUUCUCAACAACUUGUUUUAGAGACAGUAGGGAGUUUAGAAUAUGUGAGGUCCUGGCCCAAGCAGCUAUUUUGGUAUUCCAGUUCAAAUCAUGAAUUUUAAAGUUACCCAUGAUGAUAACUUCCCCUUUUAUUGUCAUUUUAGCUAUUUCCUCAACUAGUAGAUUAUCUAACUCUUCUAUUUGUCCCGGGGGCCUAUAAAUCACACCUACACAAGUUACUGUGUGAUUACCAAAUUCUAACUUAACCCAAACGGAUUUUCCGUUUGCCUCACUAACUUUUAUUAGGUUAGAUUUUAUGCUAUCCUUCACAUACAGGGCUACCCCUCCACCUUUCUUGCCUUCCCUGUCUUUUCUAUAUAAAGAGUACACUGGUAGUGCUAGUGUUAGAGUAUGGUAAAACUUGUGUAAGUUAGUGUAAGGUAGAGUUAGUCUAAGCAUAGACUUGUGGGUAGAGUUGCUUUAGCAUUAGGGGGAAUUGGUAUAGGGCAGUCAUGGCGAACCUUUUUGAGCCUGAGUGCCAAAACCGCAAUACAUGCCAACCUUUUUUCCCUCAAAGUACCAACACAGCAAUUAAACCUGAAUACUGAGGAUUACGUUUAGAAAAAACAACCUGUACAGUUGUCCGAACUAAUUAACAACUAUUGUUUUAAAAGAAGAACGCAACAACAAAGAGUUCAAAUAAAACAAAUUUUAAAUAAUGAUAUAAAUAGAUAAAUAGAUACAAUUAAGCUUAUAUUUAUUAGUAUCUCCAACAAAUGCAAUACAUACACACAGACUGCUGAACACAUUCACACACACCAACUGCUUAAUACAUACACACACUGACUGCUAAAUACACACACAGUCCGCUGAAUACACACACACAGUCCACUGAAUACACAGACUGCUGAAUACACAUACUGCUGAAUACACAUACAGACAGACUGCUGAAUACACACACACAGACUGCUGAGUACACACAGACUACUGAAUACAUACACACACACAGACUGCUGAAUACACACACACAGACUGCUGAAUACACACACAGACUGCUGAAUACACACACAGUCUGCUGAAUACAUACACACAGACUGCAGAAUGCAUACACACAGUCUGCUGAAUACAUACACACACAGACUGCUGAAUACACACACAUACAGAUUGCUGAAUACAUACAGACUGCUGAAUACACACACACAUACUGCAUUGAGGGGUGUAGUGUAUGUGUUUGUAUGUAAGGGUGUGGAGUGUGUGAGGGGUGCUGUGUGUGUGGGAGGGGUGCUGUGUGUGUGAUGGGGUAACCCCUACCCCAGCUGUGCUGUGUGGGGGGUUAGGGGUGCUGUGCUGUGUGGGGGGGUAUGGGUGCUGUGUGGGGGGAUGGGUGCUGUGUUUGUGGGGGUUAGGGGGUGCUGUGUGUAGGGGUUAGGGGUGCUGUGUAUGUGGGGGUAAGGCUGCUGUGUGUGGGGGGUAGGGGUGCUGUGUGAGGAAGUAGGGUGCUGUGUGUGUGAGGAAGUAGGGGUGCUGCUGUGUGUGGGGGGUAGGCUGGUGUGGGGGUGUUGGGGUGCUGUGUGUGGGGUGGGUAGGAGUACUCUGUGUGGUGAGGGUGGUGGUAAAGAUACAUAAAAAAAAAAAAUAUAUAUAUAUAUUAAAUCUGUUUCCCCCCCUCCCUUCUUCUUACCUUUGGUGAAGGAGGAAGAGACACAGCCAGCCCUGGUGGUCUGGUGGUGGCAAGUAUAUGUCUGUGAAGCAGCUCUCCUGUCCUCCUGCGCGAUGCUGUGUGGAGCGUUGCCAUGGUAACAUGCGGCAACGCUCCACACAGAUUGCUAGCGGGCGGACAGGAGAGCUGCUUCCUAGGUUCCUCCCCUUGCUUCCGUGUCCUCCUGACAGAAAGCAGAGUAGGUGCCUGCCGUUUUGGGACAGACAGCCAGCGGCCCCCUCCCCCGGCGACCUAUAGCCGCAUGCUCACAGAGAGGGCCCAUCACUGGUAUAGGGUUAGCAUUAGCCAGCAAAAGAUUAUUUAUAUCCUGGACAGAUGAGGCAUUAAACAUUCAGGACUGAUACAUGCAUCUAUUUUCAGCUUGUUUUAUUUAUUCCCCUCCCCCACCCUCUCCAUUUUUAAUAUUUUAUUCACACUCAAUAUUGUGUUAGGUAUACACAUAGGAUAUUAAAAGAAAUCCCUUUCUGUCUUUUAAAAAAACAGAACAUAGGAUAUGUAUGGGAGGAAGUUUUAAAUUACUGUUGAACAAAUAUAUAGUUUUAGGUUUUAUUUUGUUCAGAACUUGGACAAUUGCCUCCAUCCUUAAGGGGUUAAGAUACACAGGGUAUAAGGAAAAGAAAAGCAAGAGAAAAACAAAACCAUGACACUGCAGUUUUAGAGAUAGCCUUGUUUGAGCAAGCAGUGGACUACCAAAGUAAAUUCUUCUGUGAAGAGGUGUGGGUAAAAUUGGCCCUUAGAACUUUAUCAUAAUAAAGAGGCUUUUGUAGCACCUAUAUUAAUACAUCUCUUUCUUGAUUUCCUCAUAGUGUGCUUCCAAUUACUUUGAUUCAAGAUGAAAUAUCAUUGAAAUAUCUUUUGUGUCACCUUCAGUUCACAUAAUUAAACCUAGCAUGCUGAAUCAGAGAUGAAUAAACUUUUGUAGAAAUUUAUUUUUAAAUAUGCAUCAAAUCAAGUUACAAUUUUCAUAAUACAAAUAAUACAAAUUCUACAAAUUCUGAUUCCAGCAAACUAUUAGAAUGGUAGGUUUAAUAAUUACUCUAUACACUAGACAGUGUUCUAAAAGUGUAGAAACAUGUCAACCAAUGUAUGCAGGACAUUGCAUUGGUUUCCAUGGUGAUUGUUCUACUUUUAGAACUUAGACCUACUUUUCCCUUAACAGCACUUUUAUAAAUUGCUCCUAAAUGUGUUUUUGACUUCUUUUAUUUAUUUGCAGAUAGUGACUCUUGUGUUGCAGAGUAAAGGAGACUCAGGAAACACUGUUAUUGGGAGUCAGAGUGAAUUCUCGGAGUCUCAACGCUCCACUCCCAGCUACAGUCACACUGAAUACCCACUAUUUGUGACUAAGGGUAAGGGAACAUUCAAAUACUUGGGAGUUUGACAAAUAAUGCCCUGGUCUGUGGCAGUGUAAAAACAUUUCACACAGAAAACCUUUACAUGUCGUUUAUGGAAUUAAAAGACUGAAAAUAUGUAGACUGGGUUCUAUAUUUAUAUUAAAAAAAAAGUCAUAGAGGGGCAGCUCAUGUUUUUACAAUUCACAAACCCUAGAUCAGGCGUAGGCAACCUUUGGCACACCAGAUGUUUUGGACUACACCUUCCACAAUGCUAUGCCAGCAUUAUAGCUGUAAGAACAUUAUGGGGGAUAUAGUCCACAACAUCUGGAGUGCCGAAGGUUGCCUACCCUUGCCCUAGAUGAUGAUUUUACUUCUAGUGAUAAUGCAAUCUCAAACGCAAUGAAAUAUUAUUUGUUAUUAACAAGUAGUUAGUCACUACACACUAUUGGCUAGUUCAGUGAUAGCCAACACAGUCUAGUUACUUGUAUGCAAAAUAAAUUGUUAGACUCAGUGUCUUAUAAAAUACUAUUUAGUAAAUAUCUAGGUUUAUUCUAAGUCAUUCAAAACAUUAUUUGAGGUCUGUAUGAGUUUACAACUUCACAUAUGACACUGAAGUAGUGGUCUGAACCACUCAAAUGUACCAUGAAUAGAGGACUUUAAGCUGGUAAUAUAUAGGUUGAAGUCCUUAUUUUUGGCUUGAUUUGACAAUAACCAGAUCAUAAUAUUGUGUGAAUGCUUAACUAUUGGGUCCUUCCAAAACAGAUAACACAUAUGAAGUAGUGUUGAAGAAGAAUUCAGGGGGAUUGGGAUUCAGUUUUCUGCAGACUGAGAGCAGAAGUUCAGGGAAUGUCAUCAGGAUAAAGAGACUGUUCCAUGGCCAACCGGCAGAGGAGAGUGGACGUAUCUCAGUUGGAGAUGUUCUUCUGGAAGUUAAUGGAAAAUCAGUUUGUGGAUUAAAGUAUCAGGUGUGGUUACAAUGAUUACAUAUAAUUAAGAAGGCAAUAUUUGAUAGACAUAAUGUAAUGCACCACAGGUUAAAUUAUUUUCCAGCUAGUGUAAAAGAGCUUGAGGUGCUUCAAGCCACUAAUAUAAAGGCAACAUAUAUCAAAAUAAAUCUUACAUUUCUCCACAUAUAUGUAAAAUCUAAGAAUUCCAGUAAGUAGAAAAGUCUUUAUUCUAUAGUUUUAACAUCAAUAGAAAACAUUUUCUGAACACACUUGGAAUGGGGCAUCUAUUGUCUUACCGUUAUUGAAAAUGCAAGUAUCAUUCUACUAGCAUUGAUUAAACAACCGAAUAGUAUAUAUUUAACUUGACAAUUAGUUAUAAAAUAUUUGACACAGUGUCCAAUUCUACAUGUAGUAGAGUUCUUUUCACAAUGCACUGCUACAGUAAGAAUGCAUAGAUUUAUUAGAGAUGCAUACAUGGCAUUGCAACAUGAAUGUUGUGGAUUAAUGUACUCGGUCUUAGCCACUGUAUAUAUACUAUGUCCAAUAUACAAUCACACUCACUAAUACAAGAGUAAUGAAUGCUGUGUAAAUGCCUUUUUCUCCUGUCUGUGAUAUCAGGAAAUUCUCCAUCUCUUACAUGGUGCUCCUGCUGAAGUGACCUUGAGGAUCUGCAGACCAAUUGAAGGAGUCCUGCCUGAAAUAGACUUUACUGUACCGGUGAGGACAUUUUUAUUUUUUACUACUGGGACGAGCAACUAUGCUUUAAAUAUGGCACAGAUAUUUACAGUUAUUUUUUAAUGGCAAAUGUUAGGAAAAAUACAGCCACCUUGCCAAAAGGGAGAAAUGUAAUUUUAUGAAGCCAUUUAUUGCCAGCUCCAUGGGAGUUGAGCCCAGCCUGGCACCGAACGUUCGGGAAGGUAUGGGAAGAAUGGGUACCAAAGGCAGAAUAUAAAACCAAGGACCAACGGAAUAGGACAUCCACCUGGUAAAUUGAUCAUUUAUGGACAAGGAGACCAGGGACUCUCUGGCUCACUCCUUGUCUUAGAGCUCCCAUCCCACAGAUUUUUUAUUUCCCACAAAGAUAAUAUUUGAUUUUUUAUCCAUCAUUAUUACUACUGUGAAAGCAAUUAAAUUCAUUGACUCAUUGCUUUUUGCCCAGACUCCUAUGCCAUCCCCAGUAAGAGAGUUACUGAGUAUGAGAAAUUCUUUCCAUGACCUUGAAAGUACGAUGGAAAUAGAUUCAGAAGAUGGGAGCAACUCCGACCAAAGGACUAGUGCUUUACAAGAAAUAUCCUCUACACCUACCUUCAACGUGACCGUGGAGACAUCAACUUCAUUGGCAGAUGAUGUUCGACUGAACUCUUAUUCCAUCUGUGACCGAGAGCCUCAGGAGAGGUGAGAUUAUGAAUGUGAAAAUAUGAUAUUCUAAUAUCAGUGUUACAGAUUUAGCAUAGUCGAUAAAUAUAAAAAUAAAAUCACGGCUUUGCUAGGACUUACAUAUUUUGUGGUAGCUAUAUGCCAAGUAUUUUAUGUUUCAAAAUAAAACAUGCUGGCAUUUUAUAACUAUCCUGGGUGAAGAUGACGAUACCCAUACAAUGGUACAGUACUUUUGGUUCUUUGAGUUCCCUGUGCCUGAUCUUUACUACUAUGAGGAACAUUAGUCCAACUACCGUCCUUUACUAUGAAUCAUUUAGUUAUUUAAUUGUUUUUUUUUUUUGUCAAUCUUUCUUUUAUUAUGGCAUUUGCUUCACAGAGUACAGAAUAAAGAGAGUUAUUACAGGAUAAAACAAAAUAAAGGUAUCAGCAUUGUUUGGAAUACACUUCCAAGAAAGACUGCCACAUUUUUAUAAUAUAUGAACAGAUUAAUACAGGCUGGGUUUAGCUAUUAUGCAAAAUUAAUUAAAGAAUACAUAAACUGUGCUUUUCACAUGAAAAAUACAGUAAAGUAAACAUGCUAUGCAAGAUGUAGGCUAAGUGUAAGUGGAAUUAGUAUGUCUAAUGUGGUGAGUCACAUUGAGGUCAACAAGUUUGUGUCAUUAAACAUAUACGCCUGCUCAAAUGUGUUAAAGUAGGCUUUCAAGAAUAUUGAGAACAAGAAUGAACAGUCAUAAUUCAACUACGUUAGCUUGAGUUGACAGGCUAAUUGCCACCUUAGGACACACAUGCUUUGCUAUAUUUGGGGUAUCUGCAGUUAUGGGGACCCCCAAGGAGAUCAAAACUAACGUAUUUACUUCUAUCAAGCAUCUAGAGGUCGCUUAAAGUGUCCGCUUGUGUGGGUCAGGUGUUGCUCUGCAGUAGCGAUGCAAUUCCCCCUGGGUGUCAGUCCGGGUGUUGUGCUCGCUCUCUUGCUUGGGCGCAAUUCACGGACCGCUUCAUCAGCUGAUUCCCUUGUGUGACCUUGUAGAGGCUGGUCCUUGGAGGGUCUGUAGGUUGCAGGAGAGUUGCGAAAAUGGUGAGGUCUCCCCCGAAUUCCUGGCCUUGUGUGGUGUCUGCAUCCGUGUGCCACAAACUCGGGUGGUCGUGGAGGCCGAGUUUUUUCCUGCAUGGGCGUCACGGAAAGCCCCAGUGUUCUGCCAAUGGCAGUCGCGCUUCUGGCGGUGUGGUCGAUGCUGCAGAGGUAUCCUCCUUGUGACCCUCGGCCCGGGUGGGCAGUCAGUGCUCCAGGCUUGUGGGUUGGGGUCACAUGGGUGCAGGCUUCGUUAGGUGCAUUGCAUCCGCCAUGUUGCUGGGCCCGGUGCACCCGGACCCCAAGCUUCAGUGGGCAGCUGCAGUCCGUACGAUUGUGUAUGUCGAGUCAGUGGGGACUGGGAUAACCCCCGCCGGUCUAUAGGGGAUGGGACGGUGGCUCGAGCUUUGCCUUGCAGUAUGUUGGGGCGGCGGGAGAGUGGCCGUCUCCUGCACCACUGCCAUACUUGUAGGCCACAACAUCAGGGAGGUUGGUACUGGUGAAAAAAUCCAGUUGUGUGGUCAUCUUGCAGGUCUCAGUAUCCCCCAUGGCUUGGUAGCCACAAUAAGUCAAGUCACAGCCUCUGCUCUGCAGGAAUCGGCACUAUGUAGAGUUAGAUGCCAGAGCAGCAGCAACAUGCGACUGCUCUGCUCUGCAGUCAGGCCCCGCCCCCCUAGUUAUUUAAUUGUUGUAGUGUAUUCUACAUCACUGAAAUACCUAUAACCCCUUUGUUAUUAUUAUCUUUAUUAUUUUAUUAUUUAUAUAGCCCCAGCAAAUUCUGUAGCACUGUACAAUGGGUGGACUAACAGAUAUGUAAUUGUAACCAGACAAAUGGACACACAGGAACAGAGGGGUUGAGGGCCCUGCUCAAUGAGCUUACAUGCUAGAGGGAGUGGGGUAUAGUGACAUAAAGGGUAUAAGUAGGGGUAAUGUAAUAGGUUGCUAGAAAAGUAAUCACUGAGAACUUACAGUUGUAGGAGAGGAGUCAUGGGGGUGGAGGGGAUGAAAACCCGCUAACAGUUUAAAUGAUAUGCUUUCCUGAAGAAGUGUGUGUUCAAAGAUUUCUGGAGGAAUGGAGACUGGGUGAAAGUCUAACGGAGAAGGGAAGGGAGAUACACAGAAAAGGUGCAGCCCUGGAGAAGUCUUGGACGCGAGCAUCAGAUGUGGGAAUACGGACAGAGGAUAGGCGUAGGUCUUCGGCAGAGCACAGGGGCCUUGACAGGACAUAUUUGUGUAUUAGGGAGGAUAGGUAGGUUGGAGCAGCACUAUGUAGGGACUUGUAAGCAAGCACCAGAAUCUUAAAUUGAGCCUGGAUCUAACUGGAAGCCAAUGUAGGGACUGACAGAGGAAGGAGGCGUGGGAGGACAGGAAAAUGAACUUUGCCGCCGCAUUCCUUAUAGAUUGCAAUCUGGGAACACGUAAGACCACUGAGAAGGGGAUUGCAGUAGUCAAGGCGAGAAAGAACAACGGCAUGGACCAGCACCUUAGCCGCUUCUGGUGUUUAAUAAGGGUGGAUGUGAGCUAUGUUUUUGAGAUGGAAGCGGCAGGAUUUGGUGAUCAACUGGAUAUGAGGGGUGAAGGAGAGGUCGGAGUCAAAGAGAACACCUAGGCAGCGAGCCUGCGAGGUAGAGGUGAUGGUGGUGCCGUUGACUUGGAGGGAGACAGAUACGGGAGUAGCAACACUCGAGGGAGGAAAGACCAGAAGUUCUGUUUUAGACAGGUUGAGUUUAAGGAAGUGAGCAGCCAUCCAGUUGGAAAUCGUAGAGAGGCAGUCAGAGACACAAGUCAAGAUAGGUGGAGAUUGAUCAGGAGAGGACAGGUAGAUUUGCGUGUCAUCUGCAUAUAAAUGAUAAUGGAAGCCAAAGGAGCUGAUGAGUUUACCAAGGGAGGCAGUAUAGAUAGAGAGCAGUAGGGGACCUAGGAUAGAACCUUGGGAAACACCAACAGAGAGGGGUUGGGGAGAAGAGGCAGAGCCAGAGAAAGAUACACUGAAAAAGCGCUGGGAGAGGUCGGAAGAGCACCAGGAGAGAGCGGUGUCCCGUAGACCGAAUGAGAAGAAGCUGUUGAUGAUCAACAGUGUCAAAGGCAGCAGAAAGAUCAAGGAGAAUUAGGAUCGAGUAAUGGCUGCGAGAUUUAGCAGCGAUUAAAUAGUUGGAUACUUUGGUCACAGCUGUUUCAACAGAGUGACGAGCGCAGAUUCCAGACUGAAGCAGGUCAAACAGAGAGUUGGAUUCAAGGAAGUCUGUCAAUCUUGCAUACACAAAUCUUUCAAGGAUCUUGGAGGCAAACGGCAGUAGCAAUAUAGGGCGGUAGUUGGAUGGGGAGUUGGGUCAAGCUUGUGCUUUUUCAGAAGCGGCGUUUUGGUUGCAUGUUUGAAGGGUGAAGAAAAUGUGCCUGAGGAAAGGGAGAGAUUGAAAAUUUUAGUGAGAGGAUGAGCAAGAGAGGGAGACAGAGUGCAGAUAAGAUAUGAAGGAGGAUAGGUUGAAAAGUACAUUGAAGGGAGAGAAGGAUGCCUACAGUUGAGUCUGGGAGUGAGUCUGGGAGUGUGGGAGAAUUGUAGUCCACUGAAACAUAAAGAAGCUGGAGUAGCAGUAUCAGAGGACAGCCAGGUCUCAGUGAGUGCAAGAAGUGUGAGGGAAUUAGAGAUGAAGAGGUCGUGUAUGGCUUAUUUAAUAUUGAUUUAAUAUUGCUACAGCCUCUAUGACUCUAUGAAAAUACUGCCAUCUUUUUUGUUGCUGAGCUUUUUAAGAGCUCACCAAACACAUUUCAGCUAAUGUUAUAUGAGAAGCAUUGCUUGUGUUUUGUCUGUCUAGUACAAGUGAGAAAGCCAAAGGAGAUGUGACACGUGUACUUAGUGAUGAGGAGUAUCUCACUAUUAGUUCUACUUCUGUGACCCCUCCUUCCUGGGGGGAGACACCGGAAGGCACCCCAGCUGGAUACAGAGCAAUCCAGCAGCAUGCUUUGAAGUUGCUCCCACAAUCCCUCACCUCCACAGAAUCUUGUGAUAAUGAUAGCGAAUGGGAAGACUUGGAAGAAAUUGAAGAAACAGAUGAAAAAAUGAAAGGUUCUCAGGUGAGCAUAUGUAUAAAAUGUAUAACACAUUUUAUGUCAUAUGGAUGUUGAAGUUUGUACAAAAAAUUUUGUAAAAAUAUUUUACUGAUCCACUACAGUAAGGGAACAAAACUGAAUAUUUAUUGUAUGCAACAUUUGUGAUUCUGUUUUUGUUUCUUUAUUCCAUUUAUCGUUUAAUGCUUCUUUUUCUGUUUUUAUAAAAUACUUUAAUAAAUACUAAUGUAUAACAUAUAUGUCAAGGCGGUAAGUCACAAUGGAUACUGAAAUAAUGAAAAAAAAAACACUCACACUUACUCUCGCUGUGUUCUAUAUUUUUUGUAAUGUGUGUAAUGUGUCAUCACUGUGCAUACUAAUGUGAUGUGUUUUUUCCUAUAACAGGCAGGAUGCAUUGGGAAAUUUGAUACAUUCUCCACUCAACUGCCCUCAAAGUUGCAUCUCCCUUCCACAACAAGUAGAAAAUUUCAGGUUGUGAUACCUGGAAGACGGAUGAAGACCCCUUCUCCAAUUAUGAGGUUUAAAGCACCUUCACCUUCCAGAAACAUUGGACUUUCUCCUUCACCAAUAUUAACACAUGUACCUCCUUCUCCUACAAGAAAUCCACCAUUCCAAAGCAUGACCUCUUCUGCAUGUAACAUCUUACAACCAGAACCCUGUGAUUCACACCUGAAACCAACCUUAAAUUCUCCACACAGUAUGAGUAAAGGUGACCAGGAAUACCCUGACACCAUAUGCCAUAGAAACCCUAAUCAAAUAAAUCAUGAAUUUAUUACUUUAAAUCAGUCAACCAAGGACAUCACUAUUGAAGACUCUUCAGAACUAAAUAAUAUUGCUCCUAUACAAACCAAUGUUAAUAGUCUCACUUUACACCAUGAACAAUCAGGUAAUGAAGACAGAACACUUCAUCAAAAUCAUUUCAAUCAGUCCAACAAUGGCAGAAUCAUAGUACAAACUAUUUCUUGUGAUGAAACAAAAAGUGAAACUAGAACUUUGCAUCGUCACAUACCUGAACAUUUAAAUAAUGACCAAAAAACAUUUGAUGGUAACAUUGUGAUCCCUGGAAUUUCCAUUACAUCAUCAUAUUCCAUGUCAACUGACCAGUCACAUAAUGUAGCACAACAAAAUAAGACAACUGGAAGCAAGCACCCAGCCACAGGGAAUGUUUCCAGUGACAGUCAAGCAGGUAAAAUCCUAGCAGUAGUUUACAUGAAUUGUUGAUGAAAUGGGUCUUUAGGGGUCACUGUGGGUCCUUCCAUUUAAACUUCGUCAGAAUUAAUAUGUUAUAGCUUGGUUUCAAAAUCUAGAGAGGACUUGAAGGCCUGACUCUGUUAAGAGUGAAGACUGGCAACACAUUAUGGGAAUUGGCAUUUUGCUACAUCUACCCUAUGACAUUGCUACCCCACAUUUAGAGGGUUUAGGGUAGUAUGACGGUAGUUAGCUGUCAUUAACCUCUUUUCACCAGGCCAAAGAUGUUUUGUGUUAGUGGCAGGCAGUGAUGAGUAGCGACAGGGUCGUAAGCCAGUUCGUAACAAGUUGUCAAAUAGAAGGUGUCAGCACCUAUAGAGAUUAAGGCGAGCCAGUAGCCGCUACUUAGUGACUGGCUUUCCGUAGCAGCAGCUGGUAACAGCCUAUAUUUAUAAAUGUUGCACCUGCUAUAUUAAACCUACACCAUGCCCCCCAAACAUGCAGCAUUAAAAUUGCAACUACAGGAAUACCCUCGUACAAUUAAUUCCAACUAUCAUUUAUCUCUCUUAAAGAGGACACUGGGCUACAAAUAAUAGGGUUACAUUUUUCAUAACUGAAAGAAUAAAAUAGCUGGAGGCAACAAACUAAACUGCCCAAGGGCAGUGUAGGCAGGUUUUGUCACUGCUGGUAAGUAAAUAUCUUGAAAACUGAGUAUCCCCCAAAGAAAGCAAAAGCGACUCAACAUUGUGAAAAAUAGCCUUUCCAUGUCCUAGUCAUGAUAUGAAAUUUGAAUAAAGGCCAUUUUCCUUUAUCCUUGCGGAUUUAGGCCUUUUUCCGUUCCAUGGAGGAGAUGGUUAUCUAACAAUGAUACAGUGCCAAAACCCCACACAUACAACUACUCUCCAGCUCUUGUAGAUAUCCAAUUUACUAUUGUUUUCCUGGCCUGUAGGCUGUUUUAGGUGUGAAAUGCAGUGUAUAAAUGGCUAAACAGGUAACUGUUAACUACUGCACUAGUAUAGUACAGAUCCAUUAGAGUACCAAAGUUCCAAUGUAACUUCUAGACUUGUGCAUAGUAAAAAAAAAAUUGGUUUGGCCAAAACAAUUUGUCUGAAAAAAAAUGUUGGUUGGAAUGAAAUUCGUCCAUUUGGCAUUUCAGUUCGGCUGAAUUUCAGCCAUGCAUCAUUUUGGGAAAACCAAUUAGGAUGAGCCAAUAGGGCUCUAAUAUUGGCUAAUCAGUGUACUGCAAAAUAUAAACAUUGUAUAUACAUUUUGCAGUACGGUAAUAGGCGCAUUUUGCUGCCUUUGGUUAACAGACCAGGUGAGAAAAAGUAACCAACAUAGGGGGAAAAAAUAAGUAAAAAAUUUACAUUUAUGUGUUUAAAUAAAUAUAGAUUUUUAUUGCUUCUUUUUUCCCCCUCUAUUGGUCACUUCUCAAUUGAUCUGUGAAUACAAUCUACAUUUAGUGGCUGUCCCCUAAUCAUCAAACAUAUUUUUUUUCCCCAUCAAUCAUCUCUAUUUUUUGGUGCCACUGAUGGAUUGAAUCUAAUGAACUGUUCGUUCGUUGUCCGUUUCGGUUUUUACAUGAUACAUUCAUAUUGCGCUUCAGAGUUAUGGAAUUAAGAUAACCCAUUGAUUACCCAAGGUUUGGACGAAUUGCAGUUCUUUUGAAACCUAAUGCACAAGUGUAGUCACUUCACAUAACACACACUACAAGUGAACCAUGCUCUUGAGAUAUGAGGAGUUGUUGUAAGGGCACAGUUUGCUAAUGGGCAGUUUUUCUUGCAGAGAGACAUCCUAACAUGGAUUAUUCAACAUCUCAAGAGACAAGCAAGUCUCCGCAAAGUGAUAACGAGGUAAAUAUUUUUUAAUUGUAUAUAGUGUGAGUUUAAAUUUCAGGUUAUUCAGGCUCAAAACUAAACUCUUCAAAAUGUUACACAUUGGAAUUCAUAGAACAGAGGCGCAAUGGUAAUUUGAGUUAUAGUGUGUUUUAGUUAACAACAAGAAAAAAGCUUCUUUAGUGAACACUAAUUAGUGAUAAACUGAAAACCAAAUGUGCAAAAUGUAGGGCAAACUAGCUGAGUUUGAAGUUUUUUUACAAAGCUAUCUUGCCUUUUACAAACUACAUUUUUCAGUUUAUCGCAAUUCACUAUUUCGUGAACCAAUCCUGAAUAUUUCAUGUUUAUUUUCCACCACACAGAGGGAUUGUUUCCAUGUCUGUUGCAAGCAAAUGGCAACAAGUCAAUAAUCUAUAAAAUGACUGAUUCUUGUUAGCAAUUAAUGUUGUAACAUUUAAUGACUGCUAAUUUGUGUCUUACGAAAGGUCUAACAUGUUUCAUAUAGGUUUAACUAGAAAAAGCAAAAUAACAGAUGCACAUUUUUUUUCAUAAUUCUUUAUUCAACAAGAGUAAUAGCAUGGCAUUUCUUAAAGCUGCACAUUUUUCAUUAUGGUUUAAUAUUAGAACUCAAGCUAGAUAGAUGUGACUACUCAAUAAAUAUGCACAUUUUAAGUGAAAUAAAGAAAAACACGAUAAUUACCAAUCCUGCAGAGGCUAGAUUAACUAGGAAGUCAUCCUAUUCUGGCUUUGCUGCAAACAUUCAGCAAGCACGUAAGAGUAGCAACCACUUAUGAGUGUGAGCAUGUGAGGUUAUAUUAGAUAGUAUACUAUCAAUUCCUAUUAUAAUAAACAUACGGUAAGCAUGUCAUAGUAUCAACUGCCUAUGAUUAGGAACAUAUGGAUAAUAUCAACAGUUCACUAGUAUGCAAUUGUGGACAAGAAGACUUAUAAUAAGGCUUAUUGCAGGAAGGAAAUUGAGCAGAAGUAUAAGAGCCACCAGGUAUAUGUUAGAGUAGAUCAAUAGGCAACAAAAAGGAAGGGUACAGCGUUAGGCCAUAUGAUUAUAUGUAUUAGUGGCUAGAACAUUAGCUACAUUGGCUGAAAGGAAGAGUGAGAACAUUAUGGUGGACUUAAAGUGAGCCCGAGUCCCUGUAUCAACCGAUGCCACAGGUAUCUUCAGAUGGGUGCUAGCUCCGCUGUCUUCCAACUGACAUUGGGCGAAUCCCCCACUGCCUCCAGGCCUUAUGUAGGUAUCCUCCAUGUCACUGGGAUGGUGUGUCUGCAUCUUUGCUCCCCGUGCCCAGACCGGUGUACAAGCCAGUGCCAGCUGUCUCAAAGCCAUCCAGCUCCAGUGUAAGGGCUAAGAUCCUGUGAGACAGUGCCACAAGCUUGUAGAUCGUGGCUUCUGGCCCGGAAGAAGAACAGAACACCGGAGCGCCUCUAGGAACCUCAGGAGCAGCUGAGGUGAGUAUUUGUUGCUGCUGGUGGGACUCGAUCGGGGUCCAGAAGGCUUCGCAUACCGCAUCAAAAGCUACGAGGAACCUGGAUUCCCACUCAGAUAGUGGGUGGUCGGUCAGCGUGGCGGCCAUCUUCAGUGUGCCGCGAGGGUUCUCCACCGCAAGUCGAGUGAGAGAUAUUGAGCCUUUCAGGUACCACAGGCUUCUCUGGUGGGGACCGGGAUAUCCCCCACCGGUCCAAAGGGACUGAGGCACUCAGUGUUAUGAGGUCAGCCGCCUCUCCUGACGGUUUGUGCGUCUGCCCUCGUAGGCCUCAAGGCCAGUCGCUUGUAAGUCUGCUAUCGGGGCGCCUCAAACCAGACUACAUAGGUGGCAUGCAGGGCUUAGGUGCAUGUGCACCGUGCGUGCAAGUAAAUCAGCUGCUUUUAUACAGUCAAUGCUCAGGAUAGUAAGAAUACCACAGAAACACGUCUGCCCAUUUUGCUUGCCAGACUCUGCCCCCCACAAAUGCACAUUUUUAAUACAUCCAAUGUAAAAAAACAACAACGUUUAUUUUAUAUUUAACUACAUUGAAUCACUAUAGCCUAUCUAGAAGCAUAGUGUAGUUUCCAAUAAAUAACUGUGAAAUUUGACUAGUCAGAUAUAUGGACACACAAGAGUAAACUUGCUCAGAAAUUCGCAUGUGAAGUGCACAUGUACUGAAGGAAUAUUUUACUGUGGCAAUGAAUUUGAAAGUACACAUUUUCUUGAUAUAUGUCUAAUUUACAAAACAGCAAAUACCAAGUAGUGGUAUCAGUAGGACUUUCGGGAGUAACAAAGUGUUGAUCAGGGAAACCUGAUAGCAUUUUAAGCAAACAUUAAUCGAGUUUUGGAAUUGACAAGUAAUUGAAUUAAGAGCUCCCUUUUAAAGACCAGUAUUGAAACAAGUCCACAGUUUUUUAAUUUUCAAAAACUAGCCACCAGCUUCAGCAAGAAAGUGAGGGAGAUCAUUGACAUGCUGAGAUAUAAUACAUUAUAUUGAUCAUUGCAUAGCUUUAAACUAAUCUGACAAGCAUUAGUCAAUAUAUGCAGGGAAAGAGAGUGAUUUGUUAUGCCCAUGGCAUUGCAAUCAAUAUUUGACUUGAGGGACAAAACCAAUGGAAUUGUGAAAUAUGAAAUAUCUCUUGCUCACCAGCAGUCAUCAGAGGAUACUAAACUGUGUUAUAUUCUAUUGAAAAUAAUAAUAAUAAUAAUAAUAUACUCUAUUGAAACAUAGAAUUAAUAAUAUUAAACAUAAAAAUGUUUGUGAUAGCAUCCAACUGCUCAUACAGUUGCACCAAUUAUGAAGUGUGUGGCACUUAGCAAGGAAUGCAUCUAACUCUUUUUUCACAAAUAUCUAUUGUAUUAGCAAAUAUGCUUCCUUAGAUUUACUAACGGUCAAAAUGUCUAGAUAUUUUGAGGAACAUUUAGUUUUCUAUAUAUUUAGGUCUGAUAUAUCUAUAUCUUUUUCAAAUUGGUUUGCCAUUACAACACACAUUGAUGUUUUAUCCAGUGUUCAUAUAGUACUUUACUUAAAUGUUUAAUCUUUUUUAUGCAUAGCUGCUUUUAAUACUGUCCAGAAAUAUAAACUUGACUGUGCAGUGCAUGAUGAGGCUGAUUGAGCAGACUAGGAAUUGUAGUCUAAAACAGAUGUAGGCAUUCCAAUGUCUAGUCUUGCCCUGAGCCAUCCCCACUGAUUAGAUUGGCACUGAAAUUCAUGCAGUAUAUGAUUACAAGUUCAUAAUCAUGUCUUUUAUUCACCCAGGUCUCAAUUUGUUUUUUACAGAUUUCAGUGCUGAGAAGAAACACCUUAUUUUCAGUUAAUGAUCUUUCAUCAUUUUGUGUCAUCAACACAAGUUGAGACACUGCUUUCAAUGUACUCUUCCUGGUUGUACUGUCAUUGACUAUCAUAACACCCAAAUGAAACACUUUUAGAAAGAGGCUAUUUUAUUGGGAGAUUUUACAUUUUGUGCCAAAGACAAUUUUAAAUUCCCGACAAGGAGUGUUGCCUCAGUCAGCUGGGAAAUGCCUUGGCAACACCAUUAAUUUGAAGAAAAAGCUGGGUCACUCUGGCUGUAAUACAAACCAAAAAGUAUUUGGAAACAAACAGAAGGCCAGCAGUGUGGUUCCAUGGCACUGAAAUUGGAAGAUGAGCUUGUCUUAGUGUGUCACCCUAAAUAGUUAUACAUUAUAUAAUAUAUUUUGAGAGACUUGGCAUACCCAUAUACAAAUGUCUCACGGUGCAUAUGAGUCCAGACAAGAUACCUAUUCAUUCAUCACUUACAUAUCUUUGUUCAUAGGUCUGUUUCAUGGACAUUAACUUGGAGAAAGCAAACAAUGGAAGCUUGGGGUUCUCACUGGCUGGAAACACAAACGAUGGAAUGUUUACCAUAAAGGCAAUCUGCCCUGGUAGUGUGGCAGCACAGGAUGGGAGGCUGUGUGUAGGAGAUUUAUUGUUAGAGGUAAGGGAUGUGCUACAAUGUUAUGUAUGUUGACUCUCCCUCAUAAUUUGGGGCACAGGACAGCAUUACAGUUAUCAGAACAUUUUAUCUUACGUAGCUGAUGAGCUUUCUUGAUUGAAGUCAGAUGAUUCUUUUUUUUCUUUUUAAUCACAGUUUUCUGAUUAAAACGGUCAGGUGACUUGAUAAUAGCAAGUCAGCCACCCUUUCACGGAAAAAUAUGGGGUUCAAGAACACGUGUGACCCUGGUACUUCACCCCCCCCCCCCCAUGCAGCAAAAAUGAAUGCAGAUGCCAGAUAUAACAAUAUUUCUGCUACGCAUAUAAAUAUGAGGAUUCAAUGCAUUGUUAUAAACAAAUAUUUUGAAUAAAUAAUUCAAAUAAAUAAUAAAUAAUGCCCUUUUCUGUUUUCUAGGUAAAUGGACGUGCUUUAACCGGGCUCACACUUGGAAUGGUGGUUAGCAUACUUAGAGAAGCCACAGGCACAGUGCAUCUCUCCGUGCGGAAAAUUGCACAAUGCAGCAAUGAUUGUACAGGUACACAACAAAUCCUCUGAGUAACUAAAACUAUAACGUAAGGAGCCUUGCUAAAAAUGUACCUGACACUAUGGAGGCUUUUACUUGAUUUUUCUCCCUCUUCUCACUAUUUCUGGUACUUCUUUUUUGGUAUGUAUUAAUGGUUGGGCAGUUUUUUCAGAUAUUUAUAAGACUUAUGUCUUCUAAAUGUAUAUGGAAUGUUACUACUGUUUUUUCAAUCAUUUAGUAUGCAUAUUUAUCAUUGUGAUACAUUAUAUCUUUUGUUUGGGUAUAGCUUUAUGAAUGUAAAGGUUUAUUGCCACAUAUCUUGUGAUACCUUUUAUUUUGUGCCCAAUUAAUAAAGUGCAUUUUAUUUAUAUCGAUGUGCUCCUCAUUCAUUAUCAUUGUCUAUUCAUUGACCCAGGCUGUCAAUAGAUGUAUUGCUAUUAUAUGUAUAGUGUAUUUGAUUAUUGUGAUGUAUCCUGUUGUAUCCAAUAUUAUGGGAGAAGGUGCAACCGGGAGUAGGUGCAAACAAAUAACUAAUAUUCUAUGCACAUGCAUCAUAAACAUUUAGUGUUAUAAGGUUGGCUAAUGGCUAGUAAAUUAUAGACAUGGCUAAUAGCACAUAACCUAAAAUUUCUAGCAUUACUCUGUAUAUAUAUAAAAAAACAACAACUCUGCAAUCAGGCUUUCCUGAUGUUUUAGCAUAGGGAGUAUUUACUUAAUCUGCUGUGUCGGCCGUUAACUUUGGCAGGGUAAGUCACUCAACACUGGAAUUUGUGCAGGUAGACAAAAUCUGGUGAAAAUGGCUAAACCCCAACUGCAAUGGGAAAUCUCAUAUUUACUAAAGCCAAAUCCGCUCAGAAAUCAGCCAGAAUGAAUCUGCACCAAUUGGCCGGAUGCAUUUGGCGACUGGGUUAAAAUCAGUUUAAGUUUAAUCCCCAACACUCAGUGGAACAAAGGAAAGGACAGUGAUUUGUCCAUUAUUUCAAUUAAAGUCAAACAUCUGAUGCCCACAAGUGUGACUUGGUCCCUCCUUAUUUUAUAGGCCUCAUCUCCAUGGGAAUAAGGCCUUUCUAGUGACUGAGCAGCAAUGGUAACCCAGUCAGUAGUUUUUAAUCUUAAGUAUAUAUGCAAUUGUGGCAAAUUGGAGAAUAAGGAAAGUUUAAAUCCUUCCAUAUACUAAUAUGAGGGUUAUUAUUAUUUUAUUUUUAAUUUUUAUGUGCCAGCUGGCUAGCAAGCACAAUUCUUUAAUAGACUGAACAAUGUCAGGAUUUUGCAUUCCUCAUUGUCCUGUACAGCACCAAAUUGUUUGACACAGUUCAGUACAGUUUAGUGAAUAACCCUUUUUUUUUGCUGUGUCCAUGAGAUGGAGACAACUCCCCAUACAAUAUAAUUUUAUUCUGAAUGAGGUGAUGUUGGCAAAUCUGACAGACAACUAGUAACAGUAGCUUUGUUAGCAAUUUCUAUAUCGGUUUAGUGCAAGAAUAGGCAACCUUUACCAUUCUCUAAUGUGUGGACUGCUUCUCCCCUGAUGCUUUGCCAGCAUUAUGGCUGUAAGAGCAUUAUGGUAGAUGUAGUCCACAGCAUCUGGAGUGCCAAAGGCUGCACAACAAUGGUCCAGUGCAUCAUAUCAAAAAAUGUGUGUGUUAUUACAAAUUGGAAGAAAAAAAGUAUUCACACAUUCAAAAUUUUUUUUCUCAGAAAAUAAAGGAAUUUGUUCAGAUCUGAAAAUCCACAUGGCAGAGGAUGUCAAAGUAGAUUCAGAAAAGGAAAACCUGCAAUCACCAGGCAAGUAAGUCCUCUGUUCUUUAUAAACAGUUGGUAUUUGAAAGAAAAAAACAAUACUAGGGAGAUAUCUAGUAAGCUUCAAAGGAACACAAUAGCGUUAGAAAUACAAGCCACACUCCUGUCCAAUCAGGUGCAGCAUUUGGCCUCAUGAUCUAAUUGCAAAAUUGUUGCUGUCUGGAAGAUGUAAUGUAAUGUUUACAUUGCAGUGUUAAAACUGCAGGGCAUUAAGCUGACGUGGUCUGGGUGCCUUUAGAGGACUUUUAACUCCCUCAUCAUUACCAAGGUAGGCAAGAUUCAGAAGAGAGAAGAAAAGUUCACUGCAAAGUAUGUGUUUAUUUGUUGUUAAUUAGGUUUGUGUGAGUGACUAGUUAACUGUGUGUUCUUAUGGCUAGUUAUUUAUGCAUAUGUACAGUUGUAGAUAUUGUCGACCACACAAAAAUCUUUCACACACAAGGCGCACACACAUAUAUAUGCUACACACACAACCCAGCCCUCCCCCCACCGGUUAUCUGAGUUUUUUUUAGCAUGUAUGUUCAUUCCUGAUUUAGUGAUGUUGAGUUCAGUGACUGGGUUUUUAAUUUGUUUUUGUGGUUAGCAAACUACAACACUAUUAAAAGACUAGGCAUGACACCUAGUCUUUGCUAUUUUAGUUCUGGAUAUACUGCAUCAUGGUCCUACUGGAUAUCUCUGGCUCCUUUCCCUGACCUAGCUGCUAAGAUAUUACUGUACAAAUCAUGGCUUCAAGAUUAUUGUGGUCUUGACACAUAAUCCAUUCCUAUUUAUGCUCCAUGUGUGAACAUAAUCUUGUAUUCAUUUAAAGCUACAUCUUAAAGAUCAUAAUCACCAGUGCUCCUUUGAAAGCUCUGCUCUCCCUGAUUACUUAGAUAAUAUUUCUUAUAUGUAUUUAAAAUAUUACAGAUAGAAAUUCUAAACAUGCUUCGGAAAACAAUCAAUGAAUACAUCUGGAAAAAAAGCCACAGAAAAUAUUCCAUUAUUUUAUUUGACUGCCUCCAAAGCUGGGAGGAUUCGGAGUUCACUAUGUAAAAAGAUACUACACAGCAUCUUCCCUAAUUCAACCUAUAACCCUGAGUUGCUAAGCGAAACCUAUAUUGUGGGCCUCCUUGGAAGAAUCUUAUCUAUGUCCAUACAAUCUCAUGCAGGUUUUUUGUUUUCAAAGAGACAAACUACUGUACCUCCUCUGGAUGCUUUCUACAACAUGGUGGACUGAGGCUAUACUAAUGUUAAAGAACCUUCACCCUCUUGGGCUCGCUCUUCUGACCUCGCUAAAGGUGCUCAUCCCUGACAGCUUGGAACUCCUAUAAUUAGACACGUGUAUCAAUCAUUUGAAGUGGGCCAGAUAAGCCCGUUUCCACACCAAGCUUCAACCUACGAGACGCCCUGCACUGAUUAUUUUACUUACUUUUGCAUCAAACAUACCCUUCAGUCCCAGGGGCUGUCCUAUGAUCUCUGAGACGUGACAUCCCCACUGGGAAAAAUCAUAAGGCUCUGAGAAAACCACUCUCUCCAUGCUAUAAACAUUUGGCCCUGCACGCUUCCUCCAAUAAACUCUCAUACACGAGCUUAUAGGCAACAGAACUAGAUCACAUUUUCUCACAGCAGUAGUCCAAAUUAUAAAAACCUCACAUUGCUCUAAUCACUGUGAGAUGUGUUGGUACCUGGUGCCACCCUGGCGGUCACAUAUCUAUCCAGGUUCCCUGGGUUCUUGCUGGCAUUAUGGUAAAGAUGUAGAUUCACUAUCUCUUGUUUUCUGGGAGUGCCCAGCCCUACGCGGAUUCUGUUCAGAUGAUCAGUUGCUAAUACUUUGCACCACCUCCUUCUCCAUCCCAGACUCACCUAAGGCUCUCCUGCUUGAUAUACUCCCACACGACAUAAAGAGGCCCAGAAAGGUCCUUCUGCUGCAUAUACUUAUAUUUACUUGUAAAAUCUCUUGUUUCAAACUUUGGAAAAUCAAUAAAACAUUAAAUGCUGAAAAAAACACUGCUUAUAUUAUUUUAUAUAUUUUUUUUCUUGUGGAUGUUUUGUUUCAUCUUUGAUUGCAUAGCCCAAAAAAUAAAUAGUGAUAACAAUUAAAUUAUUGUAGUACUUGAUAGUUACAAGAUUACAAGCUCUAGAUUAGUUCAAAUAAUGAGCAUAGUGUUUUUUUUUCUUCCCAAAUGUAUAAACAAAACAAAACUAUAAAAGUUACUUACACUGUAUAUUAAAUCCCUGUGUACAUUUAAAUAAUAUGUUUUUUCUGACCAUUGCCAUUUCCUUUGAAGUGCAAAGCGACCUAUCAACUUCAAGAAAAAACACUUCCACUAGUAAUUCACUUUGCUGCUUUCAGCCAUGAGUCAAAAUCUCUAAUGAGACAGAGGAGAGUAUUAUUAUAAAUCUCGUCAAACUAUCUAACUUUAAGACGGACACAAAUGACGCCUUGUUACAGCUGCCCUGUAACAAGGCGUUGUAAUACAAAAGGAAAUAAAAACAGACAGAAAUCAUCCCUGUUCUCAAACUCCUGCUACCCUUGGGUGGCAUUAACCCCUUAAGGACCAAACUUCUGGAAUAAAAGGGAAUCAUGACAUGUCACACAUGUCAUGUGUCCUUAAGGGGUUAAAGGCUACAUCAUCCUCCUCCCAAAUAGUGCACAUUGCAGUUGAUGCUAAAGAAUGUAAUGACAGUUAGUACACAAGAGACAAAUCAUUUUGGGUUAAUCCACCACAGAAGGAUAUACAAGAGUAUUUAUUAAAAUGAGAAUGGCUGGAAAUUCAAAGUACCGGUAAGUUCCAAAUAAUUUUUACGGUGAACAUUUUUAUUUUUCAAUGUAUCUAUUUUACCCUAUGUGUUGAAAUUCCCUCACAUGCAAAAAUGUCUCGGGAUUUGAAAUGUAAUCUUAAAUCUAAUGUAAGACACCAAAUUAUGGUGUCCCUUUCUUUUGUUAAUCAAAAUCUGUAUUGUACCGAGGGACAAUAUUAUGUCAGUUUUUGUUAUUAGACUUUGAAUAGAAGACUCAUGUUCAACAUAAUUUUACCAGGUCUAUUGUUUCCGUUACAGUAGUACUUCUGUUGAGGAGUUAGCAGCAAACAAAAUUUCAUCCUUAGUUGUUCAUGAUUCGGAUGGCUGGAGCAGUGAGGAAGAAGAUAAUAGAGCACCAACAUCUUAUCCUGGUAACUUUAUGUUUUAAUUGAUCAAUUCUCUCUAAAUACUCUUACUAUAUCUAUUGUUAAACGGAUUAUUUGUUUACAGGCAGGCGACCUUUGGACAUUAAGGCAAGUUUUUUCAAGCUAAAAAAAGCUUGAAUCUAAUGGUUGAUUAAAGGGAUGCUCUAUGCACCAAAACACCUUUGGGUGUACAGUCUCACUGCUUAUCUGCCAUUUAGUGGUUAAAUGACAUGUUUAUGCAACCUUGCCACAGCUCAUCUGGCUGUGCCUCACACAGCCUCCAUGAAAAAAACAGUUUCAUUUUCAAACCAAUCUUUCAACACAGUGUGUUUACUUUAGAAGUUGAAAACAAGAAAUCUCAAUGUAUCCUUCAGACUCUGGAAGACACAGAGCAGGAGAUAUUUUUUUCUAAAAUAAACACAUUGUUCAAUAAGGGAAGUUUAAAAAUCAGACCUAAUUUACAGGAUGUUUGUAGGGAACCUGUGAGAGUUUGACUGCAGGGGCAUGAUCUAUACAACAAAACUAUUAAGUUAAAGUUUUUUUGGUGCUUAAAGUAUCCCUUAAAUACUGUACAAUGCCCCCUUCCACCAAAAUAUACACUGAAAGUUUACCUGUCAUGACAAGCACAGCCUAAUCCUAAAUUAUAUCAAAUAACUUUUCAUAUAUGCAUUGUAUUAGCAGAAUUGCUAGCAAGGUCUAGAUUUAUUUAAAAUCAGAGCGUAAAGCAGCCUUUCCCCCUUCCUGUUAGUCAGUUCAGUCUGUGUCAGCCGGAGAGAAGAAGGCUGUGCUCGGCAUGUCUAUGUAUCCCACUUGCCUUUAUUAUAAGGUAAAGCAAUGCCUGCGAAGGUGAGAUGGGGUAGCGGCUUUGUGACAGAGACAUUACUAUCAUGGAGAAAAAGACUGAUAUAUUUCAGGAGCUUUGUACAGGAAAUCUGAGAAUAAAUACAUCAUAAAGUGCAGGGGACUUUAAACUAGUUAUAGAUAGCAAGUCUGUGCUUCCCAAACAGGGUUAUGCAAGAGAAGUGUGGCUGUCAGCAAGUGUAAAACCCACUGAAACAUGAAGGCAAACCUAUAUCUGUCAACACCUGCUCUAUGUUAGAUCGAAAUAUCUGAACGUUAUAUAAACAAAUAAAUAUGUUUGUGAAAAAAUAUGUAUGUGCAUAAAGGAAAUUUGAAUCAGCUGUCAUUUAAAUGAACUAAUAUAUAGGGCAGUGCAAGAAUUCAAGAAUUUUAAUUUUUUUUAUUUUAGUAGCAGAAUUAUAUUGAUUAAAAUUUUAACUGAAACCUGAAACUUCAAGAUGUUUGCCUAAAAGUUAAAUGCAUUGGUCACUCAUAUGCCAAAUCCACAAGCAGUCACCUGAAUCAGUCCACUCUCUUCCCCUGCCGACAUCAGCAAUAGCCGCACUUGCAUUAGGAUUUCCCCAUAGGAAAGUAUUAAUCAGUGCUUUCUUAUUGGGAUUCCAGUGACGCAGGAAGUCCUCAUGCAUAGCGUGAGGAUUUCCAACGUCAUUUAGACAACCAAAAGUCGUCUAAGCCCCCGGAAAUCCCUCUAGUGGCUGUCUGGUAGACAGCCACUAGAGGAGGAGGUAACCCCGAGAGGUAAUUAUUGCAGUUUCUUUGAAACUGCAAUAAUUACCACUGUAGGGUUAAGGGACAUGGGACAUUGCGCCCAGACCACUUCAGUGAGCUGAAGUAGUCUGGGUGCCUACAGUGUCCCUUUAAAAAGGCCUGCAUAUAACAAAAAAAACAAUUAACACACAAUUAUUCAUUAUAGGGACACUAUAGUCACCAGAACAACUACAGCUUUUUGUAUUUGUUCUGGUGAGUUUAAUCAUUCCCUUCAGGCUUUUUGCAGUAAACACUGUCUUUUCAGAGAAAUUACAAUGUUUUCAUACCUCUACUGGCCACUCCUCAGAUGGCUACUAGAAGUACUUCCUGGGGAAGUGCUGCACAAUGUGACUGAUAUUCAGUGUCUCCACCCUCAGCAUGAACUUUCCUCAUAGAGCUGCAUUGAUUAAAUGCAUCUCCAUGAUGAGAUGCUGAUCUGGGCCAGGGCUUGUGCUGGCUCUGCCCCUGAUCAGUCUCAGCCAAUCCAAUGCUUUCCUAUGAGAAAUCAUUGUGAUUGGCUCAGAUCAACACUUUUGAUUAUGUCAGCCAAGCAGGCAGAUAAGAGGCAGAGCUAGCAGCAGCAGACUGCAAUAAAAUAAAUAAUUCACUAUAUUUAGGGGCUCAAGGGGGGGCAGGGGAGCUAAAUUUUAACAUAAUAGUGUUAAGUUGCUGUCCAAAAGCCUGUCUAAAUCACUUCUUCCAAGUACUCAUUAAUGGAGAGCUAGAGGUCUACAUUCUUCAAAUCAGAAUAACAAUGCAAGUGGAAAGGUUGUUUUAGUCUGGGUUUGUGUUUGUGACAUAGUUGUCCCUGUGUGCAGGUUCACAAAGUGAUCGUAAUGAAGAGCUGCAUUUCCUCAAGGUGAAAAAGCAAUAUUCAGAGUCUGAGAUCCAGACCCUGCUCACCUGUGCUCUCCAUGGUGGUCAGGAUCACAUUGCCUAUAAGGAAUUUGCGGUGAGUCCUAAUUUACAACUCAUCAUGUAAUUACUAAAAGAAACAGGUGUAUAUAUACAUUAUGCAAACUGCCAAGAGGAAGAUUAUACACAGAAUCAUGCACUAAGCAAGUAAAUAAUAGUGCUGAAUAUUUUUAUUGACUGAUGCUUUGUACUUUACUUGUUUAAAUUUCAUUAGAAAAAUUGAUUAUAUUAUUUAACGGCCUGUAGUCUUGUUUGACCAUUUCUAGAUCGUUGGAUAGGAAUAGUGUGAGUGAGUCUCGAAGAUCUAGAUCGUGACUCCAAAAUUGUAUGUGACAAGUAGAAUGUGUUGAAACCAAUAUUAAUUCUAUAAGAUCAGCCAACUAUGCAGGUGAUUUUAGUAGCAUACAUUGUUUCUAUUGAUAUCAUCAGACCUUUCUUAGGCAGCUUAUCCUUGGGGCCCAUCCGAUGGCCCACACACUUAGGGCCACCCGAUGGGCCCUAUAUCUUCAGGGACCUGGUCAGCGCUGUGGCCGUGGUAUAACCCUUUAAAAAAAAAAAAGCAGCCGCAGCAAGUGCUGCUGAGAGGAAGUAGUCACUUCCUCCCAGCUCACUCCGCGUGGGAGGAGAGACAGCCCGACAGUGAGGGAGAGCAGCGCCGACUCCCAUCAUCCCCAGCCACCCUCCUGCAAAGAAAAGGUAAGAAACAGGAGGGAGGCUGAAAAAUGAGCUGUGUGUAUGUGUCUGUAUGCAUGUCUGUCUGUAUGUAUGUAUGUAUGUAUGUCUUUAUGCAUGUAUGCAUAUCUGUCUGUAUGUAUGUAUGUCUGUAUGUAUGCAUGUAUGUAUGUCUGUGUGCAUGCAUGCAUGUAUGUCUGUAUGUCUGUAUGUAUGUAUGUAUGUAUGUAUGUAUGUCUGUAUGCAUGUAUGCAUGUCUGUAUGUAUGUCUGUAUGCAUGUAUGUAUGUCUGUAUGCAUGCAUGUAUGUAUGUAUGUAUGUAUGUCUCUGUAUGUAUGUAUGUCUCUGUAUGUAUGCAUGUCUAUAUGGAUGUAUGCAUGUCUGUAUGUAUGUAUGUAUGUCUGUAUGUAUGUGUGCAUGUCUGUCUAUAUGUAUGUCUGUAUGUAUGUCUGUAUGCAUGCAUGUCUGUCUGUAUGUAUGCAUGUCUGUCUGUAUGCAUGUCUGUAUGUAUGUAUGAAUGUAUGUCUAUGUCAUUAUGAAUGCGUCUGUAUGUAUAUGUGUAUAGAUGUCAGUGCCUGUAUGAAUGUCCGUCUGUAUGUCAUUAUGAAUGUGUCUGUAUGUCCUUAUGCAUGUGUGUCUGUAUGUAUGUUAGUAUGUGUCUGUCUGUCACUAUGUACGCCUGUGUGUCUGUAUAUGUGUGUUUGUCUCAGUAUGUGUGUGUGAGUAUGUAUGCGUAUCAGUAUGUGUGUCUGUUAGUAUGUAUGUGUGUGUGUGCAUGUAUCUGUGUCCUUUUGUAUCAGUGAAUGUGUUUGUGUCAGUGUGUGUAUUCCUGUGGGCGGGAUUUGGAGGCGGUCCCUGUGCGCGGUCUUGGAGUUAGGGGCCCCAAAAUUUCUGUUGGCGGCCCUGCCUAUGUCUCUCGACGCUGGGUCAGGCUCUGUCCACGCUCCUCGUCGGAAGGGGAGACCUAAUACGCAUGCGUGGCAAUAGCCGUGCUCACAUUAGGAUUUCCCCAUAGGAAAAAAAAAAUUAAACCAAUAGUGAAGCUAGACAAUGAUAGUAAGUGGAGAAUGCCCUUACUAUUAAAUGAACAAUUAGAUGUGCUAUGUGAUUCAACAUCACAGAUUUCUGGGGUGGCUUGCUUGAUAUCCCGUGAAGAUACCAAUAGAAAUACUAUAUUAAAUACAAUUAGAAAUAAAAGCAAAUUAAAUGGUUUAACACUAACUUAAUAAAUCUUACCCUGUGUGAAACAUUAUGCCUACAACCUGCCUAAUAGUGGGUGCAAUUUAGAGUGCAUUUUGUGAAGAAUAAUGAAACCUAAAUACUUAUCUCAUGCUUUGUUAUUCUCAGGCCUUGGCACAUGAGACACCUGUAGACACUUUUUGUGUGGCUUCUGCACCUGAAAACCGAAACAAGAACAGAUAUAGAGACAUAUUGCCAUGUAAGAUGGGGAAUGCUUGGUAGCAUUUGAGAGGUACCCUUUGGAAGACUGCACAAAUAUAAAACUACAGAGAUCUAUGCCGUACUGGGCAUAUUAGAAUUAGCAGAAUAGCAUUAAAACACUGAUUAGUUACCACAGACCAAAUGUCAAAAUAUAAUUUGUAAGUAUAUUUAAGUAGUAGUAAUGUAUCAUAUAUUAAAUAUAAAUAUUAAUAUGCAAACAGAAAAUAUUUUAAAAAAGGAGGAUUUUAUUAAUGUUUCUGGAAGAAUUUGUGGAAUUAAGAGUUUCGGGUGAGAAUUUGGUGUUGACUAAAUGAUCAUAUGGUGCAUUUCUAUUUGAAUAUCUUCCAAAACAAUAAAAGAGUUAAAACCUAUGUAAAUUGCACUCACCAAACAGAAGUACUGAAAUACUUUUUUUAAAUAAAACUAAAGCAGGUGUGUGGUGACAGCUAGGAUCCUCGAGGACUGGAUCAGAACUAACGUGUCCUAUAAUGAUUCCUCAGAGACAGUACUUCCAUAUCCGUCUACUGCCACACCUCCAAUUGACACGUUUCGUUGGAGGACGUCCCACUUCAUAAGAAUUAGAAGGUGUAUGUGCGCCUCCUCAUAUAAUAUAUAGUAUAUAAAGUACUCGUAAAUUUUAGGAGAAACAAAUGUAUUGAUACAGUAUUGUAUAGCGGUCAUUGAUCGAGGGUCUAAGGCAGUCAGGGACCCGGCUGAAUAGCCAUGCUAUGGCUGGGGAAAUUUCCCAAGCCAGAAAGCCAUAAUUCCACACAUACAUAUUCCAGUGAUAGGUUGUGAGACCCCUGCAACCUAUCGCACUGUAAGUGAUUCCCCCAUUCUCAGUGAGACCUGGCAACGAUCUUGCUGUUCUUGCCAUGAAGAUGAGGAGCAGCCUGCCAGAGAAAUCACUCACAAAGUAUGCUUCUUGUAAAUAUUUUCCACAGUCCCUAUGCAACCCUGCACCCACCUCAGGCUCUAUUCCUCCUUGCACCCACUAGAGCCUCCAUGUCGCUUCCAUUGCAGCCUCUAUCCCUCCCUGCACCCACUAAAGUUCUUACCCCUCACUGCACCCACCACAGCCCCUAUCUGUAAUCACCACAGCCCCUAGGCCUUCCUGCAUCGACCUCAUCUCUUAUCACUCCCUACAUCCACUUUGGUUGAAUUUAAUAUGGCCAUGUUUGGAAUCCUGCAGGUGUUAUGUCAUGACUGUGUGGCUCUCACAGGACUAUCCUGGGCACUGGGUAGCAUGCACAUAAUAUCUGUGUGAGAGGUGCAUUAAAAAGGGGGAGAAGAUUAGUAGUGGCCAAAAAAAACUUGCACCAAGAGGGGGGCCCCUGAUCCCCCAUUGCCCAAGGGCCUCUGAGUUGGCAGACUACCCCUGGAUUUAGAUUUAAAAAAAUGAAAUCUUAUCAUGUACAGGCAGAAAAUAACUUAAGUAUAAACAACUUGUGUAUAGAGUCAUAACUAUAUGAGGGCUAAUUACAGAAAAAAAAAUACACACAUAUAUAUAUAUAUAUAUAUAUAUAUAUAUAUAUAUAUAUAAAUAAAAUGUGAAAACCUAAGCAACGAAUAAAACAGUCUGCAUAAACUUAAUUCAAGUGGUAAAUGCUGCUAAAUCCAAAUGUUUAUUUAAAUCACUCUCUUGUAACGUAUCUGAUUGGUAAAUCCAAUACGAUUUUCUCUGCCUGUGUUUAAGCAAUUUAUCUCCUCCUCUGUCUGAAGAGGGUUUUUUCAAUGCCUUUUACUGUAAGUCCCUUUACUUUACUAUACUGACAUUUUAAAAAAUGAACUUGAACUCCAUGUAGAUAUAUAUAUAUCCCUACAAUGUUCCAAAAAGCUAUCCUUUAGUGAUCUACAAGUGCAACCUAAAUAUUGAAUGUCACAAGGGCAUUCUAAAAGAUAAACUACAAAUGUACUAUUAUAAUGAAUUAAGCUAUUAAUAGCAUGUUCCUUAUCUUGUAUAUUUCCUCCAGUUAUAUACGUUUCAUAAUUCCUCCUAGACACAUGCUCACACAUUUUACAUCCUUCCCUUCCACAUGGAUAUAUACCUUUCACGUUAAAAUAUUUUGUCUCUUUAUAAACUUAAAACUUCUAAAUUUCUAAGUUUGCUAUGGGCUAAAGGAUUUUUGAUUGUGGUGUUUUGUCUAUAUAUGCCACUCUUGCUUUGUAUUCAAUCACUUCUUUCAGGAACUUAUCCUGCUGUAGUACACUACAAUGUUUAUACAUAAUUUUCUUGAUAUGGUUUGCUCCAUGUCAAAAUUGGUGUCAUUUUUUUUUCUUCCCCAAAAAAGUGAUUGUCUACUCAUAUUUUUUAUUUCUAUCAAUGUAUUAUCUGAUAAUUGUGGGUCAUAAUAUUUUUCUAAAAAUGAAUCUGUGGGGAUCGUAAAUUCACUUUCCAUAUCUUCUAGUCCACUACGGUUCCUUUUUGUUCUCGUGUAUUGGCUUUUUGGAAUAUUGUUGGUCACUCUUUUAUGAUGAUUACUCCUAGCAUCGAAUUAGCCAUUCCUAUCCACUUUUUUACUCAGAUUUUAAGUUUGCAAAAUGUACAUGUGAUCCUUAAAGAUAUACAGGUCCAAAAAUUUUACUAGAACUUUAUAUAUAUAUAUAUAUAUAUAUAUAUAUAUAUAUAUAUAUAAAGUUUUAUAUUCAUUCUAUUUUAUUAGUAUUCUAUUUUAUUAGUAUUAGCAAACUUAACCAACUACCCCAGCUCAUCCUUAGUGCCUUUCCACACAAUUAAAAUAUCUAUGAAUUUUUAUCAAAUAAAAUGAUUUUGUAUAACUCAGUUGGGGCCCAUAUAUUUUCCCACCAGCCCAUGGUAAGGUUGGCGGAUGAGGAAGCAAAAUGUGUCCCCACCACAUUCCCAGUAUCUUGUUUGUGUUGUAAAACAAAUGAAAUACAUUCUCAAAGAAAUUGCUUUAUUUUUACAUUAAAUGAUUACUUUGGCAUUUCUACUUGGUGAGUUCAAUUUAUGUAGUUUUAACUUUGGUAAUAAAGGUACAAUCAUGACUGGAGCUCCCAUUUCCGGCCUUUCCUUAUACAUAUUUUGUUUUUUUUGCAUUGAAGUUAUGGGCUUCUGUGGAGUUGGCUGCAGAUAAGAUGGGAUUGUUAUAUACAGCUGUAAAAAAAAAAGCACAGUGCAUCAUUAACCUUAUUUACAAUAAGGGAUGUAAUUAUAUUGCGGGAGACUACUGAGGUGCAGAAAUACAACACAGUGGGACUGGUGCAUUAUUAUCCUGAUAAAAAGUGAUUAUUAUUUCAUUCAUACAUAAUAACUAAUAUUCUAAAUAAGUGCAAGCUUUUGCUAAAACAGAAGAUUAUGAAACAUGCACCACUGUAAUUAAUAUUAUUAACUGAAUUUAUAAUAUAUGUACACUCACGUUUAUAAGCGCUGCAUCAAGCUCUAGUAUAAUGACUUAGUAGUUCCAAUCCACUUAGGGUUGCUUAAAAGUUAUGGUGUAAUAUAAUAUGAAAUAAAAGAAACCCUGAAAAAAUUAUUUAUAUGGUGACUUAUGUCUUCAAAACAUCAUUAAUAUAAUCAUAUAAUAUUCCACUCACAAUUAAUUAAGCGUUUCAAAAGCUCAAAGUAAAACGCACUGAGCAGAACAAUCCCCACUCUGGGAUAUAGUACCAAUUUUUGUGUUCACUUUAAGCAGUACGAUAGAUCUGUAAAACAAACAGAAAGACAAAUAGUGCAGACGGUAUUUGAAACAGUACGGUAUUUGCAAACUGACUACUUACAGUAUUGGAAUUCUCACAAAAAUCACAUAGGUGGAAUCCCCACCAAGGAUCUGUGUGGAAGUGCUCUAAACACUUUGAUCAGCUUGUGUGUAGAUCAAGCAGAUUAUCUCAUAUAUAUAUUUUUCAUAUAUUGUGUUUUUUCUUUGCAAACAAGAAAUAGUCCAGUAGCCAAAUGUUAGUUACGCAUAAUUACUUUGUUCCAUUUAUUAUUUUUAACGAAAAAUAUGAUUUGAUAUUUAGUGUAUCCCCAUGCCAAGUAGGCCAAGUUAUUCCUUUUAAGACUAAAAUAUAACCAUGAUCUAUACUGAAAGUUUUAAAAAGGGUGUAAUAGCAAACAGUUUCUUUGCUGUUUAAAUGUGACUCUGGAAUUCUCUCUUAAAGAUGAUGAAACUCGAGUGCGACUUGGAGAAAGUGAGGAGUACAUCAAUGCAAGUCACAUUGUGGUCCCUGUAGGUCAAGAGAAACUGUGCUACAUCUGCACACAGGGUCCACUCCCAAACACUAUUCACUCUUUCUGGGAGAUGGUUUGGGAAAAUUCCUGUCAUGUGAUUGUAAUGAUGACUCAAGAGAGAGAGAACGGCAAGGAGAAAUGCAACAAGUAUUGGCCAGAAGAAGUCCAUGGAGUUUUGGAAACAGACAAUUUAUCCCUGAGGCUUGAAAAUCUCGAAAUACGACAAAAUUUCAUCAUUAGAUCUAUGACUAUCAUGCAUAGAGGAGUAAGUGCAAUAGAAUAGAACAGCGUUUCCCAAACCAGUCCUCAAGACCCACCAACAGUCCAUGUUUUGUUAGUAUUUCCAUUGGAAUAAAACAGGGAACUACAUAAAUCCUGGACUGUUGGUGGGCCAUGAGGACUGGUUUAAGAACCACUGGAAUAGAAUAUGAUAAUAAAGGGCCCCCACAUAUGAAAAUCUGGUAUCACUCAACCAUGCUCAUUUUUUUCUGCUUUAUAUGAAAUUGUCUGUCCUCUAACUCUAAUGUUGCACCGUCUUCAAAAUUCCUUGCUUAGGCAAAGACCCAGAAAGGUCUACGUAAUACCCUUGAAUAAACUAGUGCAUGGCAAUAACUUCAACUGUGGUUUGCAUCUUCUUGUUUUAGACAAGAGAAAGCCGAAAGGUCACACACCUCCAGUUCAUCAGAUGGCCAGAUCACAGAAUUCCUGAGUCUUCUCAAUCUCUGCUGCAGUUUAUUUGGUACCUUCGGCAGAUCCAUGAUGGAAAACCUAUUGUCGCCCAUUGCAGUGCUGGAAUAGGCAGGACUGCUGUUUUAAUCUGCAUGCAUGUUAUGGUGGCCCACCUGGAACAAGGAAUACUGGUGAGAACGUUUUCAAAACAUUUAAUGCUUAAAAUUAUAUUUCAAAUAGAUUCAUAUUACUCUAAUAUAACAAAACAGAUAUUUAGGCAAUUGAUCAGUGUAAAGUAAAAGACAUUUGCCAAUGUUGUCCAGGCUUCCAAGAGUGAGUUCACAACUGUCAAGACCUGUGCAUUGCCGAACAUUGGAGUGCCUCUAAUGUUGAAUAAAACUAUCCUGGCAAUCUAGCACAAAUAGACAAAUGGGUCACUAUAUUUUUUCUAUUAUGUCCAGUAAAUAUUUGAGUACUUUAUUUCCAAUGGAGCAAGAAUAAUGUUUUGUUGUACUUGAGAUUAUGAUUACUUGCUAUAGAAUUCACGUAUCUAUAAUGUUAUAUUACACCAUAACUUUUAAGCAACCCUAAGCGGAUUGGAACUACUAAGUCAUUAUACUAGAGCUUGAUGCAGUGCUUAUAAACGUGAGUGUACAUAUAUUAUAAAUUCAGUUAAUAAUAUUAAUGACGGUGGUGUACUAAUUCCAGGUAUAAUCAAACAGAAAAUAUAAUAGGGCUUGUUUCCAAAGUAGUUUUUAAAAAUCAGUCCCAAUUUAUUGCUAUUACUAACAGCCUGAAGUUUCCAAGGCCAGGCCAAUGUUUUGCAGCCAAUGAAAACUAACUUAAGCUCCUACUAUUAUUGUCCUUGUCGCAGAGUUUGCCUGUGAUUGACUUGAAUGUAAAUCAGCAAAGGGUGUAUUGUCUUAUUCAGCUGUGUAACAAUCACACCUGGAAGAUUUAAAAGGCACACUCUGUGCAUGUGCACUCGAGAAGCACAUUGUAAACAAAGCCUAGAGGAUUCAUUCAGUUAUAGGCAAGUGAUGUUUCAACAGUGUAGUCUGUUUGAUCAUGGAAAUUAAUAAAAAGACCUUCAGUGCAAGUUACCUGUGUUUAGAGAAAAAAAACAAAAACACUGUUUAGUAGAUAUACCACGCGCAUGGAUUUAAUUAUGUAUUUUUACAUUGUGAGUGUAUCUUAUAACAGCUGGCAACACUUGCAGUUCUCUUGUCUGCUGCCUUUGAAAAUGAUCCCCUUCUAAACCUGCUCAGACUUUAUGUGGCUGUCCAAUCACAGACUUUCCAUUACAGCUCAUUGAGAGUCUUUGCAAGGCAGGUGCUCUGGGCAAUUGCAGCCUCUUGAGUUUAGCUACACUGAGCUAAACAAAACAGGAUGUAACAGGACUGAUUGCUUGCAAACCAUAGGGGUGUAGGGUGAAGCGAAACUAAGGGCAUUCCGGCCCAGGCGGGCGAAAUCACCAGGUAACUGGCAGGAGUGGAGAGCAGAACACAGUGUUACCUCCUGCCAUUCACUUCAUGUAGCUAGACCAAGCAGAUCGCAGUAGAAUAUCUUUAUACUCUACCCGGUCUGAUAGGAGGUCCUUACUGAGAGCAACAAACAACUUCCUGUCAGUCCAGACAGAGGAUACAGAAGAUCCUCUAAUGCUGUCUGUUUGGCCUAGCUACAUGAAGGGAGGUCAGCAGGCACAGUAGGGCGAGGAAACCACAGAGGGAAGGGGGGAUGGAAGAAACCACAAAGGGAUGGGAGGAUGGAAGAGACACAUGCAAAAUGGGCUGGGGAAAAGUGACAGACAGAGUGGCUGAGAGAGAGACACAUAGAUGGGCUGGGGGGAGAAUGAGACAUACAUAGGAGCUAUGGGUGCCCAUACAGUUCCUUUAACAAAUAUAUAUUUGUGAGGUGUGAAAAAUAACAUUAAAUGUAGAAACACACAACUUUAUCCUUCAACCGGGUGCGUCUAUUUUAGUUCCAUGUCAGUCAUUACUAUAAACUAAAUCCUUUGCACUUGGCAGUCAGCAUAGACAAAGGAGGGGGAGAGAAAUAAAACAAUGUUUACAAUUUGCCUCUUCAUUUGCAAUGUUUGCUCUAGCUUUGUCUGAACUGGAUAAUAAAGUUAUAUGGUAAAUCUUUAACAUAAAUGUAAAAGGAAAUUUGAUCUCAUAAGAAGAAGGUUAACACUAUUAACUAAUAAUUGGUCAUUUUAAAUUUAUGAUUCAAUGUAAACAGACUUUUAUUCCUGCAAAUGCCAGGUACCUUAAGAUCAAUUUUAGCAUGGGUGAAAUAUUAAUACAGUUUUUUGCCCGUUGGCCAGCCUGUAUUUAGACAGCAUUGUGUAGCCUGAACCUAUUUCUUUGCGUUCUUUCUAUGUAUCUACUCUUCUACAUGUACAAUAGUCCUACUAAUAUCUCUUUGAUAAUGCAAAUUCAUAAUUGAGAUUUAAUAAAUAGCUAAAAUGUUAUUUGGUUCUAAUUGUGUGUUUGGUGAUUAGUUUCAGAUACGGGAUAUUGUAAGGUGCAUGAGGCAGCAAAGACAUGGGAUGAUACAGAACAAGGUAUGAGAUCAGCCAGCUUUACCUGCAUUUGCACUAUUACCCCCCCUGCAGCAGACUGUAUUUAUGUAAAUGAUGUUACCAUUAUAGUAAGACUGCGUCUUUAAGAUUAGUGGCCAUUGUGAUAUAGUGUGACUGUAAGCUCUGCACUCCCUGCACUAAACUGCUAUUACUUGUUUUUCUGCCUUUGCACUAUUAUUUCAGAUAUAUCUGCACUGCCUUUGUAUUUGAGGAUUUCAAACCUUUUUAUAUGACAGCACUGUAUUUAGCGCAGGGCUGACAGGGCAUUUGCCUUGGGCGGCACUUUCAGGGGACGGGAAAAAAAGUCACCCCCCUCAAAUGCCCUGGCAAAUACAUUGCCAAUCUCUUGUCCUAGGUGUGGUAUAUCACCAAACUCUAUAAAUUAUUAUGUACGCAUACACAUAUAAACUCUGGUCCGUCUACUUUAACAAAUAUUUAUUCAGAGACAAAACAACAACAACAACAACAUACAAAUAAUGACACACAAUCUAACUUACUAUACCACCAACAACAGCAACAACAACCUAACCAACAAUAACAACUACAUCUUAUAAAAUCCCACUCACAGUUCACCAUGAUAGAAAUUAGGCCAUGUCUGCUUAAAGGACUGCUCAGUAGCACAGCCAAGAAGGAACAGGGAGGAAUGGAGAUAGGGGGAAGUGGUUACCUCUUUCCUGACUUGUAAAGGUAUUGAAUUACUCAAUUACCAUUUCAAAAGGUAAAGCUUAUCCCACUGUACAUGAGCUUGGUCACGUGAUCCCUGGUCACCAUAUUAGUUUGAUGACAGAAUGUCACCACACUAGGGGGCCCACGAGCUGGCCGGCUGGCCACCUCAGUGCCCCCUCCCCCCCCCGCCGUUAGCAUUACCUGAUGUAGGAGGCGGGCGGCGAGGGAGCACCUCCUGCUCAGCUCCCUCGCACGCCCCGCAGUGAUGCCGGAGCCGGAAUAUGACGUCACUCCAGCCCCUGCAACACUGAGAGGCGUACAAGGGAGCUGAGCAGAGAGCCACUUUCACUGACCGCCCGCACGCUCAGCAGCCCCACUGGACCCCAGGGACAUAGAGGGACAAAUGUGUGUUUGUCAGUAAGAGUGUAUGUGUGUGUUUGUCAGGAAGAGUGUAUGUGUGUGUUUGUCAGUGAGAGUGUAUGUAUGUUUGUCAGUGAGAAUGUAUAUGUGGCGUUCGGUGAGAGUGUAUGUGUGUCUGUCAGUGAGUAUGUAUAUGUGUCUGUCAAAGAGUAUGUGUUUUUUGUAUGUGUGUCUGUCAAAGAGUAUGUGUUUUUGUCAGUGAGUGUGUGUGUGUGUCUGUCUGUCGGUGAAUGUGUCCAUCUGUCAGUAAAUGUGAGUGUGUGUGUGUCAGUAUGUGUGUGUGUUUCAGUGAAAGUGUGUGUUGGUUAACAGUGUGUAUGCCAAAGACUGUGUAUCGGUCAGUGAGUGUAUUUCAGUGUAUGCAUCGGUGAUGGCAUGUGUCUGUCAGGCAUGUUGUUGUUUUUUUAAAGGAAAAGAAAUUUGGAUGGGGGGAGGGGACGUGUUUUAUCAUGCCUAGGGCAGCACAAAACCAUAAUACACCACUGAUAUAUGAAACUUAACACAGUCGUAAUGUAGCUUGUUAUAUCUGCAGUAAGAUGGUAUAUUGCCUUUAGCAGUGUUUCCCAAAACAGUUCUCAUGGCCCACCAACCGUCCAGGAUUUGUCAUUAUGUUCAUUGGAACAAAAAAGGGAAAAUAUAAAUUCUGGAUUGUUGGUGGGCCAUGAGGACUAGUUUGGAAACCACUGGCAUAUAGUACUAUUUGUGCUUUCUGAUUUUACACAUCCUUUUAUUCACCCACUAAAAUCACUCUCUCAUCUCUGCAGGUUCAGUACCAAUUCUGUUUUAAGGCACUGCUGGAAUGUCUACGACUUCUUCCUUAUGUGGACCGAACAGACCUGUGCAUUGCCGAACAUUGGAGUGCCUCUAAUGUUGAAUAAAACUAUCCUGGCAAUCUAGCACAAAUAGACAAAUGGGUCACUAUAUUUUUUCUAUUAUGUCCAGUAAAUAUUUGAGUACAUUAUUUCCAAUGGAGCAAGAAUAAUGUUUUGUUGUACUUGAGAUUAUGAUUACUUGCUAUAGAAUUCAUGUAUCUAUAAUGUUCCAUGUAUAAUAAAGUUUGGUGAGCAUGGAUGGAAUAACUAUCCGGAAUGAUAACAUUUUCACUUUAAUACCAUUCAGGAUUAUGGGACAUAUCACGUUAUUGUAAAAGUCAUCGCAUGUUGGCUGUACUAGAGCUAGCACACAUUAAAAGAACAUUAUAGUAUCAGUAAUACAAACGUUUUCCUGACACUAUAGGUCUAAAUGCACCGUUUAAGUGACCAGCCCCCCUGUCAGCAAAAUAAAAAGUUAGUCAACUUCCCUUUUUUCCCAGCACCGUGCGGGUCUACUCGCGGCUUGCCCCACCUCCGCUCCGCUUCCUUGGCUGAGAUCAUCAGAUUGAUGAUUUCAGCCAAUCCAAUGCUUUCCCAAACAGCAUCUUCUAAUGAGGAGUGUUCAGCGCUUCCAUGCAAACCGUAGAGACGCUGAGCGUCAGAGCUGCACAUUGUGCAGCACAGACCCAGGAAUCACCGCUAGUGGCCAUCUAGAGGUGUUACUAAGCAGAAAUGUAAACACUGCCUUUUCACUAAAAAGGCAAUUAUAUUACAUUGAUUACAUUAAAAUGCCUGCAGGAACAGGCAGUAGAUACCAGAACAACUAAACACUAAAGUAUACCUUUAAGUUCAGUUGUUAGGCUUUUAGCGUAUUUGUGGUUGCAUGUAACUGAAUCUUUGUUUCAUGUAGAUUGUGAAAAUUAAUCAACUGGUGUUAAAAAAUCUUUAUGCAAUGUGUUAAUAUUGUAGACGUUUAUUGUAAUGCUCAGAUUGUUUGUGGUUUACCAUAAAAAUAACAAACACAAUUAUUUUCAUGUAAUUUAUAUUGUGAAAUGGUUGAAAGAUGAGAGAGAGAGAUCAUUACACAUGUAAUUACACAUGUAAGUUGUUUAAUGGUGUUUUCCAGAGCUGUAGGGUAAUAACUUGUAAACCAUAACAUAGUAAAUGGUUUUUACAACGCCUCAC